AUGAAGCUUCUCUUGGUCUGUGUGCUCCUUGGAGCUGUCGGUGAGUACUGUCCUUACUGAGGAAAAAAACUUUAUUGUCUUCAAACUCAUAUGGUUGCAUAUUUGUUGUAAGCUCUUACUGUUAAAGAUUUUUUCCAACCACCAUGACAACUUACACAGUUACAUAGUCACAUAGUAACAUAGGCUGAACAGAGACAUGUGUUCAUCAAGUUCAGUCUUCCUCACAUCUGGGGGGGGGGAUGGGGUUAUGUUUGUUGUUGCUGUUUAUCUAAAAAAAGGCAAAAAAAAACAGUUUGAAACACUUCCAAUUUUGCAACACACUAAGAAAACAUUCCUUCUUGACCACAUAAUUGCAGUCAGAUUUAUCCUUGGUUCAAGAAGCUAUUACCCUACAAUUGAAAAAUGAUAUCCUUGAAUAUUAUGUUUUUGCAAGUAUGCAUUUAGUUGCAGUUAAAAUAUCUGUACAGACUCGGAUAAUCCACUUCUUCAGGCAGAAAUUUACACAUGCCUAUUGUUCUCACUAUAAAAAAAACAACUUUAAUUUGCCUUUGACUAAAUCUCCUUUCUUCCAGUCUAAAUGCGUGACCUUGUGUCCUGUGUAUAGUGCUGUUUGUGAAUAGAUUUCCAGACAAUGGCUUUUAUUGGCCUCAAAUAUAUUUGUAUAAUGUUAUCAUGUCCCCUCUGAGGCGCCAUUUUUUUUAAACUAUAGAGGUUUAAAUUUGUUAACAUUUGUUCAUAGAUAAAAUGUUCCAUUCCUUUUAUUAAUUUUGAAGCCCCCCCCUCUGCACUUUUUCAAGUGUCAUAAUAUCCUUCUUUAGAGCUGGUGACCACUUCUGCUUUUAAAAGUGGUCGUGACGGUAGCAAUCUAAAUGUUCAGUGUUUCAACUUGAAACACUGCUAAACAGAGAUAUCUUAUCUUUUGAGAUAUAUUAUAUCUUAUAUAUUAUCUAGCUGCACCCCUAGCAGACGUGGCAGCUCAUAACUUUGUUCUGAAUGUGCCUAAUUUUAAUCCUGUACAAAAAUGACUGUUGUGAGCACACUUUGUGUAUUGGUGACAGACAGGCCCGGACUGGCCAUCGGGAAUACCGGGCAAAUGCCCGGUGGUCCGCAAUGGCCGUGGGGCUGAGGCCGGCAGGGGAGAUCACAGGAUCUCCCCUGCCAGCCCUUGCAGGGCCAGCGCUACCCAAGCACCAGCCCUGCUGUGUGCCUCCAUGGGCCGGUGGGGAGAUCAAACAUCUCCCUCACCGGCCCAGAGGCACUGUUAGAGGCGGCCGCCGGUUGGGGAGCGAGGGAGGGAGGAGAGGACCAGCGGAGCUCUAGCCAGCAGCUCCGCCGGGUCCUCUUGCGGGAUUCUUAGCGUUGUCACGGUUACCACGGCAACGCUCAGAUCUCGCGAGAGUGAACUCUAGCCUGCAGGCUAAAGUUCACUCUCACCACUAGGACCACCAGGGAAGGCAGCACGGCACCUCCCCAUGGCAACAAGGCUCCCCCCCAUGGCAACACGGCUCCCCCCCUCCCAUGCUAAAGGUAAGAAGGGAAGGGGGGGAUAUAACUUUUUUUUUAAAAAAAAAUAUUAAAAAAUAUAUUUUAAUUUAAAUUAAAAAAAAAUUCACACUCACACACACAGCACCCCAGACACACACAGCACCCCCAGACACACACACAGCACCCCCAGACACACACACAGCAACCCCAGACACACACAGCACCCAGACACACACAGCACCCCCAAACACACACAGCACCCAGACACACACAGCACCCCCAAACACUCACAGCACCCAGACAGACACAGCAGCCAAACACACACAGCACCCCAGACACACACAGCACCCAGACUCACACAACACCCCAGACACUCACAGUGCCCUGACACACACAGCACCCAGACACACACAGCACCCCCAGACACACACAGCACCCAGACUCACACAACACCCCCAGACACUCACAGUGCCCUGACACACACAGCACCCAGACACACACAGCACCCCCAGACACACACAGCACCCAAACACACACAGUGCACCCAGACACACACAUCAUACCCUCAGACACACACAGCGCACCCAGACACACACAACGCACCCAGACACACACAGCACCCUCAGACACACACAGUGAAACCUCAGACACACACAGAGCACCCUCAGACACACUGCACCCUCGCUCACACAUACAGCACACUCCCACACACACAUAUAUAUAUAUAUAUAUAUAUAUAUAUAUAUAUAUAUAUAUAUAAUAACCCUUAGUGAGUUAACAAAGAAAAUUAGAAACCUAGAAUGUGACGGUAGAUAAAAACACCCACGAACACAGAGCACCCCUCUUACAUACACACACACUGCACCCCUCACACAUACAAUAUGUCCAAAUAUAUAUAUAUAUAUAUAUAUAUAAAUACACACACACUACAGCACCCCUCACACUGCACCACUACACACAUUACGCUCCAGAUACACGCUAGAUCCCUUACCCUAUAUGCACUCUUAAUCCUCUAUACACACACACACACACACACACACACACAAUCUCCUAUACACACUCUGGGUCCUUUACACACUAGAUCUCCUACACACACACACAUUUCUUGUCAGCAAACACAUACAACAUUCUCUAAACACACCCUCUCUACAACCCCUACACACACUACGUCACAUAUACACACACACUACAGCCCGUAUACACACACACUUGCUACUUACCCUAUAACACUAUGCCCCCUAUACACACACUCUCUACAGCCCCUAGCCACACAUAUUACACCACAAACACGGAUGAAAUUGACCUAUUUACACAAUACCACACCACACCACACUCUACACACACGCAAUCCCACAAGCAGACUCCAAACACAUGCACCAUACACUUUUGUCCUCUGGUAUCCCAUUUGUGGAGACACCAGAGACAAUUUAAAAGCAAACACAGCGCAAGCAUGUUAUUAAAUUUGCUUGCGAUGCACAGAACAAAUACAGGGCCUUUUUCUAAUGCCAGAGUUCUUCAGCGGGGCUCUGCGCAUUGAACCAACAUUCUCACUUUGAGAUGGGGCGUGCUUGUAGUUAGUGAUGACAAAACACACCCUAUCUGGCCCCGCCCCCUUCUUAGGGGGCUGCUCUGAUUGAAAAAUGCCCGGGCCUAAUUUUUUUCCCAGUCCGGCCCUGGUGACAGAUGUAUUCAGUUUCUUUAAUUGAAAGCAGCAAUGUGAGUGAUCCUGCAAGUAGAAGCUCACAAAGUGUCUCAUUAUAAGUCUCCUCUCUCCCCAGUGACAGCACUCAAUGCAAUUUUAUUCUUCUAUCCACAGCUGCAUUUGAGGAUGAUGAUGAUAAGAUUGUAGGAGGUUAUACCUGCACCAAGAACUCCGUUCCAUACAUUGCGUCCCUUAACAUCGGCUACCAUUUCUGCGGAGGUUCCCUGAUUAACAACCUGUGGGUGGUGUCUGCUGCUCAUUGCUACAAGGCGUAAGUAAAAAAAGUGUUUUUACCUUUUUGGUAAUUUUGGUAAGUUUGAGAUUUGUAAGUGAAUAUUUAAUGUACACGUAUGACACAUAUGCUUUACUUACAUACAGAUUUAAAUUUUAGAUUUAGAUUUUAACUAAUUUUUCUUCAUUUCUAUGCGGAUGGCACACAAAUGUAUCUGUCCUCCCCUGAUUUAUCACCACCCCUCUUGACUCACGUCUCUGACUGCCUCUCUGCUAUUUCCAACUGGAUGGCUGCUCAUUCCCUUAAACUGAACCUGUCCAAAGCAGACCUUCUGGUCUUCCCUCCCUAAAGUGUUGCUACUCCCUUGUCUGUCUCCCUCCAAGUCAAUGGCACUACCAUCCUUUCUACCUCGCAAGCUCGCUGCCUAGGUUUCUCUUUGACUCUGACCUGUCCUACACCCCUCAUGUCCAAUCAAUCGCCAAAUCCUGCCACUUCCAUCUCAAAAACAUUGCGCAUCUAACCCUAUAUAACGCCUGAUACGACAAAGGUGCUUGUCCAUGCCGCUGUCGUCUCUCGCCUUGACUACAGUAAUGUGCUUCUCAGUGGCCUUAUGUGUUCCCAACUUGCCCCGUUACAGUCUAUAAUAAAUGCGGUGGCGAGGCUCAUCUUCCUGUCCGCCCGCGCAUCCCAUGCCUCAUUUAGACAACCUGUCCUGUUACUUUCUGGGUUUUUUAGCUUUUUUUUUUUUAGCUUGAUAUGACAGGUGAGCUUACAUUUUCAUGGCCAUGUUUAGUGAUAAUGAAAAAGCCUCCAGAUAUUUAAAUGUGCACAGGCAUUUGGGAUAGUGCACAAUUAACUUUUUGCUUUGGUAUAUACUGUAUGAAUUGGGGCAUACAAUACAAUUGCUGUGUAUUGUAUUUGUUGCUACCACCCAGGAGUAGUGGGAGUUUGAGCACAGGGUUUAAUUUUGUAUGUAGGUAUAUUUACAGAUUAUUUGUUCUUAUAUUGGGCAGUAAAAUGGCUCUGAACAAUUACUCAGAAAAGUUAAAUCUGUGAAGUAUUCUCAUCAAGAUUUCACACUUAUUUCACAACCAAGAUUUCACAAUUAUUUUAGUUUGUGUUAAUAUUACUCACAAUUUGUCACCAUUGUGUAAACUUUCUCUUUAUAAUUUCUCAAUUUCUCAAUUAUUCUCUGUUUCCUUUUUGCAGGAGUGUUCAGGUCAGACUGGGAGAGCACAACAUCGCUACAAGUGAGGGCACUGAGCAGUUCAUCAGCUCUUCCAAGGUCAUCAGACACGGAAGCUACAACUCUAGAACCCUUGACAAUGACAUCAUGCUGAUCAAGCUGUCUUCUGCUGCCACUAUUAACUCUUACGUGAAGGCUGUGGCUCUACCCUCUGGCUGUGCGGCCGCUGGUACCAGCUGUCUGAUCUCUGGCUGGGGAAACACACUUAGCAGUGGCAGUAAGUCCAUACAAUUAUUGGUUGGGAGAAAAAACACACUACGACAAAUUGAAAGUGUAAAGGUUAAGGGAUGUUACUAAUCUGACACAUUUUAAAUUAAAAUGCCAUUGAUAUGCUCUGCCGAGCAUUUGUCGGGCAAACAAUGAGAACAUUCAAGAAUUGCAUAAUUUUGAUACAGGAACAAAAAUCAAUAGAGGCUCUCCUAUGUCCUUGAGAAUCCUAAACUAUCAAAUAUAGUAAAAUAUAUUUUUUCUUAUGGUCAGCUCUCGAUUUGUUAGGGACAUAGGAUUUAAAGGCCACUUACAAUUUGAAAGUUAUGAUAUAUGCUGAUACAUUUAUGUUUGGUCCAUAAAGCAUUAAUUAUAAUACAAUUUACAGACAGAGGUAACAUAUCAAAUAGUUACAUAGAUCCCCAGAUUCUAAAACAGUUUGAAAAGUAGAGCUAGGGAUGAAAGUGAUGGACUAUUGGACGAUUAUAUCGAUUUUUUUUUUUGUUGAGAUACUAGAAUUGAAGUAUCAUGACAGUAUUUCUUGUAUUUUUUUUUUAGUCCAAUAAUUUGCAGAACAAAGUGAAAAUAAAUUAGCUUUAUAGCAAUGCAACAAAAUUGUAAUGUUUUAUUUUAUUUCAGCCAAUUACCCAAAUCUCCUGCAGUGCCUGAGUGCCCCUAUCCUGACCUCUACCCAGUGCAGCAAUGCUUAUCCUGGGCAGAUCACCGGUAACAUGAUCUGCGUUGGUUUCCUUGAAGGUGGCAAAGAUUCCUGCCAGGUAAUUUUAUCUGGCCAUGUCUCUUUCAUUUAAGAAUCCCAUUUAAUUGGGGAAGGAAAUGAAUCAAUGUAUCCAUAUACACUAUGAGUUUCUUCUAAGUAUGUAACAGUCUUCUCUUCUCUCCUCAGGGUGACUCUGGUGGCCCCGUGGUCUGCAACAAUCAGCUCCAGGGUGUGGUCUCCUGGGGUAGUGGAUGUGCUCUGAGGAAUUAUCCCGGAGUCUACACCAAGGUCUGCAACUACAAUUCCUGGAUCCAGAAUACCAUUGCUUCAAACUAAAUCUUUUUAAAUAAAUACUCUAUGCAAGACUUUAAUACAUUGUUUGUUUAUUGUGAAUGGAUUUAUAUCUAUAUUAUUAAAAAAAUAUUUUCCUAAUGGGAGAGGGAUAUAUGGGAAUAUUCUUAGCAGCAUUGUACUGAAUCCCAUAAUAUUGGCUCUAUGUCUCACAUCAUAAUGGUUAUAUCCACUAUAACAGCCAUAACAGAAUGUAGAGUUAAAGGGAUACUGUAGUGCCAGGAAUACAAAGCUGUAUUCCUGGCACUACCGAUCCCUCUGCCUCCCCCCUCCCUCAAAUCCCCUCCCUCUCCAUGGUAAAUAAAGGGUUAAAACCCUUUAUUUACUUACCUCAUCUCAGCACUGAUGUCCCUCUGUGCUAAGUCAAAGCUCUGCCCCUUCCUCCGUCCCAUGACGAGCGGGGUCUUAUGUGCAUGCGUGGCAAAUACGGAGCUCGCAUUAGACCUCCCCAUAAGAAAGCAUUGAAUCAAUGCUUUCCUAAGGGUAAAAAAAUCUGACACUGGAGGUCCUUAUGCAGAGCGUGAGGCCGUCCAUUGUCAGAUAACAGACCAAAAGUCCAUUACGAUUCCGGAAGCGCCCCCAGUGGCUGUGUGAUAGACAGCCACUGAGGGCUGACAUAGUGCUGCAAUGUAAACAUUGCAGUUCUCUAGAACUGCAAUGUUUAACAUUGCCGCACUAGGUGUAAAAUGGACAUAGCACACAGACCACUUCAAUGAGCCAAAGUGGUCUAACUGCCUACAGUGUCCCUUUAAUUUUAACAUUCUGUUCCAGAAUGUUACCGUUAUUGAUAUUUAUUCCUUUUAAAUACUACAAUGCAUUAGCUACACAUUUCUGAAUCCCAUUUACUAAACAAAAUGCAUUUUGACUGCAAAUCUCUAAAGUCUAUUUAUACAAAUGCUAAUAUGCAUCGACUUCUGAAAUCCAUCUUUAAAUGCUAGUGUGUAUUGACUACAUUCUAAAUACUAUUUUCUUAACAGUUGUCAUAUUGUGUUAAAAUAUUUAAACAAUAUUGAUGGUUUUAAUUAACAAACAAAUAAAAUUACACAGAGAAAUAACUACAGCAAAGUAAACAUUCAUAUAAUGAAAAUAGAUUCCUUACAGGUACUUAGAGCAAAGUUGGACAUUUUCUGCACACACACAGAUAUAUAUAUAUAUAUAUAUAUAUAUAUAUGAGUACACUUGGGCAUCUUAAAUGGAUCUCAUCCAAGUAUGGCAUUUGAUAAAUACAAUAUUAGAAGAGCUAAUGUAUUACAAUUACUUUUAUUUGGGAAUCACAUUUUUUUAAUUGGUGUACAGCAGCUAAAGAAAAAAGUCAAACAUUUAAAUUAUGAGAAAAUGUCCAUUUAUAGUAUAGUUAGGUAUUUAUUUAUUUAUGAACUGCAAUUCAUCUUCAUUUCGGCCAUUCAAGUGAUUGCUCGAUUUCCCAAACACUGAGUUGUCCAAAUCACAAACCAAACGAAAAACGAAAUGGCAGAACAUUCUCAUUUUCAUUCGUCAUUUUGCAUUCUGCCCAUGGAGCCAAAAUAAAGAGAUGAUUGAUGGGAAAAAAACAUGAUAAAUGGCUUGACCACAAUAUUUACAUGGAUCAAGUGAGAAGUGAGCAACAGAGAGAAAAACGUAGAAGCAGUAAAAACAAUCUACAUUUAGAUGUUAUAUAUUCAAUAAAUAUAUAAUAUAUUAUUAUUAUUAUUGUUGUUGGUAUUUAUGUAGCUCUAACCUAUUCUGCAAUAUUAUAAAAGGGGGAAAUUUAACAAUAAGUGAGACAUUUAUAAAAUGUUACAGGAACAAUAGAUUGAUGAGGACCCUGCUCAAAUGAGCUUACAGUCUAGAGGAGGUAGGGAAUAAAAAUAUAAUAGGGCAUCAAGGGGGGCAGCAAACAAGCAAUGCCAGAAAGUAGCAUAACUGGAGGUGAUAGUGGAGUGUGACCCUUUAGGAGAGAGCAAGAGACAGCUUUGUAAAAAUGAAAUUACUCUGCAAGUCCACAAGCUUUUCUGAAAAGAUUGGUUUUGAGAGACUUCUUAAAAGAGACCAGGGGAGACUCUGAAGGGGGUAGGCAAGCUGUUCCAAAGGAAAGGUGUCACCUGCAAGAAGUGGUGCAAGUGAUAAUUAGCAGUAAGUGAAGGAGAUGGUCACUGGCAGAGCAGAGAGACUGAGAAAGAGCAUACCUACACAUCAGUAAAAAAAAUGUAGCAGGGGCUAGAGUUGUUUAGAGCUUUUUUAGGUACGGGUUAGUAUUUUGAAUUGGCACCUAUAGGAUACGGGAAGCUAGUGUAAUGAUGGACAGAGGGGUGAGGUAGAAGAUGGGCAACAAGAGAGACAGAUUAGCCUGGCAGCAGCAUUCAUCACAGACUGUAUCAGGGCAGUGAGGCUUCUGGGGAGACCAAUUAGUAGAGCAUUACAGUAACUAAUGCAAGCAAUUACUAGAGCAUGGACCAUCUCAUUGGCAGCAACUUGCAUUAGAAAGGGGUGGAUGCAGGCAAUGUUUUUGAGGUGAGGUGUAAAUAAAUAAAUAAAUGUUCACUGUUCCUCCUGUUUUUCGCUGUAUUGAUUACUUUUUCUCACUUUAUAUGUGAUACAAAUGCUGGGGAAAUGUUCCUAUGAGUGCAAUAAAUAUACAUUUAUAUUAUGUAUAUAUUUUGCAGUAAACGGAUUGGCUCAUUUUUUGCUCCCAUUUAGUUAUUAUUACUGGCAUUUAUAUAGUGCUAGCAUGAAAAUGAACAAUAAAUGAGACAAUUAAAACAUGUUACAGAAUAAUAGAUUGAGGAGGACCCUACUCAAAAGGGCUUACAAUCUAGAGGUUCAUCUGAGGAAGGUAUGAGAAAGGUAGAAUGUCUAUGUCACCAUAUUAUUAUUAUUAUUAUUAUUUUGCAUACAUAUUGUGUCAACAUAUUCUGUAACACAAUACAAUAGAAUACAGACAAAUAAUGAACAUAUAUUGACACAAAAAAGGAAUUGAAGGUGCUGCAAGUGAGCUUAAAAUCUAGCAGAUACAGUUUUUCUAUUUAGUGAUUAUCAAUAUAACGGAGUUUAUAAUCUAAAGGUAAUAAUGGGGAGUUCACACAAAAUGUUGCAGGAGGUAUUUGUAGUAAAGGACAGAGUUCAAUGUAGAUAGUGAGGUGAUUAAAUAAUUAAGAUUAUAGAGAGCUGAAGGAUUGUGCAAUAAAGUAAAGUGGAAGAAGGGUGGGUCGGAGAAGGUGCAAGGUGUUGGUUAAUGAUAGAAAACGUUUUUGUUUGGUUGCUGAGGAACUCAGGAUGCUGCACAUUGAGAUGGAUGAAAAUAAAAAUAAUUUUGAGAAGCAAGGAACAUGCAUUUCUAUAAAAAGGUAGGUAGGAGCAAUAGGUAGUGGUGGAGAAGAGAAGUGUGUAGCAUUUGGUGGUGGAGUACAACAUUUUGGCAAACAUUUUCUAGUCCACUCAAAAUGGAUAAUGCAUGUACAAGUGUAUAAAAUCAAAACAAGCUUAUAAUACUAGUUGUAAGAUUAGUUUAAAAAGAUUUGAAAGUGUUUCAUGAGUUGCCCGCAGAAAAUGCUGCAAAUUUUGGUGAAUUUUAUUUGCAUGUAGAACAUAUGGUAAGUCUUUUGGUUUGAAUCUGGAUGGCGAAUCUGCAGAUGGAAGAAAAUGAUAAAAAAAAAACAACUAUUUGGGAAUGUGAGUCUGCUCAAGGUGAUCAACAGGGACAAUACGUCUUUAUAUACAUAUAUAACUAAUACGUUCAAACAUGCAAAUAUAUAUAUAUAGCACCAAUGUUUUCUGCAGUGCUUUACAAAUUGUACAAAGAAGAUAUGAACAAAUAAGUAAUGGGCAAAUAAUAAAAUAGCAAUACUUUAAACAAAAACAGGAAGUAAAGAAGGUUCUACUUAAACAAGGUUAAAAUCUGGAUGGCAGAAAAUUCUGUGGAGGGUAUUUGCAAGCAACUCUCAAAAUAUGCAUUAAAAAAUCAGUGGAAAGUGCGUUGAAGAAAUUGUGAUCACAUUUUUGAUAUACAGCCCACUUUGAUGUUAUGUGACGAUCAAAUCUAGAUACCAAUGUGUGCAGAAAGAGCAGGCACUAAUCUUUAACCCAAUCUUCCAGUAAUCUGCGAGAUUUGCUACAGACUCUAAUUAAGUCUAACCAUUUUGCUGAAUUGGAAUGAUGACAAUAUUUUAAAUUUUGCACCAAAGUGUUUUCAUUUUGUAGAACAUCAGCUUAAGUAUAAUUUUUUGUUGAAAAAGAAGUGUAUUACGGCGAGCCAUUAAUACAAGAAGAUAUAUACAUAAAAAUACUUAUUCCAGUCACCCCUAAAAUAUACAUAUUUAAAACACAUUUGCAUUUCCCUAAAUCUCUCUAAAUAAUUUUCUUUGAGUUUAUCUAAAAUAAUUAAUAAAAAAAACAUUUUGAGCCCAAAAUCGAAAGAAAAAAAAACUACUGUUUUCCCUUCCUAAAAUAAUCCAACAUACAAGGUUAUUGAUAAUAUAUUUUUUUGCUUGUAAUCCGAUACUUACAGGUAAACUAGAAUGCACACACCAUGAUGACAGGGUUGAAGGACAUAGGUGCACCUCAGGUUAAAUAAUACAUAAAUACAAGAUGAAUUGCUAACAAGCACACAUCUCAGAAACCUAUUCGUUAUGAGGAUUCUACUGAUCUGUAUGCUCUUGGGAGCUGCAGGUGACAUAUUUAUUUUUACCUUUAUGAGUACUGGGGCGGGAGGAGUAGGGGCUGCAGGCACAGCAGUUAACAGGCAGUGGGUACUGGCAGUAUUAAACUUACCCCACUUCUGCCUGUAUAAGUGAGACAGUUUCUUCCCUGUCCCUAUUAGACCCGGGUAAAGGAUAAUUAUAUCUUGUAACUGGGUCCUGUGUAUCCAUGCUACAGAGAGUAACAGGAGGGACUGGGGUGCUGUGUGCAUCCCCAUCACCAUCCUCUCUCCAGGGGCAGACCACCACCCCCCUUAAUAUGCUACUGGUCAAAACAAUCAUUUUAUAGAAUAUUGUUUAAACUGUGCAAGAGAAUAUAUAUUUCCUAAUUUAUAUUAUAAUAUUAAUUGAGAAUAUUUUUUCUUAAUUGUUUAUGAUGUUAUACCUUCUCUGUAUGGAAAAUUUGAGUUACAUUAUUAUUAUUCAGCAUAUUCUGUAGGCAAUUAAUGAAACACUUUCAUAUUCUUUUAAAGUUUUCUGGUUUCUAAGUAAUAUAUAGACUUGAAUAUAAAUGUUAUUUUUAUUAACAUGGUGAAUUUCUGAAAAGAACAUUUUUAAUUUCUCUAUAGCUGCAUUUGAGGACAAUGACAAGAUUGUAGGAGGUUCCACCUGCAGCAAGAACUCUGUCCCAUACAUUGCUUCUCUGAACAUUGGUUACCAUUUCUGUGGAGGCUCCCUGAUUAACAGCCAAUGGGUGGUGUCUGCUGCCCAUUGCUUUACAGGGUAAGUACCGUAUUUCACCGCAUAAUAGUCACAGAUUUUAUGCCUGAUUUCUUUCAUUAAAAAUGAGGGUGCGACCAUUAUGCGGUGUGCGACCAUUAUGUGAAGCUUUAUUUUUUUUAACAGCUUUUUAAUAGUUGCUGAUAACAUUAUAGUUGCUAAUAACAUAACUGCUGAGAACAUGCAUAUUACAUGAUCAGAGUUCAUUACAAGAACUUUGAUGCUGAUACCUGUUUCCCAAUAGUGAUCCUGAUCCCUGUCCUCCUGUCGUUUUAACUAAGAACAUACACAUUCCUAAAGCAGUGCAUAGAUAAAAUGCACUAAAAUACAAUAAACUGAUAGGUAAUAAUGAUCUUAAGUAUAAGAUCAGUAGAAUGUUUGCCAUCAGUUUUCAAGAAUAUGAAUGUCUUACAACAGUGGGUAGAUUUUUACAAUUUGUCAACAUUUCUUUUAAGACGAACUAUUCAGGUCAGACUGGGAGAGCAUAACAUUGCUGUGAGUGAUGGCACCGAGCAAUUCAUCAACUCAGCAAAGACCUACAGACAUAGCAAGUACAACUCCAGAACCCUGGAUAAUGAUAUCAUGCUAAUCAAGCUUUCUUCUCCUGCAACGAUUAACUCUUACGUAAACACAGUACCUCUACCUUCGAGCUGUGCGGCCACUGGCACCAAUUGUCUGAUCUCUGGUUGGGGAAACACACUUAGCAGUGGCUGUAAGUUCAUAAAAGGAAUUGUUGGAGAAAUUAAUCCACUAAGACUUGUAUAUAUAUUUUUGCCAUGCGAUAUGUUUGAUAAUCAUAAACUAUUAUAUUUUAGCAGUGGGAUAAUUUUUUUUUAACUGUUAUCAAUUUAUCAGAAUAAUUUUGCCAAGCUAGUGAGAAUGCAAUGAGUGCUGAUAUAUUUAAUCUAAUAAAGGACUGAAAUUACAUACACAGUAAGUGAUAUACUGUUUUGAAUGCAUUUUAAAAUUAUCAGUUUUAUUUUCUAAAGUUUCAAGUAAACUCAAAUUGAAUUUCAAAUUUCAGGUCAAGGAAACUUAAAGCAAAGCUGAAUUAUUCUAUUUUGGCUAUUUUGGCCUUAAAGGACAACAGUCAACUCUACACUAUUUUUUAACCCCUUAAGGACACAACUUCUUGAAUAAAAGGGUAUCAUGACGGAAUAUUUCCGUCAUGUGUCCUUAAGGGGUUAAUAUAAUAAUCCUUUCGUCAAGUAAAGUAAAGUAAGAAUAAUUAAAAAAAAAAUGAAAAACUCACCCCUACCUUAUAUAUGACAAGAUCUUUCGGCCAUAUAGAAACACUUUGGGUCAGACAGUGUUUGAAACUAACAGUUAGUCUCUAUGGUCUUCUCUGCUUCACUCUCUAAACAGUGCAAUUACAUCUAAGACUGAAUAACUGUCUAAUUUAGAUAACUACCAAUAAUUUUGAUGGAUAAAAAAAAAAAUAAUAAUUUAGAAAUAAACUGAACAAAUCAAAAUUUGUUCCAGUGCACAUGUCUAAUGUUUAUCACACUUUUGAUUUAGUAAACGUGUAUAGUCACUUUAAAUUAUAGAGUUCCACUUCACGGUUCAUGUUUUAUUCAGAAUAUUGAUGGGAUUCCAUUCAAUAGUGUACACUGUUAAAAAGGCAAUUUAGAGAUAGGAAAUACUUAAUCGAAGUAGAAAAUAAAUAAGUACAUUAGCUACUAAUUUUGGUGUAUACAUUUGUAAUAAUUUUAAAUUACAAUUUUUAAUUCAAUUUAUUUCAGCCAAUUACCCAGAUCUCCUUCAGUGCCUGAAUGCCCCCAUCCUGAGUGACACUGAUUGCAGCAAUGCCUACCCUGGAGAAAUCACCAAUAACAUGAUAUGUGUUGGUUUUAUUGAAGGCGGCAAGGAUUCCUGCCAGGUAUCCUAGCCACGUUUCUUAUAUUUUGAAUUUUUGUUGGGAAACUAAAAUUAAUUUUGAAUCCAUGAGACUAUCAUUAUUGAUCUUUUAAAUUAAUAUCCACAUCAACCGUAUUUUUCUUCUAAGUACUUCAUAGUCUCUUUCUCUCCUCAGGGAGACUCUGGUGGCCCCGUGGUCUGUAAAGGUGAGCUCCAGGGUAUUGUGUCCUGGGGAUAUGGCUGUGCCAUAGCCAACUACCCUGGAGUCUAUACCAAGGUCUGCAACUACAAUGACUGGAUCGAGAGCACCAUCGCUUCAAACUAAAUUCAUUGUGUAAGAGAGUUUAAUAAAUUAAUUAACUUCUUAACUUGUGAAUUGCUUCUUCCUAUGCUUAUUGAGAAUGACAUUUAAAUUAAUAUUUUCUGACGGUAGUACCUUACAUGCUAAGACCUGCUAAAUCAAGUUAUCUACAAAAAAAUGAUGACAAUAUUAAAAGUAUGUUGUUAUCUUUCAAUAUGGGCAUAUAUUUUUUGGGGGGACUUUCCAGUCUUUCCAAUCAAUUAGCUUGUUGAUAGCUAAUGUGUAGAUGGAGGAGAGCAUGGGGGCAAGAAUAGAAGAGGAUAUGCCAGCAGAAAAUGAAGACAGGGAUGAAUAGGUACUUGAGUAGGAGAUACAAUUUAAACCAGAAAUGUGUUGUGCCAAAUGUCAAAUGAGUGAAUCACUUUUAAAGUGGGGGAAGCGGUUAUUCAACUGUUUUAAACACAGUGGAAAGAUCACUAGAAAUGUGUAAACAGUUUAGUAUUGCUUGAGAAAAGGUAAUUUAUUAAUUUGAAAAAUAUAAAAGAAAAAGAUAUGUUUUGAAGAAACAUGUUACAACAAAGGUCAUGAAGUGAACAAAAUGAUAAUAUAUAAAAAUUAUAAUUUAUAAUAUCACAAUCUUUUGAUCAAAACCAUGAAAGUACAAGCAGUAAAAAAAAAAAAUCAAACACCUAUAUGGUAUAAUUAAGUAAUACAUUAAUAAAAUUUUUAAGAUAUUAGUACAAACAGUGAAAUUUCUUUAUUGCUGCCUCAGACAUGAGGAAGUCAAAAAUUGUGUUACAGAUGGUACUUUUAACAUCCAGGCAUUGUCACAGGCUGUCAAGGUGAGAUGAGAUGCUUCACUUAAUGCAGCAGGUCUUUCAACAGACUUUCUUUACAAUGCAUUUGGCAGGCUAAUGCUGAACUGUCUCUAUUUUGAUCCUAUAAAUUACUUAAAAUCCUGGAAAUGGUAUACAUGUAGAGUAUUAAUAUAUUUAGGAGAUGCAACCGUAUACAAAUCCGGGUCUACAAAGUUGAAGGAAGCACAAGUCCUAUGAAAUUCACCAUUCAAUAUGUAUGUGAAAUGUGUGUGAAAAAUACAAUACAUUAAAUCUAACCAUCCGGUUUGAUGAUAACAUGGUUAAAUGACAAAUAUGUCAAAACACUCCUAGAUAAAUAUGCUAGGGGGUCUAAAUAAUAUCUACAAAUAUAGGUUUUAUUUCCUGUGUGGUUGGUAAAAAGCAGCCAUACUCUGUCACUCUUAAGAGAAGACAGUAUUAAGUAGUGGUUGCUAUUUGCCAACAGGUGUCCAAACCUGCUUUUUUACCAGCUAGCCGGAAAUAAUGUCUGCUUGCAAUGAUUCUGACCACUAACAGAUCGGCCUGUUGCUGGUAAAUGACCAAAAAACAUGCCGUGUAAAUACCCAUAAGUUUUCUGUAACAAAUACUAUCUAUUGGCUUUAGCAGGAGCCACCACUUAGUGGCAGACCUUAUGUGGCGGCAACUGAUAUUUCUCAAUAGCUGCUUUAGCAAUUUGGCUGCUGGUAAACUAACACUACUCAUAGAAACAUAGAAACAUAGAAUGUGAAAACAGAUAAGAACCAUUCGUCCUAUAUAGUCUGCCCAAUUUUUUUAAUAUUUUCAUUAGUCUCUGACCUUAUCUUAUAGGUAUGCCUAUCCCACACAUGCUUAAACUCCUUUACUGUGUUAACCUCUACCACUUCAGCUGAAGGUUAUUCCAUGCAUCCUCUCAGUAAAGUAAUACUUCCUGAAAUUAUUUUUAAACCUUUGUCCCUCUAAUUUAAGACUAUGUCCACUUGUUGUGGUAGUUAUUCUUCAAUUAAAUAUAGUCUUCUCAAUACUGUGUUGAUUCCCUUGUAUGUAUUUAAAUGUUUCUAUAUCCCCCCUGUCUCGUCUUUCCUCCAAGCUAUACAUGUUAAGUUCCUUUAAUCUUUCCUUGUAAGUUUUAUCCUGCAAUCCGUGAACUAGUUUUGUAGCCCUUCUCGGAACUCUCUCUAAAGUAUCAAUAUCCUUCCGGAGAUACAGUCUCCAGUACUGUGUACAAUACUCCAAGUGAGGUCUCAAUAGUGUUCUGUACAAUGGCAUGAGCACAUCCCUCUUUCUACUGCUCUCCCUAUACAACCAAGCCUUCUGCUAGCAUUUCCUGCUGCUCUAUUACAAUGUCUACCUACCUUUAAGUCAUCUGAAAUAAUUACCAUUAAAUCCCUUUCCUCAGAUGUUGAGGUUAGGACUCUAUCAAAUAUUCUGUACUCUGCCCUUGGGUUUUUACGUCCAAGAUGCGUUAUCAUGCACUUAUUCGCAUUAAAUGUCAGUUGCCACAACUCUGACCAUUUUUCUAGUUUACCUAAAUCAGUUGCCAUUCGGCUUAUCCCUCCUGGAACAUCAACCCUGUUACAUAUCUUGGUAUCAUCAGCAAGAAAGACAUACCUUACCAUCAAGACCUUCUGCAAAUACAAAUAUUAAAGAAAAUGGGUCCAAGUACAGACCCCUGAGGUACCCCACUGGUAACACUUACUAACUCGCUACUCACUUUAGUGAGUAGUAGCUGGCCCGUGAAAAAGUAGAGACAAGAUUGGAAAUGAGCCCUUAACAGUGCCAUCUCAACAAAGAGGUACACUCGGGACCUCCCUACACAACAACUUAACAAAAUGCAACACAUACAUACAAUACACACACAGAGACUGCUGGAUACACACAGUCUGUUGAAUAUACACACAGACUGCUGAAUACUUACAGACUGCUAAAUACACACACACACACACACACACAUACACAGACUGCUGAAUACACACAUAGAGACUUCUGAAUACACACAGAAUGCUGAAUACACACAUGUACUGCACCCCUCAUGCCUAGAUUCAAAGCAAGUUUGUCAAGAUAUAUAUAUAUACAUACAGUUGCAAGAAAAAGUAUGUGAACCCCCUUUGGAAUAAUAUGGAUUUCUGCACAAAUUGGUCAUAAAAUGUGAUCUGAUCAUCAUCUAAGUCACAACAAUAGACAAUCACAGUCUGUUAAACUAAUAACACACAAAGAAUGAAAUGUUGCCAUGUUUUUAAUGAACACACCAUGUAAACAUUCACAGUGCAGGUGGAAAAAAUAUUGGAUUUAAUAAUUGGUUGAACCUCCUUUGCAGCAAUAACUUCAACCAAUCGUUUCCUGUAGUUGCAGAUCAGACAUGCACAACGGUCUGGAGUAAUUCUUGACCACUCCUCUUUACAGAACUGUUCAGCAAUAUUCUUGGGAUGUCUGGUGUGAAUCGCUUUCUUGAGGUCAUGCCAAAGCAUCUCAAUCGGGUUGAGGUCAGGACUCUGACUGGGCCACUUCAGAAGGUGUAUUUUCUUCUGUUUAAGCCAUUCUGUUGUUGAUUUACUUCUAUGCUUUAGGUCAUUGUCCUGUUGCAACACCCAUCUUCUGUUGAGCUUCAGCUGGUAGACAGAUGGCCUUAAGUUCUCCUGCAAAAUGUCUUGAUAAACUUGGGAAUUCAUUUUUCCUUUGAUGAUAGCAAUCCGUCCAGGCCCUGACGCAGCAAAGCAGCCCCAAACCAUGAUGCCCCCACCACCAUACUUCACAGGUGGGAUGAGGUUUUGAUGUUGGUGUGCUGUGCCUUUUUUUCGCCACACAUAGUGUUGUGUGUUUCUUCCAAACAACUCAACUUUGGUUUCAUCUGUCCACAGAAUAUUUUGCCAGUACUGCUGUGGAACAUCCAGGUGCUCUUGUGCAAACUGUAAAUGUGCAGCAAUGUUUUAUUUGGACAGCAGUGGAUUCCUCUGUGGUAUCCUCCCAUUACAUCCAUUCUUGUUUAGUGUUUUACGUAUUGUAGAUUCACUAACAGGGAUGUUAGCAUUUGCCAGUGACUUUUGUAAGUCUUUAGCUGACACUCUAGGAUUCUUCUUCACUUCAUUGAGCAGUCUGCACUGUGCUCUUGCAGUCAUCUUUACAGGACGGCCACUCCCAGGGAGAGUAGCAGCAGUGCUGAACUUUCUCCAUUUAUAGACAAUUUGUCUUACCGUGGACUGAUGAACAGCAAGGCUUUUGGAGAUACUUUUAUAAUCCUUUCCAGCUUUAUGCAAGUCAACAAUUCUUAAUCGUAGGUCUUCUGAGAGCUCUUUUAUGCAAGGCAUCAUUCACAUCAGGCAAUGCUUCUUGUGAAAAGCAAACCCAGAACUGGUGUGUGUUUUUUAUAGGGCAGGACAGUUGUAACCAACACCUCCAAUCUCAUCUCAUUGAUUGGACUUCUCACUCCAAUUAGCUCUUGGAGAUGUUAUUAGUCUAGGGGUUCACAUACUUUUUCCACCUGCACUGUGAAUGUUUACAUGGUGUGUUCAAUAAAAACAUGGCAACAUUUCAUUCUUUGUGUGUUAUUAGUUUAAGCAGACUGUGAUUGUCUAUUGUUGUGACUUAGAUGAUGAUCAGAUCACAUUUUAUGACCAAUUUGUGCAGAAAUCCAUAUCAUUCCAAAGGGUUCACAUACCUGUUCUUGCAACUGUAUAUAUAUAUAUCUCAAUCAUCUUGGGUGGCAUGAAAUCUUACAUAUUACAUGUGACAAUAUAUGGCACAAUGAUUUAUUGGGCUGGCAUAUAUUUUUUUCCAGGGCGGCUUUGUAUCCCAAGUCCGGCCCUGAUCAUAUACAUGUCCAGGCACAGGAACCCAUAGUGUUAAACUUUGAAGGAACACUGAUGUCUGUGUGUUAGAAAUCUUGACACAUCCUAACACUGGUGUGGUUCGAGUAUUUAUGACUUCUUACUGUUAUCCUGACUUGGUAAUUUUUUGGAGCCACUUGGGUUGGCAUCAUGUGACAUAGAUAACAUAAAUUGUGCAUUGAAAUAUGACACUGUUCCAAGGUCUAAUAAUAUCUGUUCAUGAUUUGUUCUGUUUCCUGCCACUGGUCUUCGUUGUCCAAGAGUGUGUUGUAAGGAAUAUAUUUCCAUCAAGUGCAAUGGUUUUGUCUUUUCAGAAGAUCUCUAUGAUGCUACAGUGAAAAUAUAUUAAACUGAAUAAAUAUUCAGUUGACAUUUAGCUGCUAUUUUGCAUAAGCCUAUAUGCAUACUUUAUGGCACAUAUGACUUUAAGAAUGUCAUUAUUUAUUUGGAAGAUUAGUUGAAUGAAGCCUUUGAGAACAAAUAUCUUGACCUUUCAUUAAAUGCAAUUAAAGGCUCUUUUUUCCCAAUACAGACACAUUUGUUUCAGUGUUAUUUCUAUACAAUAUUCUUGACUUUAAUACUGUUGUCAGUCGGCUUAUUAAUUCUCAUUCAGAAAUAAAAAACUUUUGUCAUCUUAGAUCAUGAUGGUCUAAUACUGCUUGGUUUAAGCAGUGGCAUAAGAAUGUUUUCUUAUUUGGUGUAUUUUUCCAAAUAAAUCCAUGAAACACGUUAUCAAGUAGAAAAGCAUAAACAGUUUAUUCAAACUUUCAACCUUCGAAUAGGUGUUAUUUUUCCACUCUGAAAAUAGCCUUAAAUACAAGGAUAUUGAUAAUAUAACAUUUAUCUAUAAUUCUGAUAUAUAUUAACCAGACUGUGCAGUAGUUGCAUUAUAAAGAUUUAAAGAAGGAAGGUUUAACUGUGUAAAAAUUAUAUAACUAUUGAUUUAAUUCUCCCCCAUAUCCAAAUCUCAUUGAUACCUUCACAGUGAAACUAUUUCUGAUUUGUGUCCUCCUCAGAGCUGCAGAUGAAGACUUUCCCUUAGAAAAUAAAAUGAAUUUCUAGUGGACGUGGCCUGGAGCUCAAUUGAAGCAGCCGCAUGUCAGUGUAGCUCCAUGCUACAUCGGCCUAAAACAAGAGCAUUACUAUCACCCCAACAGAGCUAAAACCACCAAGAAAGAUGUCUCAACAGAAGGGCAGACGGCAGACAAAAAAAGGAGACAAAAACUAAUUUUUCAACAUCAUAACUGACCAAACUAAGACCGCGGCCCUGAUGGAGGAGGCCCAACUCUGGUGGGUGAGGUACCACAGAGUUCUGAAACCGAGGUUCCUAAUGAUGUAUGUGCCACGAGACGUCCUGGUGAGACUCCAUUACUUCCAUGUUAAGGAGGCUAUCAUGCGAGCAAGUAGGCAGCGCCGAAACCUGCCGCCUUCGCACUAGGGUACAGCGAUCUAUGCAGACAUCUCAGAAGCCACACUCAAGAAGAGAAAAACCUUCUCCACCAUCACAGAGCAGCUGAGGCAACAUAAGAAACCUUAAUAGUGGGGAUUCCCGGUCAAGUUGCUCAUCACGCACAAAGGCAAAAUAACAGCCAUCACAACCCUUGAGGCAAGUCUGAAAGCCCUAAGAGACUGGGGACUACCACCACCGCAUACCUCGGAAUCCGGGACAAGGCAGGUUCACCCCAUCAUGGAAAAAAGUGUCCCAUAACAAAUAGGGAGAGCGGACACCAAAUGCAGAAAGUGGAAAGCACUGCUAAGAGACUUUGGAACUGUCCUCUCAUUAGGGGAAUUCAGAUACUACUAGUGGCUCAGGUGGGAUGGGCCUCUUACCUCACUCUAGCCCCUACAUAAGCAAUGACGCAACUUAUGGGACUCAGGGGCACAAGCACAGGUACCCCAAGUCACUAGACACUUAAGGGUUAUAAAUAUGUGAAAGGGGGUGAACACAUUGUGUACAUCGCAAGUAAGGCCGUAAGACUGCUAUGCACAGGUAUGGAAGCACAUCACUUCUUCCCCCACAGCACCAUUGAUAGGUGCCAUGCCGUAAGCAAGGCAUCAUGUUUAUUUCUUGUUAUUUUGGUUAAUAUAUUUAACUUCCUUGUUUAUUGUUUCAUAUGGAUCAAGCACACAAAACUCCAGCACAUCAACAUACAAGGUGGGACGCCCUGCCACAGGGAAACCCACCAACUAGUCACCCACGCUGCCACCCGGUUCGAGAACGCUGGGUAGGGGGGCACUCCCACCAAUAGAUAAGCCAACGAAAUAGUCACCUAAAGCCAUAACGUUUAACCCACAUGAAAAUAUACACCCAUAACACCAAAGGUCUUAAUAACCGCUCGAAACGAAACUUACUACAUUAGGAUCUGAAACAGAUAAAGCUGGAGGUAGUGUGGCUGCAGGAAACACACUUCAAGAAUAACGCAUACUCACCAAUGUUCACACAUGAAUACCCACACCAAGACCAUGCCACAUACUCCAACAAGUCUAAAGGCUCAUCCAUACUAAUCAGUAAAGAUGGAAGGCAUACACCCUUAUACAGCUAGAGGUAGAUGAGGAAGGGAGAUUUGUCAUGGUGGUGGGAACAUUCAACAAUGUCCUAUACACGAUCACAAACAUCUAUGCCCCUAACAAGGAGCAAAGGAAAUUCUUACAUUAAAUAUUCAUGAAACUGACAACAAUACAAAAGGGGAUCAGUGUAAUUUGUGGGGAUUUUGACCAUAUAAUGGAUCCCAGUGUGGAUUCCACAGUAUCACUCACUGGCACUAGGAUAAGACCGAUAAAAAGACAGAGCAGGGUAAUGCAGAAACUGCUCUACGUACACCACUAGAAUGAUGUGUGGCGAGUAACACACAUUGGAGAGAGCGGAUACACGUGUUUCUCUACUGCACAGAACACAUAUUCCCGGAUAGAUGGCAUACUAAUGUCAGGGCGACACUUGGACCAAGUCAAGGGAUGCUCCAUAGAACAGAUCACUUGGUCGGACCACGCCCGACUGGUGGUGACCUUAGCCGACCUAUAUUACUCCACUCACCACAGCCCCUGGAGACUUAAUGACUCCCUCCUCUUUGACCCACAUUUCACCAAAACACCAGAAACUCAGAUGUAACACUACUUUGCAGAGAAUAAAUCGAAACACACAUCUCAUAACACAAUAUGGCAAGCCCAUAAAUCCAUGGCUAGGGGACUGUUGAUAUGAAGGACUGCCUUUCUUAAGUGAAGGUCACAGGCACAGCUGUGAGUAUGGCAGAAAGAGAUUCAAGACCUCGCAACCCAAAACCAAACAGCCCCGACACAAGGGUUGAAGAGGCGCAUCAUGCAAAUCACACAAGACACCCAAACAGGCCCUAGAAAAAACUGGUCACUACCUCCACAGACUUAAAGUGUCUCACUAUUCGCAGAGCAACAGAGCAGGCAAACUGGUAGCCCAACAUGUGAAAAGCAAACAAACUAAGCAUAAGAUAGCAUACCUGACAUCAAAUGAGGGACACAAAGUGAUAGCUCCAAAGGAUAUAAGCAACACCUUUGCAAAGUCUUACUCCCUAUAUAAUUUAGCUGAGGAUGCCCAAACGCACCAGCCCCAACCACUGGCCAUACAACAGUACUUGAACACAAUUUCACUGCCUUUAUUACACCACAACAACAACAACAAGAGCUCUCUUCUAUCAUAACUGAAGAAGUGGUUGCCACAGCUAUUCAACAGCUAACAACAGGCAAAUCCCUGGGUUCGGAUGGCUUCGCCAACUGUUAUUAUAAAACAUUUAAAACCAUCCUAACACCUCACCUAACAAAAGCAUACAACAAAGCUACUUUAAACCAAUGGCUCCCCCCUGAAACAUUGUUAGCCCAUAUCAUCAAAAUCACUCCCUAAACCAGGCAAGCCACCUACUUGCCCUCAAAACUUCCGCUCCAUAUCCCUGUCAAACACUGAUCUACGCAAAAACAUAUGCUUUGCGCCUUGGAAGCAUGCUCCCACAUAAUUUUACACACAGACCAAGUGUUGUUCGUUAAAAACAGACAGGGUGGAGAUAACACCAGGAAAGUACUGAACUUCAUACACAGUUCCAAACGCAUGAAGGUGGGGUGCAUGUUGGUUUCACUGGAUGCAGAAAAGACCUUUGACCAACUGGGAUGGGAGUUCCUUGUUGCGGUCCUCCUCAAAUUUGGGACACCGGAGGGCUUCCUCUCUGCGGUCAGAGCCCUAUAUAACACACCUUCGACAUGCGUUCUAAAUGCGAGGUUUGUUUCAGACCCCUUUCCUAUAUCCAAUGGUUCUUGUCAGAGAUGUCCACUAUCCCCGCUGCUAUCUGUGAUGGCUUUGGAGCCGCUGGCGGCUGCCAUAAGAUAACUCACCUAAAUCCACUGGGUGAAAGUGGGAGACAGGGAAUACAAGGCAAAUGUAUUUGCGGAUGACAUAGUGCUAACCCUGACGCAGCCACAUAUAUCUCUCCCUAACUUAGUGACCACUAUCAAAGAAUAUGGGGACCACUCAUAUUAUAAACUCAACAUUUCCAAGACACAGGCCAUGGGGAUAGGAAUGCAGACUGAAACUCUUGACAGACUCACAGCAGCGCGUUCUCUUUAUGAUUCCCGCGGCAGUAAAUAAAAUAGGAAAGACUGCUAUUCCGCCUGUUGGUUUCCGCUGUGACACUUAUAGCCAGAGCAUGGAAGUCUCAGCUUACACCUACCAAAGAUGCUUUAACUAAAAAAUUUCCCUAAACUGGAGGUAUGAGUCAAUGGCCAACAAACACAUAAAACCCCAGAAACAUGUUGAACAAGUGGGGGAGAGAUGGGCAGCAUACCUAGAAAAAACAAGACACAGAACGAAACAAAGGAGUGGGGACAGCUUAACUAACAGGUCAGGACAAGGGAGGAAGACUAACGCAGGGGGACAGGUGACAUCACAGUACAGGUACAAAUUAGGAACCAUAAGUGGCUCUUAACAGCACUCCAAGUUAGCCCAAACAGGCAAUUCUGAGGAGAAUGUGUACACCCUAAAUGGGCGCAAUGGUAAUAGAAGUGUGCAACCCUAUGUUGUGACAAAAUGUUCCUGCAAUACCCUUUUCCUUUCUGUACCCUGGCGAGCAGGCGCCACAACUUGAAACAAAAAGAAAUACAAAUAAAAAUUGCCAAAUUGAAAAAAAUAAUAAUUUCUAAACAUUAAUUUCUCCUUCCAAGCUUUAGUUGGUCAUUUAGACAGGAUCAAAGGAUUUCAUCUGCUGGCUCAUGCAGGGCAACACUGGCCUGUUAAUGUGCUUAUGGGGAGAUUAAAGAACUCCUUCACCAGUUCAUCGAACCUUAACACCAAGAGGAUUCAGGUAGCGUCUGUCUUCUGGGUGCAGAACCUCUGUUGGGUGCAGACCAUUUAUGUCUCUUGCAAGCUCUAGUGUGCAAAACUACAUUUAGUCUAUCAAGCCUCUUUCGCCCUCAUUUUACUCAAAGAGUAGAAAAAUGACAGCUAACUCUCCUUCCAAACAUUAGAGUAGAGGAAGUAGAUGAUAUAUAAUAUAUAUUGUAGAUUCGAUUCGCUGUGUUAGUCCAGUACAGUUAUUGCAAAGCUCACAUUGAAAUCUGAGAAGUUUAUGUGUGAGCUUCCUGGAUGGCACAAUAACAGAUGGCAUUCUUCAUUUAGCUACCUAAGCAAUUUCAGCUUUCAUCCCAAUCACACCAAACAAGGUGCCAUCUAGAGCCAGUCUAUCAGAUAUCACCGCAUUUGCUCUGACACAAAAGACAGAGAAAAACACCUGAGAAUAAAGUCAAAGUCAUUUAAGGCAAAAAGGCUAUAAGGAAAGGACAAUACCUUAAAAAAAAUCUGCCCUAAAACAUCACAGGGAAGGCUACUACAAUACAAAGAAAAGAAAAGCAAAGCAAGAACCCAGCUGGUUGUUACCUACAAGUCAACUCUAGAAGGACUACGAAAAAUUAUUAAAGAACUACAACUGUUAAUCUCAGAGGACCCCACACUCAAAGAAAUAUUUCCUGAGUCCGCUAUACUAGCUUUCAAACAACCACCUAAUCUAAGACAAAGAUUGGUCUGCAACCAAUUGACCUCGGAAUAGGAGCUUACACAGAAUGGCAUUGUACAAUGCAACAGAUUACUAUGCAAACUCUGCCAAAAUAUAUGUGGCAAGAACACAGCUAGACACAAUAACAAAACAUAAAACAUUAAGGGGUCAUAUUUGUACACAUCUGCGAAUGUGGUAUACAUGCUAAAGUGUACAGUGUAUGACAAAGGUUGCUACAUUGGAGAAACUUGCCUUAAGCUGCAUCUCAGAAUGAAUCUACACAGACACUCAAUCAAGAACUGUAAGGCAAAUGGAUAUUGUACCCCUGCUGGUCAUCCCUUCACCCUGGUCACUCCAUCCAAAACCUAAGUAUUAAAGUUCUUAAAGGGGAUUUCAAAGACUCCCCUGAAUGAAAGACAGUUGAGAAGAAAAUUAUCACACAUUUCAACACCAUAAAUGAAGGACUUAAUGUAGAUUUUGGCGUUCUGACACACUAGCAAAACUUUAUAUAAACACACUUUAUAUAAACACACAUCUUAAUAUCUUAUAUAUUUAUUGUUCAGUACUCCCGCUUUAGCUAUAUUUGAUCAAUUCAUAUAUACAUAUACAUACAGCUGUAUAUUUGUAUGCCAUGCUGCUUGUUUUGUUUUCUUUUAUUAGAUUUUUGACUCUCCUCUGUUUAUUUACUUGUUUUGGCCAUUCUCAACUAAUCAGCACCUUUCACUCUAAGGCACAUCUUCUGUUUAUUUAUGUGUGUGCGUGUGUGUGUGUAUGUGACAGAUUCCUCUGUAUUGCUGGUUCAUCUGUUUCCCUUUGUUUCGCUGAAUUUCCUGUUCGUAUGCCCCUGUUCGUGUGAUUACAAAAUACCGAUUGAAACUACCGAACGAACGACCACCCAGGAGAGGAGUGUGCUGCUGGUUAACCUCUUGGCCCCAAUUAGAACGUUGUGGUUAACCGCAGACACCUCUCCAUUCCAUUCGUACGGGUGGUCGUCGUUCGCAUGUCGACCAUGAGGCAGCGGCCAUUUUGGGACACGAGGAAGCGUAGCGGUGUUCGGUACAAAUCCUAUGGAACUGAAAACGGACACUUUAAUCUACCGAACACCACUGGAAGCUGCUGCCCACCUUCUAUUUCGGCGAGGCGCACGAACGCCGGUUGUUCGGGAGUUUUUAUACAUUUGUAUGGACCUUUACCCAGAUAGCCGUCCCAUGGAGUCAUUCGUAUACCGAAGGACUGGUGAAAGACUUUGACUUCAUGGCGAUUCGACUAGAUACAUCGGAUCUGAGCGCUAUUCGGUAGAAAUAUGCACUCAGAUCCAGGCUGUCUGGGGAUACGUUACACAAACUAUAUUCAUUCGGUAUUUCUUCAGUUAUAUAUUUAAAUGUAUUUUUCUUACUGUAUUUUAAAAUGGCGAUUGUCUCUAUCCUGGGAGAUAAUUAGGUUUCUUUCUAAUUAUCUCUGGGGUAGAGAAGAAGGGACCUUUAUGGGUAAGAAGGGAAGGGCUUAUAUUGAAGCCACUGCGAUUGGCUACUGUCCAAUAUGUUUUACAGUCUUCCACAAGGUCCCCUCGGGGAGUGUCCACCUUGUGGAGACCUGCAUAAAUACCGGGCAGGUAGCCCCCAUUAAACAGAACCUUAUUUGACCCUCAAGACUGAGCUUGGUCUUGUUUGUGGGGGAAUUAUUACUGGGACAGCGCUUUCAUUAUUUUUAGCUGUGGAAGGCGUUCGACUGUUUUGCUGAUCGGGAGUUGCCGUGUUCGUGAACUUCGUUCGGGAGUUUGGCGGUCGGCUGAAUAUAAACUGCAUUUCUGGAGAGGGGGAUUAUUCACUAAACGGCGGCUUCAUCUACCUGGCGGUGAGUGUCGUAACAGUGUAUUUGUGUGUAAGUGUGUGUCCAAAGAGGUAACAUGUUUACAAUGUAAGGCAAUAUGGUAUGGGUGGGAAACGUGGAAUGGACAACUGAGAAAUUAGUGCAUGUGGGAUAAAGUAUGUGAAAGGAUUAUAGAAUAUGCGAGAUACAAUUUUUUUUAAUUUUUUUUAUUUACAUCUAUGCAUUCUUCAUUGUAACUUCAUUAUGUAGUACAAUUGUUUAAAAAAAAUUUCUGUCUAAUCAAAAUUAAUUUUUUUCUAUCUCCAUCAAAUAAUCUAUCAUCUAUGCAUACUGAAAUGAAAACAUAUUAAAACAUUACUUUCCAGAGCACCCAAAAUACUCAGAGAGAGAGAGAGUGCAUGUGUGCGCGCAAACUACAUGGUAGUGAAGAGGUUAACAUUGGUAUACAUGUUUUACAUUCUUGGAAAAAAAUAAAUUCAAGGUAAUUGAUCAUAUAAAAAGUACACAUUAACCAGACUGUGCAGUAUUUACAUAAUAUGAUAACGUUCUAUGGGGGCAGGAGUAACUUUGGGUAAAAAUAUAUAAAUACUCACUUAAUUUUACCCAAAACAUACCACAGGCAUACCUCCAGGAUGAAACUUCUUCUGAUCUGCGUGCUCUUUGGAGCUGCUGGUAAGAAAUAUAACUUUUAGUAGUAGUACUUUCUGUCUCAUUUAAAAAUAUAUAUUUAAUUUCAUGUUAUUGUUAUAUAUUUUUAUCAAUUACUCCACCAUAAUAUUUUAGACUUAUGAAAUUAAAACACACAUACAGUGAAAUAGUUUUUAGUAUUUUUUUCAACUUUACCAUACAUUUGUUUUUGAGUUACCUAUGACAUCACAACUUUUUUAUAGCAUUUAAAAAUACACUUAAAAUACAAUUAAAAAAAAGAAAGAAAAAUCUAAGGAAACACAUAGAAAAAAUCUCCACUAUGGCCAUGAACACAGUUAUAUUUGAAAUGCAAUAUUAAGGAUCCCUUUGAAUAAUAUUAAUUAUACUACGAUUAUUUUAUUUAAAUUAAGUCUAAUGUUUCUUAUCUUCCAAUAUUGCAAUUUAUGUAAAAUUAAUACAUUUUUGAAAAAUAGAUUUUGAUUGCAUAUGUAGUUUACACCAUCAAUUAAACCAUAUCAAUGUUUUUCAUUGAGCCAUAUAAAUUUCAAGAUAAAAAAUAUAAUUUACAACAAGACAUGCAAUAAUGGUAGAUGAAUAAAAUGUAACAGUAAGCAAAUCAUGAGCACAGCGGCAAAAAUAUUUUUCUCUUCUGCCCACAGUUGCAUUUGAGGAUGAUGAUGAUAAGAUCGUAGGAGGUUACACCUGCACCAAGAACUCCGUCCCAUACAUCGUAUCCCUCAACUCUGGCUAUCACUUCUGCGGAGGUACCCUGGUUACUAGCCUGUGGGUGGUGUCUGCCGCACAUUGCUACAAGGCGUAAGUUUCACUUAACGUUGACAUAGAUGAAUGAAAUUACAGAAAAAAAUGAUUGAACAUUUUUGUAGAAAUGCAUCACAAGUUCAUAUUUAGAAUGAAUGAAAUUCGACCAAUGUGUUAACUUUCUCUUAAAAAUGUCCUAUGUUUCCCUCAUGCAGGAGUGUUCAGGUCAGACUGGGAGAGCACAACAUCGAUGUAAGUGAGGGCACUGAGCAGUUCAUUAACUCUGCCAAGGUCAUCAGACACCCCAGCUACAACUCCAGGACCACCGACAAUGACAUCAUGUUGAUCAAACUUGCUAGUGCCGCCACCCUCAACAGCUAUGUGAAGACUGUGUCUCUGCCCUCUGGCUGUGCUGCUGCCGGAACCAGCUGUCUGAUUUCAGGCUGGGGAAACACACUCAGCAGUGGAAGUAAGUUUCGAAAACAUAGCACACAGAGACAAACUCUAGUUUAGAGUAAAUGAAGGGCUUAUAACUAAACAUCUCAUAUUUUACAUUUACAUUGCAAAAACAUUGUUUGUUACAAGAGCAAUUUAAUAUUGUUAAAUGCACACAUUAUUAAACAUUUUCUUUAAUUACACAAUAUAACUAGUUAAUAUUCCACAUUCUGGAAGGAGUUAAUGGUCUUUUCAUUUUGUUGUCUUCAGCAAAAGUUGAUAUAAUGUGACAGGCAAAGAGUAAAUUAAUAAGUUGAUGGAGAUUCUGGGUAAGGAAUAAUCGCAUAUAGUAUUUAUUAACAAAACAUUUUUGUCCAGUACCUAAUAGAGAUAACAUACUGCAAUGAACUCGUAAAGAAUGUGUACAUGUAACAAGAUUAUGAUUUUAUUUCAUUUUAUUUUAUUUCAGCCAACUAUCCAAGUCUCCUGCAGUGUUUGAAUGCACCCAUCCUGACAAGUUCUCAGUGUAGCAGUGCCUACCCAGGACAGAUCACCACUAACAUGAUCUGUGUUGGCUACGUUGAAGGAGGCAAGGAUUCCUGCCAGGUAAUGUAUCUGAAAAUUGAUGUUUGAUUUAAUAUUUCCAGUGGGGAAGUGAAAUAUAUCUCAAAAUCCAUGGCUAUAUCUUUAACAUUUUUAAUAUUUUACAUUCUCUCUCCUUCCCUCAGGGUGACUCUGGUGGCCCCGUGGUCUGUAAUGGUCAGCUCCAAGGUGUUGUGUCCUGGGGAUAUGGCUGUGCUUUGAGGAACUACCCCGGAGUCUACGCCAGGGUCUGCAACUACAACUCCUGGAUCCAGAGCACCUUUGCUUCCAACUAAAACUGUUUACUAAAUGUUUUGUUCAAAAUUUUAAUAAAUGUGUGAACUUUCUAAAACCGUCUUGUCAUCAUCAUUUAUAUAUUCAAAAAAGUACUGAGUUAGUUAGAAUAUAUUGUCAUAAAAAUGUGUGAAUGUAUUCUCUGGAUAAAAAUAAAAGAUUGCCCCUUUAUAAAUCAAAGUUACAUAGUUGCAUAGGCUGUAAAGAGACAUAUGUCCAUCAAGUUCAGUCUUGCUCACAUCUGUUUUUGCUGUUAAUCCAAAGGAAAGCAAAAAAAAAAAAAACAGUUUGAAGUACUUCCAAUUUUCCAAAAACUACGAAAAAAUUAUUUCUUGCCCCUAGAAGGUCAGUCAGAUUUAUCCCUGGAUCAAGAAGCUCUUACCAUACAAUUAAAAAAUUAUACCCAUGAAUAUUAUAUUUUGCAUGUGUGCAUCUAGUUGCUGUUUAAACAUAAAAAAAAAAACUUUUCCUUUGCUUUGCACUAAAUCUCCAUUCUUCCAGUCUAAAAUCAAGACCUUGUGUCCACUGUGUAGACCUGUUUGUGAAUAGAUUUUUUUUUAGAUAAUAGAUUUCCAGACAAUUGAUUGUAUUGGCCCUGAAUAUAUUGGUACUUAUUAUAUCCCCUCUGAGGAGCUGUUUUACUGAACUAAAGAGGUUUCAAUGUGUUAACCUUUCUUCAUUGCUAAAAUGUUCAAUUCCUUUUACUAAUUUUGUAGUUCACCUCUGCACUUUUUCUAGUGCCAUAUUAUCCUCCUUUAGAAAAGGUGCCCAAAAGUGCACAGCAUAUUCAAGAUGUGGUCUUACCAGUGAUUUAUGAAGAGGCACAAUUAUAUUCUCAUCCAGAGAAUUAAUGCCCCUUUUUAUACAUGCCAAUACCCUACUGGCCUUAGCCACUGCUGAUUGACAUUGCACAUUGUUGCAUAGUUUGUUUUUUCUUCAACAAUUCCCAAGUCUUUCUCAUGUGUUGUUAUCCCUAAUUCGUUUCUAUUAAAAGUAUAAGUUGCUUGUGCAUUCAUAACACCGAAGGGCAUAACUUUGCUUUUUUCUACAUUAUAUUUCAUAUAUCAUUUGAGUGCCCAGUCCCCCAGUCUAUCAAAAUCCCUCUGCAGCAAAGUAAUACUUUGCUCACAUUGUAUUACUUUACAGAGUUUUUUGUCAACUGCAAACACUGUAACAUGACUUUCAAUGCUUAUUUCAAGAUCAUUUAUAAAUCUGUUAAAUAUAAGUGGACCAUGAACAGAACAUUGAGGACAACACCUGCCACUUUUGUCCGGUUCAAAAAUGUACCAUUAAUGACUAGAGUUGAGCGGACACCUGGAUGUUCGGGUCCGGCAGGUUCUGCCAAACUUUGAAAAAAAGUCCGGGUUCAGGCUCGAGCUUGACCCCGAACCCCAUUGAAGUCAAUGAGAACCCGAACUUUUGGGCACAAAAAUGACUAUAGAAAAGUCUUGGAAAGGGCUAGAGGGCUGCAAAAAGAAGUAAAAUGAAUGUAAUAGUAGGACAAGUGCCCUGCAAACAAACAUAAAAUACAUAAAAUAAGCAGCCGCUUAGUAGAUAACUCCCUAAUUCCAUGAGCGAUAGGUGGGGGCCAUAAAUAAGAAUGUCGGAGGGCACAUACAGUCCUCCCCCUUGGCCCCCACCCCUGCCCGGCAGAUGGGGGCCCUAAAUAACAAUAGGGGGUCCUACUGUCCUCCCCCCAUCCCCCAACCCUGAGCGGUGGGUGGGGGCCAUAAAUAAGAAUGUGGGGGGGACCUACUGUCCUCCCCACCCGGCCCCCACCCCUGCGCAAUGGGUUGGGGCCCUAAAUAACAGUAGGGGGGACCUACUGUCCUUCCCCCGGCCCCCACCCCUGAGCGGUGGGUGGGGGCCAUAAAUAAGAAUGUGGGGGGGACCUAAUGUCCUCCUCUCGGCCCCCACCCCUGAGCGGUGGGUGGGGGCCAUAAAUAAAAAUUGUGGGGGGGACCUAAAGUCCUCUCCCCAGCCCCCACCCCUGUGUGGGGCCCUAACUAACAAUAAGGGGGAGGACCUACUGUCCUUUCCCAGGCCCCCUCCUCUGAGCGGUGGGUGGGGGCCCUAAAUUACAAUAAGGGGGAACUACUGUCCUCCACCCGGCCCCCACCCCUGAGCGGUAGGUGGGGGACAUAAAUAAGAAUGUGGGGGGCACAUACAGUCCUCCCCUCAGCCCCCACCCCUGUGCGGUAGGUGGGGGCCCCCAAAUAACAAUAGGGGGGACCUUCUAUCCUCCUCCCAGCCCCCACCCCUGCGCGGUGGGUGGGGGCCCUAAAUAACAAUACUGUCCUCCCCCUGGCUCCCACCCCUGAGUAGUGGGUGGGGGCCAUAAAUCAAAUUUGAGGGAGGACCUAAUGUCCUCCCCCGGCCCCCACCCUUGAGCGGUGGGUGGGGGCCAAAAAUAAAAACUGGGGGGGACCUUAUGUCCUCUCCCCCGGCCCCCACCCCUGUGCAGGUGUGGGCCCUAAAUAAAAAUGUAACCCCCCAGGUGACUAGGGGUCCCCAAACCCCUAGUCACUCCCCUCAUCCUAAAAAUAAUGAGGGGCAACCCUGAUCUAAAUACCUGUAAAAAAAAAAAUAGACUUACCAUUUGAUGUCUUCUUUCUUCUAAACUCUUUCAGCCCCAAAAAAGGCCAAAUCAAAAUCCAUAAUAACCAACACACUAAAAAAAAACAAGCGCAAAAAAAAUAAUCAAUUUUCACCCACAGAGGGCUUUGCGCAGACUGAGUUCUGCCGGGCGAGGGAAGGCUUAUAAAGCCUUCCCCCGCCCUGCCAUUAGGCUCAGAGCACUCUGAUUGGUGGGUUUAAGCCAUCCAAUCAGAGUGCUCUGACAGGUAAAUGAGGAGACUGACAAGUAAGUCUCUACAUUUACCUGUCACAGCACUCUGGUUGGCUUGAAAUCCACCAAUUCUUUGGAAUUUUCCCACACUGUGUAAUUUGACUCAUAACACUCUGAUUGGUUACUUAAUCCACCAAUCAGAGUGCUCUGUGUCAUUUUACACAGCUUGGGAAAAUUCCAAAGAACUUUCCCUCGCUGUGUAAAAUGACACAGAGCACUUUGAUUGGUUAGCUUGAAAUCCUAUCUCGGAUUUCAAGCUAACCAAUCAGAGUGCUCUGUGUCAUUUUACACAGCGUGGGAAAAAUCCAAAUAACUUUUCCACACUGUGUAAAAUGACAGAGAGCACACUAAUUGGAUGGAUUUCAAGCUAACCAGAGUACUUUGUGUCAUUUUACACAGCGUGGGAAAGUUCUUUGGAAUUUUCCCAUGCUGUGUAAUUUGACUCAUAACACUCUGAUUGGUUUCUUAAUCCACCAAUAAGAUUGUAUUACAUUUAUUGUAACUUUGUUGCACCCUGUAUGAGCACAUUAGCUCCAUUUUUUCUACAAUUAGAUCUAUACAGUUUAAAGCUAAGCAGUUUAGUGUAUGUAUAUAGAUAGGUUUUGAUGAGUUUUUUCACGUUUAUAAUCUUUAAUAAAACUUUAUUAUUUUUCUGUGAUAUAGUUUUUCUGCAGUUUUACAUUUGUACUGCUCGUAAAGGAUUACUGGUUUUGAUGGAACUAGCCUCCUCUCUUGGUAGAGGAGUAUUUUUCCCUCAUUUCCUCAUUUCUUCUUUAUUUCUAAUAAUACUAAGUAACCAACUUAUAUAGAGGAUAUGUCACAUGCUGCACUGGCCAAUCACAGCCAUGCCAUCACAUGGCUGUGAUGGCUUCUAACAGUAAACGAGUCAAACGCUUGUUGAUUGGCUGACCUGCAGCCUUUCAAAACGCGUCAUUAAAUCGCCGAACACCAAACUCCAACCCGAACAUACAGUGAUGUGUCUGUGUUCAGGUCUGGGGUCCAAAAAACGUAAUGUUCGGUACGAACCCGAACUUUACAGUCCGGAUUCUCUCAACUCUAUUAAUGACAACUCCUUGUACUCUAGUUAGAACUCUAACCUAUUGAGUGGAACUGUAUCAAACGUCUUGGCAAAAUCCAAGUACAUCACAUCCACUGCAGUACCCUGAUCUAUACUUCUAAUUACUUCUACAUAGAAUGCAAUUAAGUAACUUUUACAUGACCAAUGUUUUUUUACAACCAUACUAAUUUUUGCUGAUAACCAUGUUCUUCACAUGACUUCAUGAAUUUUAUCUCUUAAUAACCUUUCAGAUACUUUCCCAGCCACAUAAGUUAAGCUCACAGGGCUAUAAUUUCCUGGCAAUGAUUUUGAACCAUUUUUGAAAAUAGGAACCACAUCUCCCUUCCUUCAACCCUCCAGUACAAUUCUUGAAAGAAAAACAUCUUGAAAGAUUAAAAACAGAGGUUCUUUUAUUUCCACACUUAAUUCCUUAAGUACUUGUGGGUGAAUACCAUCAGGCCCUGGAGCUUUGUCUAUAUAAACUUUCUUUAGUUCCUGCAGCACAUUGUCUUAAGUCAUCCAAUCACACUUUUUCUGCAAGUUUCUUCCAGCAAUUAUUUGCAUGUAUAUAGCCAUAGUUUCUUCCUUAAUAUAUACUGAGGAGAAAUAGUUAUUUAAAACUUCUGCCUUUUCCUUGUUUUUAUUAACUAUCACCCCAUUACGGUUUCCCCAUCACGGUUUUCAGUGUACCUACACUUUCAUUUUAUUUUUACAUUUGAUAUUUAUGUACUUAAAAAAUAUUUUGGAGCUGGUUUUGCUCCGUUUGGCUAUCUCUUCCUCAUUUUGUAGUUUAGCAAAUCUAAUGCAAAACUUUGUGCAUUAUAGGCUUCCUUAUAGCUUUUAUACGAUGCCUCUGAUUUGUCCGAUUUGAAUGCUUUAAAUGUCCAAUUUCUUGAUUUACUUUCUGUCUAAGCUUCAUUGGUUUUAAUGUGUUUCUUUUAUGUUUAUUACCCAAUUGCACAUACUGAGAAAUGUACCUUUCUAACAUUUGUUUGAAGAUAUUCAAACAAAUCCUCAGUUUUUUUUAUUUUUUACUAGAGUUUAUACCAGUCAAUACACUGUAAAGCUGCCCUUAUCUUAUUGAAAUUUACUUUUUUUAAAGUAUAUGUUUUAGUAUACCCAUGUGCAUUUGUUUUUGUUUUUAGUUUAUUUCAAAAGAUACUAUAUUGUGAUCACUGUUUCCCAUACUUGAAUGCUGGUCAAAAGAUCAACAUUGUUUGUUAUUACCAAAUCCAGACAAGCAUUCUUCCUCAUUAGUGCUUGUACAAGUUGUGACAUUAAGGUGUCAUUAAACAAGUUAAAAAACUGAAUUACCUUUGCUGAACUACUAGUCCCUCUAUCCAGUUUUAUUUGGGAUAAUUAAAAUCUCCAAUAAUUUGUGUGUUACCCAGAUUUUGAGCUUUCCCAAUGCAGCUGUUCUUCCUCAUCAUUAUUAAGGUGGUUUCUAACAUAUCCCUACCAAUAAUUGAUUUUCCUUAUUUUGUCCCAAGCAGAUAUUUACCCAUAAAGCUUCAACAUUUUCCUUAUCACAUUCCACUUACUUGACAUUUGGCCAUAUUGUAAAGUUUGGAAUCUGAUUGAUUGAUUGCUUCUGUGGACAGGUGUCUUGUAUACAGGUAACGAGCUGAGAUUAGGAGCACUCCCUUUAAUCAUUACCUGUAUAAAAGACACCCGGUAGCUAGAAAUCUUGGUGAUUAAUAGCGGAUCAAAUACCCAUUUCACUCAUUGACAUACAAAUCAAUUUAUAACUUUUUUGACACACCCACCAUUAAAAUUAUAGACAGAUCAUUUAUUUGUCAGUGGGCAAAUGUUCAAAAUCAGCUUACUGUAGAAGGCUUAUCAACAACCUGCGAUCUUUGAGUUUGGAUUCCAAUAUUGUUGAAUAGGUUAGGCAGUAGCUAAUGACAAGCAACAUAGGGUUAUAGUCAAUGGAGCAUAUUUGAAGCAAGGUCUUGUUAACAGUGGGAUGCCUCAGGCAUCUGUACUUGGACCUUUUCUCUUCAAUAUUUUUAUUAGUGAUAUUUCAGAAGAUCUUGAUAGUAAGGUAUAUCUUUUUGAUGAUGAUACAAAGAUUUGCAACAGGGUUGUUGUUCCAGUAGGGAUAAGCCAUAUGGUAAAUUUUUUAGGUAAACUAGAAAAAUGGUUAGAGCUCUGGUAACUGACAUUUAAUAUGGAAAAGUGGAAGACAAUGCAUCUUGGGUGUAAGUAUAGAAUAUUUGAUAUGGUCCUAACCUCAACAUCUGAGAUAAAGGAUUUAGGGGUAAUUAUUCAAAAUAGCUUAAAGAUAGACAAACAAUGUAAUAGAGUAGCAGGAAAUACUAGCUAAAUGCUUGGUUAUAUAGGGAGAUAUAUAUUAGCAGUAGAAAGAGGGAAGUGUUCAUGCAAUAUUGGAGACCAUAUCUCCAGAAGGAGAUUGAUACUUUGGAGAGAGUUCAGAGAAGGGCUACUAAGCUGGUUCAUGGAUUGCAUGGUAAAACUCACCAGAAUAGAUUAAAGGAUCUUAACAUGUAUAGUUUCGAGGAAAGAUGAGACAGGAGGGAUAUGAUAGAAAUAUUUAAAUACAUACAAGAGAUCAACACAGUAAAGGAAGAGAAUAUAUAUAAAAGGAGAAAACUAGAGGACAUAGUCUUACAUUAGAGGGGCAUAGAUUUAAAAAUUAUAUCAGGAAGUAUUACUUAACUGAAAUGGUAGUGAAUGCAUGGAAUAGCCUCAAGGCUGAAGUGGUAGAGGUUAACACAGUAAGGGAGUUUAAGGCAUAUGGCUAUGCUAGAUAUAAGAAACAGCCAGGGACUAAGAAAACUAUUUAGAAAAUGGAGCAGUCUAGAUGGGCCGAACAGUUCUUAUCUGCCAUCACAUUCUUUGUUUCUAUGUUUCUAAGUAACUGAUUGUACUGCUUACAACAACUGUGAUUGAGAAAGAGCCUUUGUCAUUGAACCUAGUGUGAGACUGAUUAGGUUAUUGCUGUGGGUCGCCUCUGCCAGUUGCACAGUGCCACUUACAUAAACUGUGAGUUGGAUAUAGAUAUAUACUACUUGUUUAUUGUUUUUCACAUGUCUCUUUUUAUUAAAAAAUGUCAGGCACCUAACAGAACAUCAUUGAAUAUAGCAUCAUUUGUAUAUAUAAGAUAAAUGUAGGUAUUGGAGUACAAUGUUCAUUAUAUCUUAUACAUUGACAGUAAAAACAUAGUGAUCAGUACAUUAAGUCAUGACUUGGGUAGUUUUAUCACAAAAUACAAUAGAGUCAUUUACGAAUUGGUGCAAAUCCUACACUUAUGAUUGCUAAAAUCAAUUCCAAGAUGUCUUGCCUGAAGAAAAACAAUGGUAAAUGCAUAUAUAACUGAGAUUAUGUGAAGAGAAGGAUAUCAGUAGGCACAGAAAAUAAUAAAAGGCAAAUACAUACAAUAUAGAGGGUGGAUCACACUUGAAUAAUGUCUGUAAGAGAUAUAAAUAAAACACGUAAUAGUGUAGUAAAUUCUGGAUAAUGGAAUAUGAAGAAAAUGAGUUCUGGUACUCACAAGCCUGGAGCCAAAUCUCAUAUGGCUCCCAUGGAUAUCGCCUUGGGACUAUUUAAGAGGAUGUCCCCUUCCUUCUUCCACAUAGGCUGUUAGCUGAUCCAAUUAAAAUGAGAUCCAGGGUCCAAUGUGUAUCUUGAAAAAUACUAUUUAUUAUAUAAAAACAGUAAUAAAACUUCAUUAAAAGGAAAAGAAAUAAUAAAAUAAAUAGCUAUAUUGCUGAGUAAAUAAGUCCUGCCAAUUGGCUGUAAUAGUCCAAAAAAUGACCGAAACGCGUUUCGCCCCUCCGGGGGCUUUCUCAAUCGGUAUAAUUUCUUCCAGUUUGGCGUGCUUUUAUCCCCCAGUCCGUGUAUGACUUCCGGGUUCCGGCCGAUGUCUAUUUGGAACGCAUCUUGCGUUCCAAAUGUGGCCGUUUUUCCAUUUCCGGGUGCGCCGUUCUACUUCCGGGUUCCGGCGGCGAUGCAUCUGGAACGCAUCAUGUGUUCCAGACCUCUUCUUCAUUCUGUUCUGUAUCUCUGAACCUAAACUCGUAUUAGUGGAAUUCGCAGUGUAUUCACUGUGAAUUCCAAAAUGCAAUAUUUAAACAGUGAAUCAUCUUACUAUAUACAUUCUUGAGAAAUAUUGGAUACUAAUCUUAAAUGUAAUAUUCCAUAGAAGAUAGUAUAAAUAAAGAAAAUAUAGUAUCUAGUUAAUGUAAUUCUAUGUUAAUAACAUGCAACACUAAUGACCAUGCUGUGAUAUUCAUGCUCUCACGUGAGGUGGUGAUUUCUGUAAUUUAGAAAUAAUUCAUUUUUCAAUUGGUGUUUAAAUGGUCUUACCCUUCUAUAUUGAGAGAUCUUUAAACUGAAAAACUUUUUUUUUUUUUUUUCCUUUUUAAUAUAUAUCCAAUUUUGAUUUCCAUCUUGUCAAUUUUUAAAAUCACCGUACUGACGUUCAAAGUGACAGUUCUCCAAACUUAUGUUGUGCAGCAGAAAAUCUCUAUGUGAUCUUCAAAUUAGAAAUAAAUGAAAAACUAAAAACUAUGCUGUUGCCCUAAAAAAAGGAAGAUAUUCUAUAUUAGCGAUCUUUAAAAGAAGUGACACAUCUCAAAGUCUGCGUUUAACCCAUGUGGUAUAAGGGUAUUGAAAUUAUAUAUAAAUCUCAUUUCUUCUAUUCCGAUUUUUUUAUUAAAAUCACCUCCCCUCCAGUCUUUUUUUACCAGUUUUAAAGGACAGAAAAAAAGACUUUCAGGAUCCUGAUUAUGAUGAGUUUUAAAAUGGUUGGAUACACUAUGUGUCUCUAGUCCUUUCUUAAUAUUGCGUAUGUGUUCUGAAAUUCUCACAUGUACACAUCUUAUAGUUCUUCCUAUGUAAAGUAAAUCACAGGGGCAUUUUAACAUGUAAAUUACUCCUUUCGAAAAACACGUCAAUUGGUCCCUAAUAGUAAAAUCUUUAUUCGUAUAUUCAUUAAUGUUGGUUAUGCAUCUUUUUUUACUUUUAGUGGUUCUACAGGCUAAACAGGUCCCACACCCAUAAAAACCUUUAUUUUGAUUUAAAAAAUGGACAUUAGAUUUAGGUCCUUCACUACUUUGUACUAAAGUUCUUUUAAGAUUAGCUGCUCCUCUAUAUAUUAUAUGGGGUUGAUUUGGUAAAAUGCCUUUUAAAACCGUGUCUUCUUGUAAAAUAUGCCAGUAUUUCUUUAUAACUUUAUUAAUUUUUUUAUGGUUACCAUUAAAAUUGCAUACGAAGGGAAUUGUUUUUGAGUAUUUUUGUUGAUCAGUUUUUGGUUUAUACAUUAAUAAUUCUGUUCUUGGAAUUUGUUUUACCUCCUCCAUAACUUUCUCUAAUUCUUUUUCCUCAUAUCCUUUCUCUUCAAACUGUUUUUUUAUUUUUCCUGCCUGUAUUCUGUAGUCAUCAUCAUUUGUACAGUUGCGCCUGAUUCUUAGGAAUUGUCCUUUUGGCGCAUUCUUCAGCCACGGUUUGUGAUGGCAACUUGAUUUCUCGAUAUACCCGUUUGCGUCCACUUCCUUAAAAUAGUUCUUUGUUAAAAUUUGUCCAUUCCGUAUAAAAAUUGACAAAUCUAAAAAUUGAAUAUCUGUGGGGCUUUGCACAGUUGUCAAAAUGAUUCCCCAAUCAUUCUCAUUCAAAAAAAAUUUAACAUUUUCCAAUAGGUCUAUGGACCCCUCCCAGAUUAAAAAAAUGUCAUCGAUAUAUCGUCAGUAGGACACCAAAUUCGACACCCAAGGAUGUGAGGAAAAGAUGAAGUGUUCCUCCCAAUACGCCAUAAACAAAUUUGCGUAGCUGGGUGCAAAUUUGGUGCCCAUUGCUGUACCUCUGAUUUGUAGAUAAAAGGAAUCGUGGUGCCAGAAAUAAUUAUUAUGCAGAAUAAGUUGGAUUCCCUCUAAAAUGAAAUUGAUUUGUUCUGUUUUAAAAUUAGCUUUCAUGAGGAAAUAUUCCACUGCCUUUAUCCCCAUGUCAUGUGGAAUAAUGGUAUAAAGGGAUGUAACAUCACUUGUUACUAAGUGGUAGCUUUCCUUCCAUUGCAUCGAAUCUAAAACUUGCAGAAUAUGAAUUGUAUCUUUAAGAUGUGCUCUUGUUUUGCAAACUAUCGGUUGUAACAGUAUAUCUAUAUACUCAGAAAUUCUCGAGGAUAUAGAAUCGAUGCCCGAAAUAAUCGGGCGUCCUGGAGGGUUGUAUAGAAUCGAUGCCCGAAAUAAUCGGGCGUCCUGGAGGUUUGUAGCGCAGCUACCACACUUUAUUUGAUUAUUCUUGCUGUGUAUAUUUGUAUUUUGUAUUUUACAGAAAAUAAUAAAGAAGGGAGAGAGAGUUGUGUCCCAUUUAAGAGUCACAGUGUGGCAGACAGUGUCAAGUUGUCUAGCGUUCUGCAAUGCCCUUAUCCCAGUACCUUUGGUAACAAUCCAGAGUAUACUACUUUGCAAUUUAAGACUAAAAGUGAACUAAAAGUGGUCAUUUCGUGACCUUUUUGUAAAGAUUUAGGAGGUAAGAGCUUGUGGUCAUUGUGUGAUUAGAGGUUAGUACACCCUUGCCAACAUUUCCAUAUUUUAGUAUGGACUUCCUAUCUGCCUCUUAGUAUGUAGGACAUUUUUUUCAUAUUUGUAGACUGAGUUAACCCUGAUCCAGACCUCCUGUAAAAAAAAGUGGGGCAUUCUCCUCUCCACUGUCUUGCAAUACUGAUUUUUGCUGGUUAAGGUCUCUAUUGCUAUGUUAUGUGUGACAGGAAGCAUUCCGGUCUAAAGGGGACCCAAAAUUUUGCUAUCUUAUGUAUUACUUCAUUGAUCUGGUGCCAGAAGUUUAUCAGUCUGGGGCUCUAGACAUAGUAUGAAGAACAGUACUGUGUAUCGGUAUAACUCGAGAAAAACAAAACUUUGUAAGGCAAUAUGGUAUGGGUGGGCAACAUGGUAACUGAGAAAUUAGUGCAUAUGGGAUAAAGUAUGUGAAAAGAUUAUAGAAUAUGUGGAAUACAAUUUUUUUGUAACUUCAUUAUGUGGUACAAUGGUUUUUAAAAAAUUUCUGUCUAACCCAAAAAUUUUUUUUAUCUCCAUUAAAUAAUCUUUAAUCUAUGCAUACUGAAAUGAAAACACAUUUAAACAUUACCUUCCAGAGCUCUCAAAUUACUCAGUGUAUGUGUGUGUGUGUGUGUGUGUGUUUGUCCGUGGUAGUAAAGAGGUUAACAUUGGCACAUAUAUGUUUUACAUUCUUGGAAAAAAAAAAUUCAAGGUAAUUGAUCAUAUAAAGUGUACACCUUAACCAGAUUGUGCAGUAUUUACAUAAUAUGAUAACAUUCUAUGGGGGCAGGUGUAACUCUGGGUAAAAAUAUAUAAAUACUCACUUAAUUUCACCCAAAACAUCCCACAGGCAUACCUCCAGGAUGAAACUUCUUCUGAUCUGCGUGCUCCUUGGAGCUGCUGGUAAGAAAUAUUAUUAUUAGUAGUAGUAGUUUCUGUCUCAAUUAAAAAUAUAUAUUUAAUUUCAUGGUAUUGUUACAUAUUUUUCAUCAAUUUCACCACCAUAAUAUUUUAGACUUAUAAAAUUAAAAACACACAUAUGGUGAAAUUGCUUUUAGUAUUUUUUUUCAACUUUACAAUGCAUUUGUUUUUGAGCUACCUAUGACAUCAUAACUUAUUUGUAGAAUUUAAAAAUAUACUUAUUUCUAAGGAAAUACAUAGAUAACAUCUCCACUAUGGCCAUGAGCACAGUUAUAUUUAAAAUGUAAUAUUAAGAAUCCCUAUAAAUAAUAUUAAUUAUACUACGAUUAUUUUAUUUAAAUUAAGUCUAAUGUUUCCAAUCUUCCAAUAUUGCAAUUUAUGUAAAAUAAAUACAUUUUUGAAAAAUAUAUUUUGAUUGCAUAUGUAGUUUACACCUUCAAUUUAACCAUAUAAAUAUUUUUCAUUGAGCCAUAUGAAUUUCAUAAUAAAAGAUAUAAUUUACAACAAGACGUGCAAUAAUGGUAGAUGACUAAAAUGUAAAAGCAAGCAAAUCAUGAGCAAAAUAUUUUUCUCCAAUCCCCACAGUUGCAUUUGAGGAUGAUGAUGAUAAGAUUGUAGGAGGCUACACCUGCACCAAGAACUCCGUCCCAUACAUCGUAUCCCUCAACUCUGGCUACCACUUCUGCGGAGGUACCCUGGUUACCAGCCUGUGGGUGGUGUCUGCUGCCCAUUGCUACAAGGCGUAAGUUUCACUUACCGUUGACAUAGAUAAAUUAAAUUUCAGACAAAAAUGACUGAACAUUUUUUUAGAAAUGCAUAACAAGUUCAUAUUUAGAAUGAAUGAUAUUCGACCAAUGUGUUGACUUUCUCUUAAAAAUGUCCUAUGUUUCCCUCAUGCAGGAGUGUUCAGGUCAGACUGGGAGAGCACAACAUCGAUGUAAGUGAGGGCACAGAGCAGUUCAUUAACUCUGCCAAGGUCAUCAGACAUCCCAGCUACAACUCCAGGACCACUGACAAUGACAUCAUGUUGAUCAAACUAGCUAGUGCCGCCACCCUCAACAGCUAUGUAAAGACUGUGUCUCUGCCCUCUGGCUGUGCUGCUGCCGGAACCAGCUGUCUGAUUUCUGGCUGGGGAAACACACUCAGCAGUGGAAGUAAGUUUAAAAAAAAAAAUAGAACACAGAGACAAACUCUAGUUUAGAGUAAAUGAAGGGCUUAUAACUAAACAUCUCUUAUUUUACAUUUACAUUGCAAAAACAUUAUUUGUUAAAGGCACACAUUAUUAAACAUUUUCUUUAAUUACACAAUAUAAUUAGUUAAUAUUCCACAUGCUGGAAGGAGUUAAUGGUCUUUCCAUUUUGUUACCUUCAGCAAAGGUUGAUAUAAGGUGAAAGUCAAAGAGUGAAUUAAUAAAUUGAUGGAGAUUCUGAGUAAGGAAGGAUCAUAUAAACAGUAUUUAUUAACAAAACAUUUUAGUCCAGUACCUAAUAGAGAUAAUAUACUGCAAUGAACUCAUACAGAGUGUGUACAUGUAACAAGAUUAUGAUUUUAUUUCAUUUUUGUUUAUUUCAGCCAACUAUCCAAGUCUCCUGCAGUGUUUGAACGCACCCAUCCUGACAAGUGCUCAGUGUAGCAGUGCCUACCCAGGACAGAUCACCACUAACAUGAUCUGUGUUGGCUACGUUGAAGGAGGCAAGGAUUCCUGCCAGGUAAUGUAUCUGAAAAUUGCUGUUUGAUUUAAUAUUUCCAGUGGGGAAGUGAGAUAUAUCUCAAAAUCCAUGGCUAUAUCUUUAACGUUUUUAAAAUUUUACAUUCUCUCUCUUUCCCUCAGGGUGACUCUGGUGGCCCCGUGGUCUGUAAUGGUCAGCUCCAAGGUGUUGUGUCCUGGGGAUAUGGCUGUGCUUUGAGGAACUACCCCGGAGUCUACGCCAGGGUCUGCAACUACAACUCCUGGAUCCAGAGCACCUUUGCUUCCAACUAAAACUGUUUAUUAAAUGUUUUGUGCAAGAUUUUAAUAAAUGUGUGAACUUUCUAACUACUUCAUGUUAUCAUCAUUUAUAUAUUCAAAAAAGUACUGAGUUAGUUAGAAUAUAUCGUCAUAAAAAUGUGUGAAUGUAUUCUCUGGAUAAAAAUAAAAGAUUGCCUCUUUAUAAAUCAAAGUUACAUAGUUGCAUAGGCUGUAAAGAGACAUGUGUCCAUCAAGUUCAGUCUUUCUCAUAUCUGUUUUUGCUGUUAAUCCAAAAAGAAAGCAAAAAAAAAAAAAACAGUUUGAAGUACUUCCAAACUUGCAACAAAGAAGAAAAUCCUUCUUGAUCCAAGAAGGUCAGUCAGAUUAAUCCCUGGAUCAAAAAGCUCUUACCAUACAAUUAAAAAAUGAUAUCCAUGAAUAUUAUGUUUUUGCAUGUAUGUAUCUAGUUGCUGUUUAAACAUAAAAAAACAAAAAACUUUCCUUUGCUUUGGACUAAAUCUCCUUUCUUCCAGUCUAAAAUCAUGACCUUGUGUCCACUGUGUAGACCUGUUUGUGAAUAGAUUUUUUUUUAGAUAAUACAUUUCCAGACAAUGGUUUGUAUUGGCCCUGGAUAUAUUGGUAUAAUCUUACUAUAUCCCCUUUGAGGGGCUGUUUUACUGAACUAAAGAUGUUUAAAUGUGUUAACCUUUCUUUAUAGCUAAAAUGUUCCAUUCCUAUUACUAAUUUUGUAGUUCACCUCUGCAGUUUUUCUAGUGCCAUAUUAUCCUCCUUUAGAACAGGUGCCCAAAAGUGCACAGCAUAUUCAAGAUGUGGUCUUACCAGUGAUUUAUAAAGAGGCAAAAUUAUAUUCUCAUCCAGAGAAUUAAUGCCACUUUUUAUACAUGCCAAUACCCUACUGGCCUUAGCUACUGCUGAUUGACAUUACACAUUGUUGCAUAGUUUGUUUUCUACAACAAUUCCCAAGUCCUUCUCAUGUAUUGUUAUCCCUAAUUCGUUUCUUUUAAAGGUAUAAAUUAAUUGUGCAUUCAUAACACCGAAGUGAAUAACUUUGCAUUUUUUCUACAUUAUAUUUCAAAUGUCAUUUGAGUACCCAGUCCCCCAGUUCAUCAAAAUCCUUUGGCAGCAAAGUAAUACCCUGCUCACAUUGUAUUACUUUACAGAGUUUUUUGUCAUCUGCAAACACUGAAACAUGACUUUCAAUGCUUAUUUCAAGAUCAUUUAUAAAUAUGUUAAAUAUAAGUGGACCCUGAACAGAACAUUGAGGACAACACCUGCCACUUUUGUCCAGUUUGAAAAUUUACCAUUAAUGACAACUCCUUCUACUCUAGUUAGAACUCUAACCUAUUGAGUGGAACACAUAUCAAACGUCUUGACAAAAUCCAAGUACAUCACAUCCACUGCAGCACCCUGAUCUAUACUUCUAAUUACUUCUUCAUAGAAUGCCAUUGAGUUGCUUUUACAUGACCAAUGUUUUUUUACAACCAUACUAAUUUUUGCUGAUAACCAUGUUCUUCACAUGAAUUCAUGAAUUUUAUCCCUUAAUAACCUUUCAGAUACUUCCCCAACCACAUAAAUUAAUCUCACAGGUCUAUAAUUUCCUGGCAAUAAUUUUUAACCAUUUUUGAAAAAAGGAACCACAUCUCCCUUCCUUCAAUCCUCCAGUACAAUUCUUGAAAGAAAAACAUCUUGAAAGAUUAAAAACAGAGGUUCUUUUAUUUCCACACUUAAUUCCUUAAGUACUUGUGGGUGAAUACCAUCAGGCCCUGGAGCUUUGUUUAUAUUAACUUUCUUUAGUUCCUGCAGUACAUUAUCUUGAGUCAUCCAAUCACACUUUUUCUGCACGUUUCUUCCAGCAAGUAUUUGCAUAUCAAUAGCCAUAGUUUCUUCCUUAAUAUAUAUUGAGGAGAAAUAGUUAUUUAAAACCUCUGACUUUUCCUCAUCUUUAUUAACUAUCACCCCCAUUAUGGUUUUCCCCAUCACAGUUUUCUGUGUAACUACACUUUCAUUUUAUUUUUAAAUUUUUUAUUUAUGUACUUAUAAAAUAUUUUGGAGUUGGUUUUGCUUUGUUUGGCUAUCUCUUCCUCAUUUUGUAGUUUAGCAAAUCUAAAGCAAAACUACAUGCAUUAUAGGCUUCCUUAUAGCUUUUAUACGAUGCCUCUGAUUUGUCCGAUUUGAAUGCUUUAAAUGUCCAAUUUCUUAAUUUACUUUCCCACUAAGCCACAUUGGUUUUAAUUUGUUUCUUUUAUGUUUAUUACCCAAUUGCACAUACUGAGAAAUGUACCUUUCUAACAUUUGUUUGAAGAUAUGCAAACAAAUCCUCAGUUUUUUUUUAUUUUUUACUAGAGUUUAUACCAGUCAAUACACUGUAAAGCUGCCCUUAUCUUAUUGAAAUUUACUUUUUUAAAAGUAUAUGUUUUAGUAUACCCAUGUGCAUUUGUUUUUGUUUUUAGUUUAUUUCAAAAGAUACUAUAUUGUGAUCACUGUUUCCCAAGUGCUCCCAUACAUGAAUGCUGGUCAAAAGAUCAACAUUGUUUGUUAUUACCAAAUCCAGACAAGCAUUCCUAGUUGGUGCUUGUACAAGUUGUGACAUUAAGGUGUCAUUAAACAAGUUCAAAAACCAAAUUACCUUUGCUGAACUACUAGUCCCUCUAUCCAAUUUUAUUUGGGGUAAUUAAAAUCUCCAAUAAUUAGUGUGUUACCCAGAUUUUAAGCUUUCCCAAUGCAGCUGUUCUUCCUCAUCAUUAUUAAGGUGUUUUAUAACAUAUCCCUACCAAUAAUUGAUUUCCCUUAUUUUGUCCCAAGCAGAUAUUUACCCAUAAAGCUUCAACAUUUUCCUUAUCACAUUCCACUUACUUGACAUUUGGCCAUAUUGGAGAGUUUGAAAUCUGAUUGAUUGUUUGAUUGAUUGAUUGAUUGAUUACUUCUGUGGACAGGUGUCUUUUAUACAGGUAAUGAGCUGAGAAUUGGACCACUCCCUUUAAUCAUUACCUGUAUAAAAGACACUCGGGAGCCAGAAAUCUUGCUGAUUGAUAGCGGAUCAAAUACACAUUUCACUCAUUGACAUGCAAAUCAAUUUAUAACUUUUUUGACACCAUUAAAAUUACAUACAGAUCAUUUAUUUGUCAGUGGGCAAAUGUUCAAAAUCAGCAGGGAAUCAAAUACUUUUUCCCUCACUGUAGAAGGCUCAUCAAUAACCUGCGAUCUUUGAGUUUGGAUUCCUAUAUUGUUGAAUAGGUUAGGCAGUAGCUAAUGGCAGGCAACAUAGGGUUGUAGUCAAUGGGGCAUAUUUGAAGCAAGGUCUUGUUAACAGUGGGAUACCUCAGGGAUCUGUACUUUGACAUUUUCUCUUCAAUAUUUUUAUUAGUGAUAUUUCAGAAGAUCUUGAUAGUAAGGUAUAACUUUUUGAUGAUGAUACACAGAUUUGCAACAGGGUUGUUGUUCCAGGAGGGAUAAGUCAAAUGGUCAUUUUUAUUAGGUAAACUUGAAAAAUGGUCAGAGCUCUGGAAACUGACAUUUAAUAUGGAUAACUGCAAGACAAUGCAUCUUGAGUGUAAGUAUAGAAUAUUUGAUAUAGUCCUAACCUCAACAUCUGAGAUAAAGGAUUUAGGGGUAAUUAUUUAAGAUGACUUUGAUUGAGAAAGAACCUUUGUCAUUGAACCUAAUGUAAGACUGAUUAGGUUAUUGCUGUGGCUAGUCUCUACCAGUUGCACAGUGCCACUUACAUAAACUGUAAGUUGGAUAUAGAUAUAUACUACUUGUUUAUUUUUUUUUCACAUGUCUCUUUUUAUUAAAAAAAUUCAGACAGUAAACUGAACAUCUUUAAAUAUAGCAUCAUUAGUAUACAUAAUAGAAAUGUUGGUAUUGGAGUACAAUGUUCAUUAUAUCUUAUACACUUACAGUAAAAACAGUGAUCAGUACAUUAAAUCAUGAUGGGUAGUUUAAGCACAAAAUACAAUAGUUAUGUAUGAAUCGUUACAAAUCCUGCACCUUGUGAUUGCUAACAUCAAAUCCAAGAUGUCUUGCCCGAAGAAAAACCAAUGGUAAAUGCAUAUAUAACUGGGAUUAUGUGAGGAGAAGGUUAUCAGUAGGCACAGAAAAGAAGAAAGAAGGAGAGAGAGAGUUGAGUCCCAUUUAAGAGUUCCAGUGUGGCAGACAGUUUCAAGUUGUCCUGUGAUGCCCUUAACUCAACACCUUUGGUAACAAUCAGGAGUAUACUACUUUGCAGUUUAACACUGUAGUGAACUAAAAGUGGCCAUUUUGUGACCUCUUUGUAAAGAUUUAGGAGGUAAGAGCUUGUGGUCAGUGUGUGAUUAGAGGUUAGUACACCCUUGCCAACAUUUCCAUAGUUUAGCGUGGUCUUCCUCUCUGCCUAUUAGUAUGUAGGACUUUUUCUCAUAUUGGUAGACUGAGUCAUCCCUGAUCCAGACCUCCUGUAAAAAAGUGGGACAUUCUCCUCUCCACUCUCUUGAAAUACAGAUUUUUGCUGCUAGAAGCAGAUGAAUGAUUCCAAUUUUAUUAGGAGUUGUUAAGAUUUCUGUUGCUAUGUGUAACAGGAAGCAUUCCGGUCUAAAGGAGACCCAAACUUUUGCUAUAUUUUGUAUUACAUCACUGAUCUGGUGCCUGACAUUUAUCAAUCUGGGGCUCUAGACACAGUAUGAAGAACAGUGAGGAUAAAGGACAACCCUGACGUAUGCUAUUGGUUAUUGCAAAUGUUUUCGAUAAAAUUCUGAACUAUAGACCUUAGUAGUGCACUGAAAUGAUUCUUAAAUAGAUAUCUGAUAACCCCAUUUUGAGCAUGAUGGUUUGCAUGUAAUUCCAGUUUAGUCGCUCAAAAGCUUUUUUGGUGUCUAACGUCAAAAUCACUUCAUGUUGUUUGCUAGAGUUUGCCCAAUUAAAUACAUUUAUGAAAUAUCUAGUGUUAUCACCUGCCUGUCUACCUAGGGCAAAUCUUACCUGCUCUGCAGAUAUCAGUUGUGGCAGUACUUUUAAUCUUCUUGCCAAAGGUCUGACAUAUAAUUUGAUAUCUGCAUUUAAAAGUGAGAUAGAACUCAGACUGGCACAAUCAGUGGGUUGUUUACCUAGUUUAGAUUAAUGUUAGCACAUGGGCUUCCAAAAUGUCCUAUGGUAGUGAGCUGGAUUGUUUUAUGUUUAUUUUUUUUAUUGAGACAUCUGCUAUAUUAGAUAGAGAUGCCUUGUGUACUACACACAAGUCUAUAUGUGAGUAUGUCAGGUGUACUGGGGAGUAAUAGGUAUAAUCAUUGUCAGCUGGGUAAAGACUGCGCCAAGAGAGAUCAUGGACAUGGAAUAAGUUGGUUAGUGCUUGGCUAUAUGCCAAUGAUGCAGGGGUGGUGUGUUUAUUGUUUUCCCACUUAAUGUCUAAUAUUGGGUACAAUAAAGGCCCCAGAUAUUGUAGUGUGGCCUCAACUUUAUUGAAGUGAUAUUUUUCAGUGCCUUUCUUAGGAGUGAUCAAGUGCAUACAGAGAGGAACUUGUGACUUUUUAACUAUUCAGUGUAACUGCCAGAAUCAGUACCCUGCCCAAUUCAUCUUUAUAUUGUUUGUGUAAUUGGAAGACCCAAACAGCGUGGAAGAAUAUAGAGACUAUUUUUGACUUGUGUGAAAAGCUUGUGGGUACUUUUUAGAUUGGAAAUGACAUUGUUUGUGGGCACAAAAAUUGGACUCUUUAAAGCAGAUAAUUACUGCUUUGGAUUUAUGCAUUUCCUGAGGCACCAUUUAUGUGGGCUGUUGAUGCCUUUUACAUUUAGAGAAAUGAUUUUUAACAAGGAGUCUGCCAUUUGGGAGAUCAAUCAAAUUUGUAUCGAAGGUUAUAAGCCAACAGCACAGCUUAAUCUUUUUAGGUCUAUAUUGUGUAUGGAGAGACUUAGCUAGGUAUAGUAACACAUAAAUUAGGAAUCGAAAAGAUCCACCAUGUUGAAGAACAAAAUGGAUACCUCAGCAUCAAUUUUUUAUCAACUCUACUGUCGUGUACAUCAUUGGAAAAAUACUGUGGACAUAUUGAAUUAAAGAAAGAGUAGGAUAGUAGAAGAAAAUAAAAAGGUACUCUCUAUCGUUAUAACUCGAGAAAAACAAAACUUUGUAAGGCAAUAUGGUAUGGAUUGGCAACAUGGCAACUGAGAAAUGAGUGCAUACGGGAUAAAGUAUGUGAAAGGAUUUUAGAAUAUGUGGGAUACAAUUUUCUUUUUAUUUACAUCAAUGCUUUCUUCAUUGUAACUUCAUUAUGGGGUACAAUGGAUUUUAAAAAAUUUCUGUCUAACCAAAAUUAUUAUUUUUUUUAUCUCCAUUAAAUAAUCUAUAACCUAUGCAUACUGAAAUGAAAAAAAACCAAACCUUUAAACAUUGCUUUCCAGAGCACCCAAAAUACUGAGAGUGUGUCUGUUUGUAUGUGGGUGGUGGGGGAGAGGGGAGAGGGUGAGGGUUGUGUGUGUGUGUGUGUUUGUCCGUGGUAGUAAAGAGGUUAACAUUUUUACAUAUAUGUUUUACAUUCUUGGAAAAAACUAAAUUCAAGGCGAUUGAUCAUAUAAAAAGUACACAUUAACCAGAUUGUGCAGUAUUUACAUAAUAUGAUAACAUUCUAUGGGGGCAGGAGUAACUCUGGGUAAAAAUAUAUAAAUACUGACUUAAUUUCACCCAAAACAUCCCACAGACAUACCACCAGGAUGAAACUUCUUCUGAUCUGCGUGCUCCUUGGAGCUGCUGGUAAGAAAUAUUAUUAUUAGCAGAAGUACUUUCUGUCUCAUUUAAAAAUAUAUAUUUAAUUUCAUGUUAGUAUUACAUAUUUUUUAUCCACCAUAAUAUUUUAGACUUAUAAAAUUAAAAACACACACAUGGUGAAAUAGUUUUUAGUAUUUGUUUUUUCAACUUUACAAUACAUUUGUUUUUUAGCUACCCAUGACAUCAUAACUUAUUUGUAGCAUUUAAAAAUACACUUAAUGUACUAUUAAAAAAAAAUAAAAAAAAAAUCAAAGGAAACAAAUUGAAAAAAUCUCCACUAUGGCCAUGAACACAGUUAUAUUUAAAAUGUAAUAUUAAGGAUCCCUUUGAAUAAUAUUAAUUAUACUAUGAUUAUUAUAUUUAAAUUAAGUCUAAUGUUUCCUAUCUUCCAAUGACUAAAAUGUAACAGCAAGCAAAUCAUGAGCAUAGCGGCAAAAAUAUUUUUCUCCAAUCCCCACAGUUGCAUUUGAGGAUGAUGAUGAUAAGAUUGUAGGAGGUUACACCUGCACCAAGAACUCCGUCCCAUACAUCGUAUCCCUCAACUCUGGCUACCAUUUCUGCGGAGGUACCCUGGUUACUAGCCUGUGGGUGGUGUCUGCUGCCCAUUGCUACAAGGCGUAAGUUUCACUUAACGUUGACAUAGAUGAAUGAAAUUACAGAAAAAAAUGAUUGAACAUUUUUGUAGAAAUGCAUCACAAGUUCAUAUUUAGAAUGAAUGAAAUUCAACCAAUGUGUUAACUUUCUCUUAAAAAUGUCCUAUGUUUCCCUCAUGCAGGAGUGUUCAGGUCAGACUGGGAGAGCACAACAUUGAUGUAAGUGAGGGCACUGAGCAGUUCAUUAACUCUGCCAAGGUCAUCAGACACCCCAGCUACAACUCCAGGACCACCGACAAUGACAUCAUGUUGAUCAAACUAGCUAGUGCCGCCACCCUCAACAGCUAUGUGAAGACUGUGUCUCUGCCCUCUGGCUGUGCUGCUGCCGGAACCAGCUGUCUAAUUUCUGGCUGGGGAAACACACUCAGCAGUGGAAGUAAGUUUCGAAAACAUAGCACACAGAGACAAACUCUAGUUUAGAGUAAAUGAAGGGCUUAUAACUAAACAUCUCUUAUUUUACAUUUACAUUGCAAAAACAUUGUUUGUUACAAGAGCAAUUUAAUAUUGUUAAAUGCACACAUUAUUAAACAUUUUCUUUAAUUACACAAUAUAACUAGUUAAUAUUCCACAUUCUGGAAGGAGUUAAUGGUCUUUUCAUUUUGUUGUCUUCAGCAAAAGUUGAUAUAAUGUGACAGGCAAAGAGUAAAUUAAUAAGUUGAUGGAGAUUCUGGGUAAGGAAUAAUCGCAUAUAGUAUUUAUUAACAAAACAUUUUUGUCCAGUACCUAAUAGAGAUAACAUACUGCAAUGAACUCAUAAAGAAUGUGUACAUGUAACAAGAUUAUGAUUUUAUUUCAUUUUAUUUUAUUUCAGCCAACUAUCCAAGUCUCCUGCAGUGUUUGAAUGCACCCAUCCUGACAAGUUCUCAGUGUAGCAGUGCCUACCCAGGACAGAUCACCACUAACAUGAUCUGUGUUGGCUACGUUGAAGGAGGCAAGGAUUCCUGCCAGGUAAUGUAUCUGAAAAUUGAUGUUUGAUUUAAUAUUUCCAGUGGGGAAGUGAAAUAUAUCUCAAAAUCCAUGGCUAUAUCUUUAACAUUUUUAAUAUUUUACAUUCUCUCUCCUUCCCUCAGGGUGACUCUGGUGGCCCCGUGGUCUGUAAUGGUCAGCUCCAAGGUGUUGUGUCCUGGGGAUAUGGCUGUGCUUUGAGGAACUACCCCGGAGUCUACGCCAGGGUCUGCAACUACAACUCCUGGAUCCAGAGCACCUUUGCUUCCAACUAAAACUGUUUACUAAAUGUUUUGUUCAAAAUUUUAAUAAAUGUGUGAACUUUCUAAAACCGUCUUGUCAUCAUCAUUUAUAUAUUCAAAAAAGUACUGAGUUAGUUAGAAUAUAUCGUCAUAAAAAUGUGUGAAUGUAUUCUCUGGAUAAAAAUAAAAGAUUGCCUCUUUAUAAAUGAAAGUUACAUAGUUGCAUAGGCUGUAAAGAGACCUGUGUCCAUCAAGUUCGGUCUUUCUCACAUCUGUUUUUGCUGUUAAUCCAAAAGAAAGCAAAAAAAAAAAAAACAGUUUGAAGUACUACCAAUUUUGCACUAAAGUAGGAAAAAAACCUUCUUGCUCCAAUAAGGUCAGUCCGAUUAAUCCCUGGAUCAAGAAGCUCUUACUAUACAAAUAAAAAAUGAUAUCCAUGAAUAUUAUGUUUUUGCAUGUAUGCAUCUAGUUGCUGUUUAAACAUAAAAAAAAACAUUUCCUUUGCUUUGGACUAAAUCUUCUUUCUUCCAGUCUAAAAUCAUGACCUUGUGUCCAUUGUGUAGACCUGUUUGUGAAUAGAUUUUUUUCAGAUAAUACAUUUCCAAACAAUGGUUUGUAUUGGCCCUGGAUAUAUUGGUAUAAUCUUAUUAUAUCCCCUCUGAGGGGCUGUUUCACUGAACUAAAGAUGUUUAAAUGUGUUAACCUUUCUUCAUAGCUAAAAUGUUCCAUUCCUAUUACUAAUUUUGUAGUUCACCUCUGCACUUUUUCUAGUGCCAUAUUAUCCUCCUUUAGAACAGGUACCCAAAAGUGCACAGCAUAUUCAAGAUGCUGUCUUACCAGUGAUUUAUAAAGAGGCAAAAUUACAUUCUCAUCCAGAGAAUUAAUGCCCCUUUUUAUACAUGCCAAUACUCUACUGGCCUUAGCCACUGAUGAUUGACAUUACACAUUGUUGUAUAGUUUGUUGUCUACAACAAUUCCCAAGUCCUUCUCGUGUAUUGUUAUCCCUAAUAUGUUUCUAUUAAGGUAUAAGUUGCUUGUGCAUUCAUAACAACGAAGUGCAUUGCUUUGCAUUUUUUUUUACAUUAUAUUUAAAAUGUCAUUUGAGUGCCCAGUACCCCAGUUCAUCAAAAUCCUUUGGCAGCAAAGUAAUACCCUGCUCACAUUGUAUUACUUUACAGAGUUUUUUGUCAUCUGCAAACACUGAAACACGACUUUCAAUGCUUAUUUCAAGAUCAUUUAUAAAUAUGUUAAAUAUAAGUGGACCCUGAACAGAACAUUGAGGACAACACCUGUCACUUUUGUCCAGUUUGAAAAUUUACCAUUAAUGACAAAUCCUCGUACUCUAGUUAGAACUCUAACCUAUUGAGUGGAACACAUAUCAAAUGUCUUGGCAAAAUUCAAGUAGAUCACAUCCACUGCAGCACCCUGAUCUAUACUUCUAAUUACUUCUUCAUAGAAUGCAAUUAAGUUACUUUUACAUUACCAAUGUUUUUUUGCAACCAUACUAAUUUUUGCUGAUAACCAUGUUCUUCACAUUAAUUCAUGAAUUUUAUCCCUUAAUAACCCUUCAGAUACUUCCCCAACCACAUACGUUAAGCUCACAUGUCUAUAAUUUCCUGGAAAUGAUUUUGAACCAUUUUUGAAAAUAGGAACCACAUCUCCCAUCCUCCAAUCCUCCAGUACAAUUCUUGAAAGAAAAACAUCUUGAAAGAUUAAAAACAGAGGUUCUUUUAUUUCCACACUUAAUUCCUUAAGUACUUGUGGGUGAAUACCAUCAGGCCCUGGAACUUUGUUUAUAUUAACUUUCUUUAGUUGCUGCAGCACAUUAUCUUGAGUCAUCCAAUCACACUUUUUCUGCAAGUUUCUUCCAGCAAUUAUUUGCAUAUCAAUAGCCAUAGUUUCUUCCUUAAUAUAUAUUGAGGAGAAAUAGUUAUUUAAAACUUCUACCUUUCCCUUGUCUUUAUUAACUAUCACCCCCAAUAUGGUUUUCCCCAUCAUGGUUUUCAGUGUAACUACACUUUCAUUUUAUUUUAAAAAUCUUUAAUUAUGUACUUAAAAAAUAUUUUUGAGUUGUUUUUUCUCCAUUUGGCUAUCUCUUCCUCAUUUUGUAGUUUAGCAAAUCUAAUGCCAAACAACGUGCAUUAUAGGCUUCCUUAUAUCUUUUAUAUGAUGCCUCUGAUUUGUCCGAUUUGAAUGCUUUAAAUGUCCAAUUUAUUGAUUUACUUUCCCACUAAGCCACAUUGGUUUUAAUUUGUUUCUUUUAUAUUUAUUACCCAAUUCCACAUACUGAGAAAUGUACUCAAACAAAUUCAAACAAAUCCACAGUUUUAUUCUUUUUUACUAAAGAGUUUAUACCAGUCAAUACACUGUAAAGCUGGUGAAAGCUUAUGGAAAUUUACUAUUUUAAAAGUAUAUGUUUUAGUAUACCCAUGUGCAUUUGUUUUUGUUUUUAGUUUAUUUCAAAAGAUGCUAUAUUGUGAUCACUGUUUCCCAUGUGUUCCCAUACAUGAAUGCUGGUCAAAAGAUCAACAUUGUUUAUUACCAAAUCCAAACAAGCAUUCUUCCUAGUUGGUGCUUGUACAAGUUGUGACAUUAAGGUGUCAUUAAACAAGUUAAAAUUACAUUUGCUGAACUACUAGUCCCUCUAUCCAGUUUUAUUUGGGAUAAUUAAAAUCUCCAAUAAUUUGUGUGUUACCCAGAUUUUGAGCUUUCCCAAUGCAGCUGUUCUUCCUCAUCAUUAUUAAGGUGUUUUAUAACAUAUCCCUACCAAUAAUUGAUUUCCCUUAUUUUGUCCCAAGCAGAUAUUUACCCAUAAAGCCUCAACAUUUUCCUUAUUACAUUCCACUUACUUGACAUUUGGCCAUAUUGGAGAGUUUGGAAUUUGAUUAAUUGAUUGAUUGCUUCUGUGGACAGGUGUCUUUUAUACAGAUAACGAGCUGAGAUUAGGAGCACUCCCUUUAAUCAUUAUCUGUAUAAAAGACACCCGGGAGCCAGAAAUCUUGCUGAUUGAUAGCGGAUCAAAUACCCAUUUCACUCAUUAACAUGCAAAUCAGUUUAUAACUUUUUUUACACCAUUAAAAUUAUAGACAGAUCAUUUAUUUGUCAGUGGGCAAAUGUUCAAAAUCAGCAGGGGAUCAAAUACUUUUUCCCCUCACUGUGGAAGGCUCAUCAGUAACCUGCGAUCUAUGAGUUUGGAUUCCAAUAUUGUUGAAGCAAGGUCUUGUUAACAGUGGGAUACCUCAGGGAUCUGUACUUGGACAUUUUCUCUUCAAUAUUUUUAUUAGUUAUAUUUCAGAAGAUCUUGAUAGUAAGGUAUAUCUUUUUGAUGAUGAUGAUACAAAAAUUUGCAAAAGGGUUGUUGUUCCAGGAGGGAUAAGUCAAAUGGUCAAUUUUUUAGGUAAACUAGAAAAAUGGUCAGAGCUCUGGUAACUGACCUUUAAUAUAGAUAACUGGUUUUAACCCCUUCAGCGCCAAGGUAGGGGGACCCUGAGGGUGGAAGGGGGGGUCCUAAGGAUGCUAUAGUGUCAGGAAAAUUAGUUUAUUUUCCUGACACUAUAGUGAUCCUUUAAAGAAAAGGAAUUGAACAAGAUGUUAAGAGUCCUCUAAUGCACAUAGUCUCAGUCUGGAGGGUGCACUAGUUAUCCAGCAAUUUCAAAUGCCUUGUGAAUUAUACCUCAGUCUAGUGAGGCUGAGAAUACAUCUGAGUUAUCUGAUAUCAUUUCAUAGAACACGCAUAUAUAGGUAAUUAAAAGUAUAGUGGGUAGAACAGAUUUAACUGGAAGACAAUAUCAGGUUAAAUUUGCAGUAAACAUGUCUUGAGUAACAAUAUUAGAUUGGGGGUCUCACAACAGUUCCAUUUGAUCUGGGUUUGCUACACAUCAGUAAUCAAAACCUACACUAAUACCCAGGAAAGUGCUACAGGGCUUUGAUCCACUGUUCACCGAGGCAUGUCAUUAACAAGUUGUAUGAUCUCAUCAGAUUCUCUCUGUUUUUUCUCUAAAAGAGGGAAGGUGCACAUUAUGUCGCAAUGGCUGUCAGUAAUUGUCAGGUAAUUGAAAUAGAUGUGUAAUCAAUAGCAAUGUCAUGAAAUCGGAGAGAGGCACCUCAAGUGAGUCAGACUUCUGAGAAUUCCAAGAGUGUGCCUGCCAGACAUCUCAUUAAAAACGGAGGUAUAUGCAGAGCAGUCCACACCAGUAGAGGAAUACAGGUAGUUGGGAGUUCACCCUCUGCGCACCCCAAUGAGAUGUUGUUUGGUUGUCCGAACUGUUGGGGUUGAUUACAUUGAGAUAAGUGUGAGAAUUCAGUAAAGAGCGUAUAUUCAGAUAUUGGGAAAAGUAAGCAAUGGGCCCUGGUAUUGCAUCAAGUGAUCCUUAUAUGCGCAAAGUUAACAGAUGUUUUGCAUCAGGGGUGUAUAGUGUAACAUUAUAAAAUGUUGCUUUAGGGUAUGUUUGUUCUUACGAGCCCGUCAAUGUUGUACAAAAAAAGGGAAGCCCCCAGCGAUAGAGGCAUCAACUACACAUAUCUAUAAGCUUCACACACAGACAUUGUACUUCACCCCGCCUAGCCCCUAAUAUACGACUACAGUUAGCCAGAGUAGGUGAGAUGGUGAGGAUAUUACCAUUAUUUGACAGAGACAGAUUGGACAGGAACAGAUGGAGCAAUCAUCAUAAACAAAGUUAAGAAAAAAAGGUUUUAUAAAGUUCAUCUUUCCUAACUGCUACUGCCAGUGCCUCUUACAAGCUUUGAUUCACUGGUUUAGAAUCAUUUUACUGAUUUGCAAUUGUUUUUAAUUCCUAGUAAGAGGUGGAUUAUUCGAUUUGCUGGGUGCCUCUGUGCCACUGCUUCUGCUUUGAAAAUUGCAAGGUUCUUCUUUCAGUGCAGUGUAUGUCAAUUUACUCCACAAGCAAACCCUGUCUGCACAGAGUGUGACAGAUCUUUUUUUUAAAUCUUUAUAAAAAUAAAUCAUUCUAAAAGAGGUGUCCGUGGUGUUGGUUGUAAUGUGUUCAAACACAUUUCAUUUUAGGUGAUUGGUUUCACCCUACCUGGCUGUGUCUUGCGAUGUGACUAUGCCUGUAACCAGGGUCAGAUUACCCAUUAGGCAGAGUAGCAGUGCUCAAAGUAUACUGUUGUGUUUCCAAUAGGCAGCACAGCACACCAGCAACAAGAAAAUAUUAAGUGUGUGCAAAACAUUGUAAAACAAGCAGCUCAAAAAAAAAAUUUUUUUUAAAGGUACCUUAUGUCCCUUCACCAAAAUAAUCAUAAAUAACAAUAUAUAUUACAAGUGCAAGGCUAAGUGCAAGGCUUAUAAUACAAAGCACAGCAAACCAAUCCAGGAUCUCCCUUCUCCGGUUCAUAGAGAUAUAGUUGACGGUGAGGUGGGUGUAGCCCCUUAAAUGUCCAAAGUUGUGGUAUAUGAAAUAAUAAUAAUGAUAGUGAGCAAAAUCUGAUAGUGUAGUAUGUAAUGAUCUCUGGAAAGAGGUGUACUCGCACUUAGUGCAGCUGUAAUGUAGAUCAUUCUAAUGCGUUUGAGCAGUAUAAUACCCACUGGUGGCUCUAGCUGCAUUUCUUGCUCCAAAAUUGGUUAUUCCAUGAAAUAUACAGGAGAAGAGAACAUAAAAGAAAAAAAACAAACAAAAAGUACUGAUAUAGUGUACAGUCAUGUAUACAGUUACAGUCACACAAACAUAGUUACAACCACCUAUACAGUUACAGUCACACACAUAUAGUUACAGACACACACACAGUUACAGACACACACACAGUUACAGUCACACACACACACAAUUACAGUGACACACAUAGCUACCGUCACACACAGAGUUAUAGACACACACAGUUGCAGUAACUCACACAGUAACCAAAUAUGUCUGCUGAGUCCUACCUUUAGGGCAUGAGUUGUGGGAAAGGAGCAGAGGCCAGAGAACAUUCCUUAGUGUUUCCAACAGUAGAUUCUGUGAAUGCAUGACUGAGCUGUGAAUUUUCACUUAUUUUUUUCAGAAAAAAGCAAGUGGACAUGGGCAAUUGAUGAGCAAGUCCCCUCUUUCACUCUAAGAAGAACAAAGCUUUCCCACAUAUUCAAUCUGUAACUUCAAUUAUUGUCCUCCAGUGUGGACAAAAACAGUGCCCUAUAAUCAACUUUCCCAACUUCAUCUAAGGAGCCAGCAGGCAUAGCCUCACCGCAAACUCCAAUAAGGCAGGGGCGGACCCACUACAAUGAAAAGGGGAUUUAAAAAAAGGCGAGCAGCAGAAGUAAUUUAAUUUUAAAACAGAGGAUUUUUGUAACAAAUGAAAGGAGAAAAAACACAUGUUUUCAAAUAAAUGACUCCAGCUGCCACUAGGAUACUGUUUUUAGUUUUCUCACUCACAUUAUAGAUUGUGGAAAAUUUUGCAGAAUAAAAGAUUGAAGAUAAAAUCAAUCAUCAUUAUAAAACUAAGGUUGCUCACUUAUUAUUUUUUCACAGAGAUAUAAUAAUAUAAUUAUGACAAGAUCAGAACUGGCAAAGCAAAAUGGUUGAUAUUGUGCAACCAUUAGGAUAGUUAAAGGAACACUAUAGUCACCUAAAUUACUUUAGCUAGAUAAAGCAGUGUUAGUGUAUAGAUCAUUCCCCUGCAAUUUCACUGCUCAAUUCACUGUCAUUUAGGAGUUAAAUCACGUUGUUUCUGUUUAUGCAGCCCUAGCCACACCUCCCCUGGCUAUGAUUGACAGAGCCUGCAUGAAAAAAAAACUGGUUUCACUUUCAAACAGAUGUAAUUUACCUUAAAUAAUUGUAUCUCAAUCUCUAAAUUGAACUUUAAUCAAAUACAGGAGGCUCUUUCAGGGUCUAGCAAGCUAUUAACAUAGCAGUGGAUAAGAAAAUCUUAAUUAAACAGAAUGUGCAAUAAAGAAAGCCUAAAUAGGGCUCUCUUUACAGGAAGUGUUUAUGGAAGACUGUGCAAGUCACAUGCAGGGAGGUGUGACUAGGGCUCAUAAACAAAGGGAUGUAACUCCUAAAUGGCAGAGGAUUGAGCAGUGAGGCUGCAGGGGCAUGUUCUAUACACCAAAACUGCUUCAUUAGGCUAAAGUAAUUCAGGUGACUAUAGUGUCCCUUUAAUAUUCUAGACAUGUUUGCACUACAGCAGACUAAUUAAUAAAUAAAUUUUACCUGCUUUUUUGCCUUCUCUGAAUGUUUCUCCAAAUCUUUUUCAUUUACAAUAUUUUCACUUCUCCUUCUUUUUUUAUUCUGUUGGUUACAUCUUGUCACAUGAUCUUGUCACAUGAUCUGUGAAGGAAAUACCUCGUUAAUUUGAUUCGUCCAAUUAGUUUUUUCUCUGAAUGAAUUAAAUUCCUCCAAACUGAAACAUUGCAUUACCAAAAGCCAACAGGGCAUAAGUAAAAGGUUUUUGGGGAUAAAGUAAUUCAGACAGAUCAAACUCUUUUUGCCAUACACAAGACUGUCAAACAGCAUUGAAAGGCUGCAUGGGGUAAGUAUACCAGUAUAUACAGUUGCAAGAAAAAGUAUGUGAACCAUUUGGUCAUAAAAUGUGAUCUGAUCAUCAUCUAAGUCACAACAAUAUACAAUCACAGUCUGCUUAAACUAAAAACACACAAAGAAUGAAAUGUUGCCAUGUUUUUAUUGAACACACCAUGUAAACAUUCACAGUGCAGGUGGAAAAAGUAUGUGAACCCUUGGAUUUAAUAACUGGUUGAACCUCCUUUGGCAGCCAUUACUUCAACCAAACAUUUCCUGUAGUUGCAGAUCAGACGUGCACAACGGUCAGGAGUAAUUCUUGACCAUUCCUCUUUACAGAACUGUUUCAGUUCAGCAAUAUUCUUGGGAUGUCGGGUGUGAAUCGCUUUCUUGAGAUCAUGCCACAGCAUCUCAAUCAGGUUGAGGUCAGGACUCUGAAGGCGUAUUUUCUUCUGUUUAAGCCAUUCUGUUGUUGAUUUACUUCUAUGCUUUGGGUCAUUGUCCUGUUGCAACACCCAUCUUCUGAUGAUCUUCAGCUGGUAGACAGAUGGCCUUAAGUUCUCCUGCAAAAUGUCUUGAUAAACUUGGGAAUUCAUUUUUCCUUCGAUGAUAGCAAUCCGUCCAGGCCCUGAUGCAGCAAAGCAGCCCCAAACCAUGAUGCCCCCACCACCAUACUUCACAGUUGGGAUGAGGUUUUGAUGUUGGUGUGCUGUGCCUUUUUUUCGCCACACAUAGUGUUGUGUGUUUCUUGCAAACAACUCAACUUUGGUUUCAUCUGUCCACAGAAUAUUUUGCCAGUACUGCUGUGGAACAUCCAGGUGCUCUUGUGCAAACUGUAAACAUGCAGCAAUGUUUUGUUUGGACAGCAGUGGCUUCCUCUGCGGUAUCCACCCAUGAAAUCCAUUCUUGUUUAGUGUUUUACGUAUUUGUAGAUUCUCUAACAGGGAUGUUAGCAUUUGCCAGUGACUUUUGUAAGUCUUUAGCUGACACUCUUGGAUUCUUCUUCACCUCAUUGAGCAGUCUGCGCUGUGCUCUUGCAGUCAUCUUUACAGUAUGGCCACUCCUAGGUAGAGUAGCAGCAGUGCUGAACUUUCUCCAUUUAUAGACAAUUUGUCUUACCGUGGACUGAUGAACAGCAAUGCUUUUGGAGAUACUUUUAUAACCCUUUCCAGCUUUAUGCAAGUCAACAAUUCUUAAUCGUAGGUCUUCUGAGAGCUCUUAUGUGCGAGGCAUCAUUCACAUCAGGCAAUGCUUCUUGUGAAAACCAAACCCAGAACUGGUGUAUGUUUUUUUAUAGGGCAGGACAGCUGUAACCAACACCUCCAAUCACAUCUCAUUUAUUGGACUCUAGUUGGCUGACAUCUCACUCCAAUUAGCUCUUGGAGAUGUCAUUAGUCUAUGGGGUUCACAUACUUUUUCCACUUGCACUGUGAAUGUUUACAUGGUGUGUGUUAAGACACCCCCAGUGUCUUUAAGCAAAACCGCCGUUUAGUCGACCUUCCCCGUCUGUAAUACCAAUAAUCUCCGUUCGCAUAACCUGUAGUGCACGAACCAAAUGCAGGGGAAGCGGCAAUCUCCCGACCAGGAUUCGUGAACGGCUCCAAACUCCCGAACGGCAAUCCACGAACUGCUGCUAGCCGCCGAACAAUAACAUCCACCAAGCGUCUUUCGUUUCCAUCCAGCAGUCUCUAAACAUGAAGAAGAAAUCCCCCCAAUAACGAGACAGAAGCUCCGCAUUGAGGGUCAAACAGGAUCUGGCUUUACUGUGGGCUACCUGCCCGUAUUUAUGCAGGUCUCCCACUUGGUUGACACUCCCCUAGGGCACCAAAUGGGAGACUUAAAUGACAGACAGAUAUGGGGACAUUCCAGACACACAGUCACAGUUUUUACUCACAAAGCAUGAUUCCCUCCCCUCUGCCCUGGAGAUAAUUACCAAGUAACUCAAUUAUCUCCAGGACAAAGCCAGUCGCCAUUUUAAAUAUAAAAUCAAUAAAGACAUAAAAAUACAUAACUUUACAAAAACUGAACAUUUCCCAUUCGCAUCACAUAUCCCCAGAUAGCCUAGAUCUGAGUGCCCAUUCGCAUCACAUAUCCCCAGAUAGCCUGGAUCUGAGUGCAUAUUAUUAGCGAAUAGCGCUCAGAGUACACACACAUAGUUCAAUCACCAUGCAGUCAAAGUUCUUACAGUCUUUCGGUAUACGAAUGACUCCAUGGGAAGGCUAUCUGGGUUAAGUCCUUUCGUAUGCUUCCAAAACUCCCGAACGGCCGGUAUUCGUAUGUUUUUGUGGAGGCAGCCAGGCGUUCCGUUGUUUCAGCGGUGUUCGGCAGAAAAAGUGUCCGUUUUUAGUUCUAUGAAAAUAGAGCCGAACACCGCUGGGCUUUCGCAUGGUUUUAAAAUGGCCGCUGCCUCGUGGUCGACAUACGAACGACGACCACCCUGAAUUUGUUUAAUUAAGAAGUGUCUGCGGUUAACCACAACGUUCUAAUUGGGAUCAAUAGGUUAACCAGCAGCACACUUCUCUCCUGGGUGGCCGUCCGUUCGGCAGGUUUGUUCGGGAAAAAACAGUCAUUCUUAUGGCUGGGCUAUAGAAAACAGCCAUUUACACGAACAGGAUAGAAAAAGACGAAUACACCUGAAAUAAACAGACAGAUGGUUCUGUCACAGUGUGUUCAAUAAAAACAUGGCAACAUUUCAUUCUUUGUGUGUUAUUAGUUUAAGCAGACUGUGAUUGUCUGUUGUUGUGACUUAGAUGAUGAUCAGAUCACAUUUUAUGACCAAUUUGUGCAGAAAUCCAUAUGAUUCCAAAGGGUUCACAUACUUUUUCUUGCAACUGCAUAUUUAUGCAUUAUAUGAAUUAAAAUUCCAAAAACCAGCAAAGAAGGAAAAGGCAACAUAAAUGUAAUUUCACUUAAAAAGGUUUCAUUACAUUUCAAAUAUUAUGUUUUUUUGUUUUGUUUUUUUACAAAGGAGAGCUCUGAGGUUUCCAAAGAAGAAAACUACAACAAAUAAAUAAGUGAAGAAAAAUGUAUUAGUUGCUUAACUCACCAAUGCUGCCGAAACCUGGCUAUCUAGUCUGUUAAAUAGAACUGGCUUAACAGGUUUGAAAGUACAGCCAAUGUAGUCCUUAUAUUGCACCUUCCAUGCAAAAGUCCAAUCUUUGAUUGACACUAGAUCUCCUGAAGUUGUAAUUUCUCCUUUCUCACACCUUCAAAUGACCAUGUAAUCUGGGAUAGAGGGUUUGAUGAAUAUGAGAUGACGUACACCAACAGAGGUAACCUACUCAUUUCAACCUCCUAUUUUUUCCAAACCCCACUGUAAAUAAGUGAUGGAUCUUUACUAUAGUGCAUUCACUAAAUACUUUGAGGUAUGUUCCUAAUUUAUCACUUUUUCUUGAGAUGAUCCAGUCAAGAGUAUACUGGAAAAGUUACCACUUGUAAUUAGAGAGCAAUAUUUACUAUAUUUGUAAUCAAGAUAAAUUACGUCAAUUCUCCUAACAUCAAAGGUUUAUUAAAUUUUUUUGUAUUGAGGAAAAUGUGGGCAAUAUCUUGUGUUGGGGGAAGAGGUGUGCUGUAUGUGAAAUGAACUGUGAGUACUAGGAUUCCAGUUAUGUUGGGAGGAAAUCAAAGCAAUCAAAGGAGCAAAAGGUGUUUUAACAGAAUUAAAAAUAGCGCUGGAGAGUCAGAAUUCUUCCAGGUACUGUUUCCUAUUGGUUGAUUUACUGCAGUCACACAAAAUGGUUCAGAUGAACUGGGAUUGUAAACACCCAUUAAAAAUAGCCCAUGUGGAUCACGUAAUCUCCACAUAUUAUUUCCCCACUCACCAUGCUGUGGAUGGGGACAUGUGUAGUAAACAAUUUGAGCAUAUGACAGAAAGACCAACAGAAAGAUAUAUAAUUACCCUGAUCAUAAUGCAUUUUUCUAAGAGAUUGUUUAUCUAAUCUGGGCUUCAAGGAUGGACUCCUUCAAGGCUUGCAGCAGUUGACAAUUCCCCCACAUUUAGCUUAUCACACAUUGCAGUCACACAUGCUUAUUCUCUCAUGCAGUCACCCAAGCCACCAGCUAUUCAGAAAAGUAGAGUACAGGUUAUAAGACAGCAGUCAGUGAACAAGAUAGCUGACAUCAGCAGAUCAAUAGAGUGUUCCAUGUGAAUAACUGUAAUUAAAAACUAAUGAAGUACAGGGGAGGGGACUGGCACAGUAUGCCCAUGGGCAUUGGAAGGGGACAUAACACUGAAUAAUAGAGGGUUGGAUGUUCUCCCCAGCCCUCAACCAUGGGCAGCAGGUGGGGGGCAAUUAAAAUAUUAAACAGGGAGAGUCAUGGUGAGCUCCCCAGCCCACAACCAUGGGUGGCGUGGAUAAGUCAAAUGUUGAUGUAGAAAAACAAAAUUUUAAUCCAGAAAUAUAAUGUAUGUUUUGAGAAAUAAAUAUGUUCUAUUUUCUAUUAAUCAUACAUGAAACCUGCAAACAAAUGUGAAAAUAUAUGUAUAGAAGGUAAUGUAGAAAUAAAAUUUAGACAUGAUACCACUCAUGGGACUAAUGGUAUAAAAUUAGGUCAUUGCAGUGUUACGAUAUCACCAUCCGUCUUCAUCUUACAUAUAGAGAGAAAUAUUCUCCAUGUAGAGAUUAAAAAUAGUGAAAAGUUGGCCCAGUAGGCAAGUAGUGUGCCUAGCUUUGCAGAUACUCCAGACAUCACCUCUUCAAAGAGGAGUACAGCUGUUCUUACCUAUCUGAAAUAUUAAACUUAUUUACCGUAUCUGAAAUAUUUAACAGCAAUUAAUCCUCAGCAACCUCCAUCCUGGUAACAUCAUGGUACAAAAACUUAUAUGUUUUCCUUUUCAUUUUAUUUUAUUAAACAGUAUUAAAUAGACAAAAAACACAAUAAAUAAACCAGAAUAAAUAUAUUGACUUUCUGUUGUGCUCAAAAGGUUGCAUACUAGAUAGGUGCAAUUUGUUUUGGUCCAAAUUUAAAUUCGGAAGAAUUUCGGCAAUUCAGACAUUCGGAUGCUUCCGAAUCGCUGAAGUGCCAAAUUGCUGAAUUUCUGAAGUGCCGAAGUGCCGAAUUUAAGAAGUACUGAAUUACUGAAUUGCCGAAGUGCCGAAUUUCUAAGGUGCCAAACCAAACCGAAUUGCCGAAUUUCAGAAGUGCCGAAAAGUGGGAAAAACAGGAGAGGGAGGGAAAAUUAAGGGAAUGAUGACAGGUUUAGGGGUAGAGGUAGGGUUAUGGUUAGGGGUAGAGGUAGGGUUGGAGGUAGGGUUAGGGGUAGGGCUACGGGUAGAGGUAGGGUAAGGGGUAGGGUUAGGGGUAGAGGUAGGGUUAGGGUAAGGGUUAGAGGUAGGGUUAGGGGUACGGUUGUGGUAGAGGUAGGGGCAGGCUUACGGUUAGGGUUAGGGGUAGGGUUAUGGGUAGGGUUAGAGUUAGGGUAAGGGUUAGGGGUAGGGUUAAGUGGAGGGGUAGGGUUAGGGGUAGAGUUAGGCGUAGGGUUAGGAGUAGCUUUGGGGUAAGGUUAGGGUUAGGGUUAAGGGUAGGGUUAGUGUUAGGGAAUUGCCGAAUUCUUGAAUUCUCGAAGUGCCGAAGUCCCGAAGUCCCAAAUUGCCGAAGUCCCGAAUUGCUGAAGUGCUGAACCGAACUGAAUUGCCAAAGUGCCAAAUUGACGAAGUCAUGAAUUUCGGGAAGUCCCAAACGAUGUGCCGAAUUGCCGAAGUCCCGUAUUUCGGAAGUGGCAAACCACAUUUUUUGAACCAAUAACGCUUGCAAAAAGGCAAUUAAAGUGGCUAAACUAGAAAAUGAGACAUUGAUAGCUAAAGACUGCAAAACCAACCCCAACAAUUUUUUUCAAGUACAUCAAUUCUAAAAAAACUAAAAAUUAAAGGGUAGGUACACUGGAAACAGAGUUCGGUUUAUUAGCUAAUGAAGACCAGGAAAAAGCAGAACUUUUAAAUAACUAUUUUUCUUCAGUAUAUAUUAAUGAGGAUCCUAUGGCAAGAGAUAUGCAAAUGAUUGCUGCAAAAAACUUGCAAAUAACUUGUGAUUGGAUAACUCGAGACAAGGUGCUACAGCUAUUAAAGAAAAUUAAUGUAAAUAAAGCUCCGGGGCCUGACAGUAUUCACCCACGAGUACUUAAGGAGCUAAGUGGGGAAAUAAGUGAACCUCUGUAUUUAAUUUUUCAAGAUUCUUUUGUUUCAGGUGUUGUACCGGAGGAUUGGAGGAAGGCAGAUGUUGUUCCUAUAUUUAAAAAGGGUUCAAAAUCCUUGCCUGGAAAUUAUAGACCUGUGAGCUUAACUUCUGUAACUGGGGAAAUAUUUGAAGGGCUAUUAAAGGAUAAUAUUCAGGAAUUCAUAGGGAAGAACUUUGUUAUUAGCAAUAAUCAGCAUGCCUUUAUGAAACAUAGGUCAUGUCAAACUACCUAAUUGCAUUCUACGAAGACGUAAGUAAAAGUAUAGAUCAGGGUGUUGCAGUGGAUGUGAUCUACUUGGAUUUUGCCAAGGCAUUUGAUACGGUUCCUCACAAUAAGUUAGUCUUCAAAAUAAAAGAAAUUGGUCUAGAUGAAUAUUCUUGUUCUUGGGUAGAACAUCGGCUUAAGGAUAGAGUACAACAAGUUGUAAUUAAUGGUAAAUUUUCAGGCUGGACAAAAGUGGUAAGUGGUGUCCCUUGGGGUUCUGUUUUGGGACCACUUCUAUUUAACAUAUUUAUAAAUGAUCUUGAAAUAGGCAUUGAAAGCCAUGUAUCAGUGUUUGCAGAUGAAUAAAAACUUUGUAAAGUAAUAAAAUGUGAGCAGGAUAUUGCCUUGCUGUAGAGGGAUUUGGAUAGAUUGGGGGACUGAGCACUAAAAUGGCAGAUGAAAUUUAACGUAGAGAAAUGCAAAGUUAUGCACUUCGGGGUUGAGAAUGCACAAGCAACUUACACACUAAAUGGUAGUGAAUUAGGGAUAACCACACACGAGAAGGAUUUGGGAAUUGUUAUAGAUAACAAAUUAGGCAGCAAUAUGCAAUGUCAAUCUGCAGUUGCUAAGGCUAGUAAGGUUUUGUCAUGUAUAAAUAGGGGCAUAAAUUCUCAGGAUCAAAAUAUAAUUUUGCCUCUUUAUAAAUCGCUGGUAAGAACACACCUUGAAUAUGCUGUGGAUUUUGGGCGCCUGUUCUAAAGAAAGAUAUCAUGGCACUAGAAAAAGUCCAGAGACGAGCUACAAAAUUGAUAACAGGAAUGGAGCAUUUUAGUUAUGAAGAAAGGUUAAAAAAAUUAAAUCUGUUUAGUUUGGAAAAACGGCGCCUGAUAGGGGAUAUGAUAACGUUAUACAAAUAUAUUCAGGGCCAGUACAAACCUUUAUCUGGAAAUCUAUUCAUAAACAGGGCUAUACACAGGAUACAAGGUCACACAUUUAGGCUGGAAGAAAGAAGAAUUAGUUUAAGGCAAAGAAAAGGGUUUUUUUACAGUAAGAGCAAUAAGGAUAUGGAAUUCUCUGCCUGAAGAGGUGGUUUUGUCAGAGUCACUACAGAGGUUUAAACUGCAAUUGGAUAAAUACUUACAAAAACAUAACAUACAGGGAUAUAAUUUCUAAUUAGUGGGGUAAUAGCUGCUUGAUCCGAGGAGACAUAUGACUGCUAUUUUGGGGUCAAGAAGGAAUUUUUUCCUAGUUUGUGGCAAAAUUGGAAGCGCUUCAGACUAGGUGUUUUGCCUUCUUUUAGAUCAACAACAACAUAUGUGAGGAAAGCUGAACUUGAUGGACACAAGUCUCUUUUCAGCUAUGUAACUAUGUAAUUCAAACUCCCGUAAAAAACAUACGCAUGCUAAACUCACGAACCCCCCUUACCACAUUAAACUAUAAGUUCACGAAUUACAUACAUAGUUACUUAGUUACAUAGCUAAAAAGAGACUUGCAUCCAUCAAGUUUAGCCUUCCUCACAUUUGUUUUUUGCUGUUGAUCCAAAAGAAGGCAAAAAACCCAAUUUGAAGCUCAAUUUUGCAACAAGUUGGAAAAAAAAAUCCUUCUUGACCCCAGAAUGGCAGUCAGUUUUAUCUGUGGAUCAAGCAGUUUUACCCUGCAUUGAAAGAUUAUAUCCUUGAAUAUUCUGUUUUUGCAAGUAUGCAUCUAGUAGCUGUUUGAACAUCUGUAUGGACCACUUCUUCAGGUAGAGAAUUCCCCAUUCUGAUUGUUCUUACAGUAAAAAAACCUUUCCUUUGCCUUAGACAAAAUCUUCUUUCUUCCAGUCUAAACGCAUGACCUUGUGUCCUAUUUAAAGUCCGGUUUGUGAAUAGAUUUCCACACAAUGGUUUGUAUUGGCCACGAAUAUAUUUGUAUAAUGUUCUCAUAUCCCCUCUCAGGCAACGUUUUUCUACACUAAAUAGGUUUAUAUUUGUUAACCUUUCUUCAUAGCUGAUAUGCUCCAUUCCUUUUAUUAAUUUUGUAGCCAGCCUCUGCACUUUUCUAAUGCCAUACUAUCCUUCUUUAGAACAGGUGCCCAAAAUUGCACAGCAUAUUCAAUAUGUGGUCUUACCAGUGAUUUAUAAAUAGGCAAAAUGGUAUUCUCGUCCCGAGAAUGAAUGCCCUUUUUCAUGCAUGACAAUACCUUACUGGCCUUGGCCAUUGCUGAUUAACAUUGCACAUUGUUGCAUAGUUUGUUGUCUAUAACAAUUCCCAAGUCCUUUUUGUGUGUUGAUAUCUCUAAUUCGCUUCCAUUAAGGGUAUGUGUUGCUUGUGUAUUCUUUACGCCAAAGUGCAUAACUUUGCAUUUUUCAACAUUAAAUUUCAUCUGCCAUUUGAGUGCCCAGUCCCCCAGUCUAUCUAAAUCCCUCUGCAGAAAAGUAAUAUUUUGCUCACAUUAUAUUAUUUUACAGAGUUAUUUUACAGAAUUGAUCAAAAUCACCUACGCUAACUCACGAAUGCUAGUAUUUCAUGUACCAUUUGCACAUACUAUUGGAACCAUGAACUGUAUUAAAUGAACAAACCCUCAAUUUUCUUUUACUCUGUAAUAUAUUUCAUGAGAUUUACCAUUCAGGGAUUUUCUGUUUGAAACAUGAUUACUGAAGUAAAGCAAUACUUAAAAUUGGCAUUGUGUCUAGAAAUUGGAAAUCCGCCUUAUUGCGUUAUUUAAAAAUAAUUUUUAAAAAUAGCUUGUAUGUUAAUCAGAAAUGCAUACAAGUAAACGUAGAAAUACUUACAAGCCAGUUAUUUUGCAGGUAUUAUUAGGUUAGGUUAAGUGAUCACUUAGAAAAUAUACAAUAGAGGUGCAAAUAUAUAUAAUGAAAUAAUAAAAAUAAGAGCAGCUACUCGCAUCCACUAGCGACUAUGAAUGAGUGUAAGCUCAAAGGUUUAAACAAAGCGUGAGCGCUCUUUACUCAUGAAACAUUAUGAAGAUAUAAAUAAACCAAUAAAACAGUAUUUUAUUCCAAGAAAAUUAUAUAUAAAAAAUAAAAAAUAAUAACAAAUAUAAAUAACAGAUCAAAGAUGACCUAAACCUGCUGAGAUGAGUAUAAAACACAAUGUAUCCCUUAAAAAGAGUAAAUAUAAAUCUACAGAAUUGCAAGAUGCACAGCUGAGUCAGAAGGGUUAACUCAGACACUAGGUAAAAAAUAACAACAAAGUGUAGGAGUAUUAUCCCCACCAGACUUAGAAACAAAUAUAACAACUGUAACAAAUGAUACAAAACUAGGUAUGUGCUGUAAAAUACCUUUCCUCGGUGUGGGCCCCCCACCGAGGUACAUAAAAAAUAAAUAAAAAAUGAUGGUGCGAGCUGGAGGCGGUGAUGAUAUGCUUCAAGAGAUGUUAAAGUCCAGCGAAAGGCACACAGGAUUCCUCAAAAUGCUAUGAAGUAUAUCGCGGUCGGGAUCUUCAAAAAAGACCGCGAUAUAUACAGAAUUCACUCACUGCCGCCGCUCUCAAUAGCUUCGAUGCCAGGUAAGUUCAUCCGAUGGGGAAAAAAGCGCCAAAGAACAAAAACCGCUUCCUGCUCUCACUCCUCAAUCACAGCAGGUGUAAGUUCAUCCGAUACACCCGUCUACGCGUUUCGUCCCUCCCACGGGACUUUUUCAAGACAGGAACUGCAGUGUGAAAUAACCCAAUAUAUAUACCCCACCAUCAAAUAAAGCAGGAUUGGAUUCACUUGCAUAUACAUAGCAAGUCUUAACAAGGUAUAGAUGAGAUUAAAUAUAAAAGAAAUAAAUAUAAAAGCAUUCAAAAAUAAAACCUAAUAUUCAGGUCAGGCAACAGAUACAAAACACAAUAUGUGUAACAUAUAUACCCCACCCCUCCCUCCCCCCCAAAAAAACACAAAAAACACAAAAAUGCAACAUAUUAAAGAUUAUUUUUUAAAAUAAAGGGACAGCAAUUAACUGUAAUAUCUCAAAAUAAUUCUAGUUCCUCAUUUAAGCCAUUAGGUGACAUAGAGUUCAGCUUAAAGAUCCACACUGAUUCAGCCUUUAUUAAUUCACGUUUUCUCUUCGCUUCAUCCUGAUGGAAGGGGAUAUGUACUAUUCCCAUUAAUUUAAGACCAACAGGAUUAUUAUCAUGAAAGAUAGUAAAGUGGCGAGCCACCGGGGAUCUACUAUCAUUACGUAAUAUGGCUGUCCUAUGUUCACGAAAUCUACAUUUCAAGGGUCUGAUAGUUUGACCCACAUAUUGCCGUCCACAGGGACAGAUAAGGAGAUAUACCACAAAAGAAGUAUUACAAGUAAUUGAUGACUGCACAGAAAAGAUCUCAGUACUAUCAAACAAACUAAACGUGGAUUGUUGAUGACAAAUAAAUCCACAAGUUAAGCAUUUAGCAUGACCACAACGCUUAUUAGCUGCAACCUCUUGGCAGACUCUCUGGUGUCCUACAUUUUGACAGUGCAGUUUCGAAGGAGCUAGGAUGUUUUUCAAAUUAGGGGCCCUUCUAAAAGUAACUCUGGGAAACUUUGAAAUACAGAAAGACAACCAAGGGUCACUGGUCAAUAUUGGCCAAUAUUUGUCAAAAACUCCUAUAAUCUUAUCAAAACCUAUAUUGAAGGUAGUGGAAAAUAUGGGUGUUUUGCCUGUGCCAACCUCUUUGGUACUAAUAUUAAAUUUUGCUUUUUUCAAAGACUGGUCACAGGACCCACCCAAAAGUUCAAGGAUCUUAAAAUGUUCACUAGAGUGAUGUUCUUGUCCUCUAUAUAAAGAUGAUAAAGAGGAAUUCAUCGUAAGUAAAGUUUUGUUAUGGGCCUCUGACCGUGGUGUCAUCCCGAACCUGAGACCUUUCAAAUAAGCCUCCAGAAUAAUCCUCAGAGGAUAAGCUUUCUCUACAAAACGCUGGGACAGCAUUAGUGCCUCUUUUUCAUAAUCACACAUAAAAGAGCAGUUGCGUCUGAUUCUAGUGAACUGCCCCGAGGGGAUAUUCUGGAUCCACGUGGGAUGAUGCCCACUUCUGGCAUGUAGAUACCCAUUAACAUCCACACUUUUCUGAUAGGUCUUGGUGAUAAUUUUACGUGAUCACUUACAAAUUGCAAAUCCCGCUGGUAUUUCCUUAAUGGGUUUACUGUUCAUUACUUUGGCAACUCAUUUGUGGGUUCUACUGUGCACCUAGUUUCUAAUUAUAAAAUGCGGUGGUUAAUACCCUUUCUUAAAAUCAAAUCAUUUAGGUGUAUAAUCUGCUCAAGUAAAUUCUUUAAUUAAUUUCAGUACCAAUACACUAGAUUGGAGUACUGUUCAUCCUUCUAUUAACAUAAUACUUUAUUUCAAACGUCAUAUGGUGUUAAACUAACAUUAGGUACGCUCAGAUAAACUGGCUACCAAUCAAACAUGUCUACGUCAAUCAUUACAAAUUGGAUUAAAGUAAAGGUCUAGCAUGUCUACUAAAGGAUACCGUAAACAAGUGUUAAUCUGUGAGUCUUGAGUUUUUUAGGUAUUCAACAUAACGUUUUUCGUUUACGUUCGUAUCAGAUUUCAAGGCCUCACUCUGCCUUUUUUACGACUAUCGAAUACAAUUCUAAACCCUUUCAUUAACAAGGGGCUUGUGUAUUUUCACCCGACCCUCGCAAGGUCUUCCAUACGCAUUCGAUCAUACGUUACACAAUUCUAUAUUAAACAGGUUUUACUACAUUCGUUUAUGUUUCAAGAUAACCAACGGGAUAUUGACUUUCUGUCAUGCUAUCUGUGUUGUUCUGUAUAGAAGUUUUACAUCAAUAGGCAAAUUAGGAUACAGACAGGUUGCGAUCCCAUGCGAAUCAGGUACAUGAUAAUAUUAUAUUUAUUAUACCUAAACAGAUUAUCAUUAAGUUUAGGCCACAAUCAGACUCUCCUCUUCAUAUUCUGCUCAUAAAGGGCACAUCUUUUUCUUUCUGUUGAUCACUGUAUUUCCCUUCUAUAUUUCACAGUUCACAUCACAAUUGGUGGUUUUCAUCAGGUGACAUUUUCCAGUCCUUCCCUCUCUGAUUCUAUUCAGUCUGUUUAUGUACGUACAUUUAUGUGCAUGCUCAUUUACGAAAGAGACAAGCCCCAUCUAGGGAAAGAGAACUGGCUUUUAGUCUAGAGUUGGGAGCUGUCCCUAGUCUAGAAAACUUAACAUAUCUGUCCCUCGAGGCCAACCAGCCAUCUCAUCACAAAGGUUUUGCCCAAUGACCUAACUCAGAGUUAGUGCCUUACAUACCCUUUUGCAGGGUAAUAGUCAGGGCCUUACAUGUCACGUAUGUGACUCUUUUACCAUCACCGAGAGGCCAACACAACCAAUGCAUUGUGGCUACGAACCCACAAGGCCCAAAUCAUAGGUAGAGGCCUCACAUGUCAUGGGGUAGUUAAUUUUUUUGCCUAACACCACUAGUUAGCAAGCCAGUUCUACAUAAGGUCUAUUAUCAUUUUGCAUCAAACGUUUUGCAUGGUUAACUCAUUAUUAACUUCCUUAUAGGAUGUUGCAAGAAUUAGUUCCAGGUGAUGAUCUAUCUCUAAGUGACACUCCAACUAGGAACUACACUCCUGUCAACCCAGGUUCCCCCACAGAAACCCUUAUCCCCGCUACUUCCAAGGACCUGAGGUUUGUACCUUUCUUAAACUGGCAGUUGAGCUAUGUCGUGGAGGCUCCAUCUUCCUGGCCACAGUGGGAAAGGUGGACCUCUGCAAGUUUGAUAAGUGCACAAUCAUUAAGUUUUUUCAGGUCAUGGUUCAGCAAAAAAACAUCUACUCCCUGUUCAAGGGUCAUUAACUAAACUGCCUAUACCCCAAACAAGCUGGUCAUGCCCUUGAGUAGUCCUUUUACCUCACUAUAGUAAUCAACAGCCUCCUCCCUUGGACGUCAUGGAAGUUGAUGUGUCCGACCAACCGCGGCUUACUUAGCUGAUGGUUAUGCAAAACUGUAAGUUGGUUCAUUCAGGGAAAAUUUCACUACUAGUACAGAUUCACCCUAUUUUAGUCAUACAUAGCAUCACAGCAAUGCCUCUUUCCACUUACGGUAUUAGGCCCUCUCUAGGCCAUAUCGACUUCUAUCAUAACCAAUUCAAUUUAGACCCCUACAUGGCUAGUUGUCACAACUGACUGUAUACAAUUAUGUCAGGCUCAAACUUGGGCCUAUACAUGCCUUUAAGCAACAUAAACAUUAACUUGUAUAAACAUUCACUGUAAACAUUUAACGUAAGCCCCACAUAGGGCUCAUCUGCUAAAUCAGGUUUUUACUUUGGUUUUAGUUGAUUUACUUAGGGGUUGUUGGUGUUGGUUUACUUCCAAUACACUUUUUGGCAUGAUUACAAUACCGCUGAACUUAUCUGUCCACAUUUUACAUUCCACGUAAAUACUUUCAUCAUAUAUUCUUGUCGAUACUGUUUCUAGUUACUUACACAAUUUCUGUUUUCUCCAGUAUCACUACUCUUCUGGUUUUCAAACUAUUCUACUCUCAGUUAAUUUUCCAUAUAAGUAGGUUAUCAACUUUGCCUCUCUAUGUUCAUCACUUGCUACUUACAUCACUAAUCUGUCUCAGGGCUAUCCCAAAUUUAUUUUCAGGCCAACAUGGGUUUACAUAUCUGGCAAUUGCCUGCCAACAAGUGUGGUCAUGUCACAGGUUCACAAUUCACAUACAUUCAAGAGGUUCAUCAUUAUUAAAAUUUUUAUAUAGGACAUAAUGCUGUAAUGAUUUCAUUUCAUGUUAUAUGCUGUUAAGCAUAUGCAUGACACCUGGUUUAGUUCUAGUUGCUUAUACUAAUCUUCCUUUUUCCACAGUGUUACCCCAGUCGACUACUGUAUUAAACCUUCAAUUGUUUGCAAGGCAUAUGUUGGUAGUUCAAUCAUAUGUUUACAACAAUUUUAUCUUAGGCCUCGUAUUGCUCACGUGUUCAGCAGACUACAGCUUUUCAAUGUAUUAUUAUUAUUAUUAUUAUUGCCAUUUAUAUAGCGCCAACAGAUUCCGUAGCUCUUUACAAUAUUAUGAGAGGGGAUUUAACUAUAAAUAAGACAAUUACAAAUAGACUUACAGGAACAAUAGGUUGAAGAGGACCCUGCUCAAUCGAGCUUACAUUCUAUAGGAGGUGGGGUGUAAAACACAUUAGGACAGGAAUUUGCAAUCAAAUAAGGUGGGCUGCCCUUUAGGAGAGGGCAAGAGACAGGUAUGUGAGGUAGGGGUUAGUCUUGGAGGCCAUAAGCUUUCCUAAAGAGAUGGGUUUUAAGGCACUUCUUAAAAGAUGCAAGACUAGGGGAGAGUCUGAUGGCUGGAGGCAGGCUAUUCCAUAGGAAGGGAGCCGCCCGCGAGAAGUCCUGCAAGUGCGAGUUGGCCGUACGGGUGCGGACAACGGACAGGAGGUGGUCACGGGCAGAGCGGAGAGACCGAGAAGGGACAUACCUAUUGAUCUGUGAGGAGAUAUAAGAGGGGCUAGAGUUGUUCAGUGCUUUAUAGGUGUGAGUUAGUGCCUUGAAUUGACUCCUAUAGCACACAGGAAGCCAAUGUAAGGACUGUCAGAGGGGUGAGGUGUGAGAGAACCGACUAGAGAGGAAAAUCAGUCUAGCAGCAGCGUUCAUUACAGACUGUAGGGGUGCAGUACGGCUUUUGGGAAGACCAAGCAGGAGAGGGUUACAAUAAUCCAUGGACAAGCUCCUUGGUAGUAUCUGGUGCAAGAAAGGGGCGGAUGCGGGCUAUGUUUUUAAGAGGGAAUCUACAGGAUUUGGCAACAUGCUGGAUGUGAGGCUCAAAGGUGAGACCAGAGUCAAGUAUGACGCCAAGACAGCGCGCUUGCAAGGAUGGGCUGAUGUUGGUACCACAGACUUGAAGGGAGAGCGAAAGAGGAGGAUCGGUAUUAGGAGGAGGAAAGACAAGGAGCUCAGUUUUUGAGAGAUUGAGUUUCAGAAAGCGGGAGGACAUCCAGUCAGAGAUGGAAGAGGGGAGUGAUUGGUGUGUUAAGGAAAUCUGCUGAUGUGCACUAUCUAUAAAUAAGUUGAUGACCAUGGGGUGGGAUGGUGUGGGGAGGGGAGGGUGGGCAAUCUUCCAGAGAUGCUACCUCUGCUCUGAAGAUUCAGCAGGACUUGGUUGCUUGGGAGUGCUGGGUGUUAAUGCUGUUUUAAGGGGCCCAGUCUGAAAUAUAAGGUCUGAGGUUAGAAAAAAAAAAAUGAAAUAAAACACACUGUUAUGGGUGGGGAGAUGUACAAUGUAUUCCUCCUGCAUUUUAUAAUGUAUUUCAAAUUGGACCAUUAGUGUACCCCUAUCAUUUGCUGUCACCAAGUCUCUCCGUUCAAUACUAUUCAUGUUACAGGUAAGUGGUCCUUCAUUGCCUCUACGUUUAUCUUGACAGGUUAGUUUCAAUCGAUCAAAGUAUCACUCAGCCUCAUCACUCCUAUUGGGUACACACCAAAAAACCCACAUGCUUAUUCACCCCUUAUUCAUCAGAUUUUACAUAGUUACACAUAUAAGAUAUUACUCAUAGGUCACAUUCAGGCUCUUCCAUUACAAUCAAAAUGUGCACACUAUCUAUUACUAAGGGUAAGUGGAGAUACAUCCAUCUUUCCACUUCCCUAUUAUCUAUUCCCAUUUUAUGGUAAACUGGUUGUCCUAUUGCUGUAGGUGUAUGCUUUCCAGGUUCUCUCUUAGAGAUUAUCUUGCCUACGAAGAUAUGUACGUUAACCAUUAAGUUCAAAUAUAAUAUGUAUCAAGCCCCUGUCCGGGGACAGAGAACUAGCCAUUAGGUUAAGGCACUUGUAACGGCACCCUCAGCAUAAAAGGGUUAAACUGCCGUUUAGGGGAUCUUCCCCUUCCAGAGACAUAGGCACAGCUACUGCAGAACACCAAUCCGCCGAACAGGAAACCAUAUGAAUGCUGUAAACAGCCGAAUAGGAAAAAACCAUACGAAUAGGUUUACACUCCUAGCAGUCGAACUGGAACAGCAUACAAUAAAUCCCCCCAAAAACGAGACAAGGCUCCGUGUUGAGGGUCAAGCAGGAACAGACAGAGCUGUGGGUUUAUUGUGCUUAUGUACACAUUCUUACACAUUAGUACCACCCACAGGGUUUUGGAACACAACCAAUAAACACAUACAAUACACUCAGACACUCCCACACAAAUUCCUCCCCUCUGCAUGUGAUUCAAUUACCUUACACAAUGGGUAAUGUAAUUUAGCACAAGCAGAGAAAUACAAUUUUUCCACAUUAUUCAUAACUUGAAAAGUAUGCAUCACAUUCACAUAAAAUUACAUUUUCAGAAUCAGCAUACUCCAAAUACAAACAUACGUCAAAAUCAUACAAAUUGGUCCAGUGGUUCAAAAGAUAGAUCGUAGUCCUUUGUGACCACAGGAAGCAUGGCUUUUCUGCCCAAAACCAGUUCCACAGAGUCUUCUAUCCUGGAGAUAAUUGUGAAGUAAUCCAAUUAUCUCCAAAGACAGAGACAAAACUCCAUUGAACACAUGGAAGCAAAAAGACAGUAAAAUACAAUAAAAUACACAAGGUUACAUUUAUGACAUAAAAUACAGACAUACAACAUAUGCCCAGAUAGCUUAGGUCUGAGCGCACAUUAUUACUGAAUGGCGCUCAGAGCACACAUAUACAGUUCAAUUGCCAUGGAGCCAAAGUCUUUCCCAUAGUCUUUCAUUAUACGAAUGGGCUCCAUGGCAUAGCUAUCUGGGGUAUCACUGCUCAAACAGGGCGAGCACCAAAUGACCCGGCUUUCUUGUCUUUGCAGGGGAAAAUCAAGCCUUUUAACAUGGGGCCAUAAUCCAAAGGCAACAGGCGAGCAACCAGGCUUCUCCAAUGCAAUGUGGCGAGAUUGCUCUCGUCACAGCACUGGUCCAGGAGGGGGAUAACAUCACAGCAGAUGCACUAUCCCGAUCUCAAUUUCAGCAAUUUUCAAGUUACAUCUACCAUCAACAUACAUCUGAAAAAAAUUCCAGCAUUUCCAGAAGCUGGUUAUGGAUUUAUGAUACUCGCAUGGUCACUAUCCCAUCACACUCGUUCCGUGAAUAUCAAAUCAACUUACGUCAGGGCAUUAACAGAUUUUCUUAGGUUUGUUUUAGAGUCCCCCCGCAGGGAAUUACUACAUUGAGACCAUGGUGACUUGUGUUUCUUUCUACCAUUCACAUAAAAAAAUAGCACAUAACACCAUUAAUCCUUAUCUUACAGGAAUACCACAUCACAACCUCACUACAUUUCUCAAUCAUACCCAUUUUCUUUUCUCAUAUCCCAUUACAACAAGCUCCUAAGGUAUCAACAAAUGGACUGUUCUCCUUCAUCCAUUAGACUACACAUAACCGAACAUAUAUUCAGGAGCCUAUGCAAUUUAUGGGAUACCAAACCAUUUGAUUGUAAAGCUAACACAGUUAUUUAAGUAGCAAUUUACAUUGCCUUUCAUGGUUUCUCGAGGGCCAGAGAAUUCCCAGUGGUACACCAAGAUGAAGUCAACUCUGACCUUGUCAAACACAUCAACCACUACAUUCUCACCCUAAAAGAUUUCCAAACUAACUAGACCAACCAUCCAACCCCAAUCUCACUAUUCUUGACAGACAACAGCUGGACGCCUGUUAAUGUUAAUAUUAACAUGAUAUAUGCGUACCCAUACACAACAGCUUCCACCUAACUCUGUUGCCGUCACUUCACGGGCAUCCACUCAUCCCAGUCCACAUCAUAAAAUUGAAUAGGCGGUAAUCCCUGUUUACAAUACUUUGAUUCCGCCUCAUGAAUAAAAGCUCGGGUAAUCAUUCUUUGUGACUUUGUAAGCAUGCUAAAAGUGUGUUUUUCACCAAUACCUUUUUGGACCUCUUUAUACAGGCCUACUCGUAUGUUGGUAUCGACACAACACUACCAACUUACCACUCCUUCUACUGUUAUAUAUACCAUUAAGUUCAGACUACAAGUAGAAGGCCAAAGGCCUGAAUUUCUGGGAGGAGUUUAUCCUAUAAAAAGCAACUUCCCCUGCUUACCUGCACCGUUUUCCGUUCAUGUGACCCCCACACACUGCUCCCUUAAAUUAGCUCAACUAUUACACCUCUUUUCCUUGGUGGGCCCUCUUUAUAAAGUCCUACUCGUACAUUGUAUUGGCACAACACUACUAACUUACCACUCCUUCUACUGUUACGUACACCAUUAAGUUCCGACCACAAAUACACAUAUUUAAAUUCUACGUGAAUAUUUAUGUAAUAUUUUGACAUAAUUAAGUAAUUUUAUUAAUUACAACUUGAGGAACCUGCCUGACAACCCAUGAAGAAAGUCCAGAGAAUUUUAUUUGCAUGUCUUAUAUUUAACCCUGUAACUUUACAAAACCCCAUAAAACAUGUACAUGGUAGGUACUGUUGCACUCAGGAACACAAAUAUGAAUGUUCGAAGCAGUAAAACAUAUCACAAUGAUGAUAUUCUUAUUGUUAUGUUAUUAUUUAUAUAACGCCAACAAAUUUUGUAGCGCUUUACAGUGGGUGGACGAACAAACAUGUAGUUGUAACCAAAAAGUGCUGCUUGUUUGUGAAAAAUACAAAAAACAAAUAUGAAUGCUAACUUUGGCCAGGCAUUGUCACUGAGUACAAAAAAACAGAGAAAGCUGCGCUGAAUAAAGUUAGAAGAAAUAGUUAAAAAUAAAGUCUCACAAGAGCAGCAGGGUAGGAUUACAGUGCUUAUGGAGACUUUUCCUCAGGGGUAGGUCCGUCCAAGUGGCUUGGGAUAUUCGUUUAUGUAGGGAGACAAGAGGGAAAUACGAUGUAACGGCACCCCCAGGCAUAAAAGAUAGUGCAAUAAUGCUAAUUGGUUAUGGUUUAUGUAGUUAAUAAAAUCAUUCAAAAUUUCACAAGAGCUUUUCCAAAUUAUUAAAAUAUCAUCAAUGUACCACCUCCAGUCUGCCCCAAGCAAAUACUUGAUUUUUCCCAACAAUCCAUAAAGGUAUUUGCAUAACUGGGUACGGUAACUAGGUGCCUAUGGUAAUACCCUUGAGUUGCAAAUUAAAAUGCCAUUCUUACUAUACACUGAUCAUAAGAACUUUAAGUUUCUAAAGAUACCAUCUGACCCAUUAGUCCAUUUUAAGAUACAACCUUCAUGUCACUUGCAGAUCCGGUACCAAAAAUGGCGAGGCAGAUGCUCUGUCAAGGUUCCCUACUCCAGAGUUCACAAAACUUUACUUCCAUAUUACCCCAAGAGUCUUUCUUGGGUGUUGUCUCUUGAGUUCCAAAACGAAUACAGGAUAUGGAUUAUAGAGACAAUACUUUUUUGUUGGGACUAUAUAUAAGUCUUGUAUCAAUUUGUAUAUCUAUUUACUCUGUGUUUUAUUGCAAAAUGUGUGGCGCAGCCCUACUCUUUCUUUGUGCUGUUCUUCUUUGAUCUCACCAAAUACCGAUUGUAACGGAGCUCCAGUACUCCGACCGAGUACCUCCACCAAGUCUGCUUCCUUGUAGCUAUCAAAGACCCUGAAACACUUCAGACCCAGAGGCCGAGGCUUGCCUGGGAUCACUUAGGGCCUUUUCCACCCUGGACCAAACACCAGAUGGUGAAGGUUAAACAGCAACUCUUUAAUGAAAACAGCACACCUAGCUUAAGCCCCCAACAGCCUCAUUUACAUACAAUAGGUUACAUAGAUUACUAUAGUGCAAGGAAGGGUGGGGUCAGACAAUAGCAAGGGCUGAUGGGAGAUUGAGGAGGGACAGAGCAGCUAGAUUAAACUGGUCUGGCAGUGACCCUGGGACAACACCCUGCUGGGGAAACAAUAGGAUAGGAAAAAGGGGGGAGGGUGAAAAGCACAGACCAGCAAUACAUUCAACAUACCCUGCACAAAUAAUAGGCACAAUGUGACAAAACACAAAAAGAAUUUGGGAGCCCACCCAUAGUGUCUGUCUUCAAUCCCCAGUGAUGGUGACUACCGUCACACCCAUUUCCUAGAGUUAAUGACUUUGUAGGGCAAAUAAAAAAAAAAAAUAUGGAACUCCUGAAAGCCUCUCUCACUCAAGCCCAACAGUCCUAUGCACAGUUCACCAAUAAAAUUAGGCAAGACAUGGGGGGCGGGGCCAAGCCAGAAAGCCAAGAAGUUGCAUGUAAGCUGGGCUCCCACUAUAUUUACCAGACCUCGACAGAAAACUCGCCGAAAACGAGACAAAAACACACCGGGACCCGCCACCUACAAUAGGGGCGACCUGGUGAUAAGCCUGAUACCACACAUUGAGAGUCUGGAAGAUCGGGGACCCGCGAUGGAAGGCCGUGUUGAUGAUGGAAACAGGGAGAGGCGGCCGCUCUCCUCGCCCAUGCACUGCAGGCGCUACCCCACCAAAGCCCUCCUCCCCUCCCCAGGACCAGCGGGGGUUAUCCUGGUCCAACUCGGAAAGGCAACUUACAUAUGAGAGCCCCAGAGAUGAAAAUAUGGGAGCAGCCGGAAAAAAUGAAGCUAAGCAACAUGGCUGCCGCCACGUGCUGGGACUUUGAAGGUAAACUUAACAGCCGGCUUACAGCUUUCUGGGAAAACCUAGAAAUGAGGCAACAACAGACUCAGACGCAAGGCAAGCCAGAACACUCACCUUGAAAGACACCCUCACGAUAGAGUGGUAAACCCGAGCUGCCCAAGGUGCAGAGAAUCCGAAAAUGGCGCACCACAUGACCACAUGACACACACGCGGCUCCCCAGAAAGGCGGUAAAAGCAUCCACUACCCUGCCUCAACUCUACCGGGCCGCCUCUAAUCGCCUGACUCACAACCUCAGCCGGACCCUGAGACCAACCAUACAGAAGAGGCGUCAGCGCCUCCAUAGGAAGGCAGGAUGGCGGAGUGCCCUAAACGGGUCAAAAAAGGGACUAUCUUCUCAAGCACAUAAAAGGCAUUGGGUGAAGCUACAAGGACUCAUUCCACUGCAGUUGAGCACAGUUCCCAAUUAUUACACUUGUUUUACAUAUCCUGAAUUAUUGCUCCCUAAUGCUCUGCUUUUCCCUACCUCUGCACCACUCCAACAGUCUCAUGACACAAGCAUAGCCAAUCUUUAACCCUAUAAUCACUAAUAACCAGACCUGCCUGUGUUAUACUUAACGGACUGGCCCCUUAUCCAGAUCACACAUAAGUUAUACUUAAAAUCUGUAUUACUCUUGACCCUUAAAAUUGAUAAAAUGUGCAGCUAUCUCAAAUGUCACACAUGUUUAACACUGUUUUAUUAAGCCUGAUAAUGCUGUCGUGGGACUGCAUGCAUGUAUGUUAAUUCUUGCACAAUAAAAUAAAGAAUUAAAAAAAAUAAAUAGGCAAGACACACUUCUGUACCAAGUGGGAGAAAGAAUCCUACUCUCGACCCAAAAUUUUAAACUUAAUACUGCUUCAAAAACAUUUUCAGACAUCUAUAUUGGUCCAAAAUCAUAUCACAAAUAAAUCCUGUUUGCUACAGACUAUCUUUCCCUGACUCCUCACUACUUAAGCCAUACACCUUAGAUCCCAGCUUUGAGGUUGCUAGAAAUCCUAGACCCUCACCAGUUAUAGUGAAUUAUGAGGAUAAAUACAAAACUUAAUCAAUCUUGGACUCUAGAAUAAAAUAUAGAUGUGUGGAGUAUUUAAUUAAGUGGAAGCGGUAUGGACUGGUGGAAAAAUCUUGGAUACCCAGUAGGGAUGUUCAUGUGAACGACUCGGUAUCAAAAUAGAUUCCACUGCUCCUAUCCAACAAUCCAGUUCCUUAGGUCUUCCAAAUGUAGGGGGAUUUCAGGCUUUAUUGGUCCAGUUGGGGCCAUGGAGUAUGAAGAAUGCUGCCUAUUUAACCUGUCAGAGUAGAAUGCUCUGUGCUCACUUGCUGAGUCUGUAUGCUUAACCUCGCUUGUAUUCUUGUAACUGUUCUGGCUCUAAGAUGCAGUUAGCAUGCUUCCCUUGAUUUGACCAUGCUCUGCAACUGGUGUAUCUUCCACCUCCUCAGAAAGGUAACUAUCUUAGUUAUCGACUCAGAUUGGCUUGGCAUCCCACAUGUUUGGACAGAUUUACCAGCACCAGACUGUGGCUUCUCCUCUCCUUAGAUUACUGGACUUCUGUCUCCUUGCAUCAUACUGCCCACAAAGUAACUUAAACUCUGGCUUUGUUCAUGGCUCAUCUCUUGCAUCGCGCCUCAAACAUAUCGGACUGAUCAUUGCUUUUAACUCUAGCUCUGGACACUGCUUUCCUUAAGAAACCCUAUUUAGUGGAUACACCACAACAACUUAUAACGUUGCCUGGUCCCAGACUGAGAUAAGCUACACUCCAAGAAACAACUGAUAUAACCAGUAGUGGUUUAAUUACAAAUUAAAUCACUUCUGGUUUUAUCGUUUGCUGCUGUUGAGCUCUAAAAAUUCUCAUGGUCUCCAAUAUUGUCUUGUUAGGCCUUCCAAAACCCAAAGGGAACUAUCUAUCUGUUGAGGUACUUGUGUACUCGUGUACCACUUGUUAAUCUUUUUCUCUUUGAGUGUGUCUCAUGGGCCCAUGAUUCUGUCUUUGCUAUUGAAUAACACCAGUAAAGAAAUCGCUUUAAACAUUAAUUUAUUAUGCAAUAAUUCAUAUCGGCUUCUGCUGCAGCCAAACUAAAGCAUGAUAAAUGUUGACUUAACCUCGGUGCAUAAAUGUUAUACAUUCUUGGAAAAUGCCUAAAUUCAAGGUAACUGAUAAUAUAGCAUGCACCUAUAAUUCAGGUACACAUUAAUCAGAUUGUGUAGUAGUUACAUAAUAUGAUAACAGUAUACUGGGGUAGGUGUAACUUUGGUUAAAAUAUAUAAAUACUCACUUAAUUUCAAGCAAGACCAUUCCACAGGCAUACCUCCAGCAUGAAGCUUCUUUUGAUCUGUGUGCUCCUUGGAGCUGCUGGUAAGAAAUAAUAUUAUUAGUAGUACUUUCCUUGUAAAUUAAAAAAAACUAUUUAAUAUUAUUGUUACAUAUGUUAGAUACCUAUGACAUAUGUCAAUAGUUCAACCGUGACCAACUAUCUAGAGUACAAGAUAGAGACUCCAGGGAUCUCAAGGGGCUUAACCCCAAGAAUUGUAUACAAAAAAACAACAAAUAAACACACAAUAUGCUUAUCACAGUGACUUGCUGUGUUUCCUGGAAAUAUAAAGUAGUCUAAUAAUAAAUCAAUAUUAGGUAUGUGCCUCUGACGAAGGUGCUCUCUCUACAGCACCGAAACGCGCGUCAGGCGUUUUACUUUCUUUUUAAUCUAUGGGUACUUAACACUUGGCAAAAAAACUAAAACAAGAAAAUAAAAAAAAUAUCCACUCUUACCUUAAACACAUUCAUAAUUUAAAUGUAAUAUUAUGGUUACUUUGAAUGUUGUUAUUAUUAUUAUUUUUUAAGUCUUUUUUAAGUCUAAUGUUUCCCAUCUACCAAUGUUGUAAUUUCUAUCACAUAAAAAGAUUGUUAAAAAAUAAAUUUGCCAUCAUGUUUGACUGCAUGUAUAGUUCACAUCUUAACCCCUUAAGGACCAAGCUUCUGGAAUAAAAUGGAAUCAUGACAUGUCACACAUGUCAUGUGUCCUUAAGGGGUUAAAUUAAACCAUAUGAGUACUUUUUAUUGAGCCAUCUGAAUUUCACUAUAAAAGAUAUAAUUUACAAUAUGACAUGCAAUAUUUGUAGAUGACUAAUACGUAGCAGCAAGUCUAACAACUCAUGAUCAUAGUGGCUAAAAUGUUUUUUUCUUCUUCUGCCCACAGUUGCAUUUGAGGAUGAUGAUGAUAAGAUUGUAGGAGGUUACACCUGCACCAAGAACUCCGUCCCAUACAUUGUAUCCCUCAACUCUGGCUAUCACUUCUGCGGAGGUACACUGGUUACCAGCCUGUGGGUGGUGUCUGCUGCACAUUGCUACAAGGCGUAAGUUUCACUUUACGUUGACAUAGAUUAAUGAAAUGUUUGUAGAAAUGCAUAACCAGUUCAUAUUCGGAAUGAAUUAAUUUGACCAAUGUGUUGACUUUCUCUUAAAAAUGUCCAAUGUUUCCCUCAUGCAGGAGUGUUCAGGUCAGACUGGGAGAGCACAACAUCGAUGUAAGUGAGGGCACUGAGCAGUUCAUUAACUCUGCCAAGGUCAUCAGACAUCCCAGCUACAACUCCAGGACCACCGACAAUGACAUCAUGUUGAUCAAACUAGCUAGUGCUGCCACCCUCAACAGCUAUGUGAAGACUGUGUCUCUGCCCUCUGGCUGUGCUGCUGCCGGAACCAGCUGUCUAAUUUCUGGCUGGGGAAACACACUCAGCAGUGGAAGUAAGUUUAUGUUAGAAAUUGCUUUGACAAAUAGCACACGGAAACAACUUCCAGUUUAGAGUUAAAAAAGUAAAGGGCUUAUAACUAAACAUGUCUUAUUUUACAUUUACAUCACAAAAUUUAAUAUUGCUAAAGACACAAAUGAUUAAACAUUUCAUUACUCUCUACAACUAGUUAAUAUUUUAUAUACAGGAUAUAUUGUUUGAUUACAUGCUGGUCUUUCAAUGUUGAGGUCUUCAGCAAAGUUUGGCAUGGAUGUGGCAGGCAAAUAGUGAAUUAAUAAGUCAAUUGAGAUUCAAGACAACUGAAGAAUCAGAUAAAUAGUAUUUAUUAGCAAAACUUUUUAGCUCAAUACCUAACAGCGAUAACAUACUACAAUAAACUCAUAAAUAGUGAGCAUAUGUAACAGAUAAUAAUUGUAUUCCAUUUUAUUUCAGCCAAUUAUCCAAGUCUCCUUCAGUGUUUGAACGCACCCAUCCUGACAAGUUCUCAGUGUAGCAGUGCCUACCCAGGACAGAUCACCACUAACAUGAUCUGUGUUGGCUAUGUUGAAGGAGGCAAGGAUUCCUGCCAGGUAAUGUAUCUUAAAAUUGCUGUUUGGUUUAAAAUGUUAUAUUUCCAGUGAGGAAGUGAAAUAAAGCUCAAAAUCCAUGGCUAUAUCUUUAAAGCUUCUAUGAUUUAAUGCAUAUUUCAACUAUAUACUUUUAAUAUUUUACAUUCUCUCUCCUUCCCUCAGGGUGACUCUGGUGGCCCCGUGGUCUGUAAUGGUCAGCUCCAAGGUGUUGUGUCCUGGGGAUAUGGCUGUGCUUUGAGGAACUACCCCGGAGUCUACGCCAGGGUCUGCAACUACAACUCCUGGAUCCAGAGCACCUUUGCUUCAAACUAAAACUGUUCAUUAAAUGUUUUGUACAAGACUUUAAUAAAUCUAUGAACUUUCAAACUACUUCCUGGCAUCAUCAUUUAUAUAUUAAUAAAAAUACUGAGUAGGUUAGAAUAUAUCGUCAUAAUAAUGUGUGAAUGUGUUCUCUGGAUAAAAAUUCCAUUUUGACUCUUUAUAAAUCAAUAGUGAGAUCACACCUUAAAUAUGCUGUCCAAUUUUUGGCACCUGUUCUUAAGAAGGAUAUUAUGGCACUAUAAAAAGUGCAGAGGUAGGCUGAAAAUUUAACAUUUUAGUUAUAAAAAAAGAUUAAUAUAAUUAAAUCUGUUUAGAUAAAUAGUGCCUUAGAGGGCAAAUGAUAGCAUUAUACAAAUAUAAAUUUAGGGUCAUUAGAAACCAUUGUCUUGAACUCUGUUCAUAAACAGGACUAUAUAUAGGACACAAGGUCAAACAGUUAGAAUCAAAGGAAGGAAAUUUAGUCUAAGGCAAAGAGAUGGGUUUUUUAAAGUAAGAAAAACAAUGAUUUUGAAUUCUCUGCCAAAGAAUAUGUUUUGUCAAAAGUCUGUAUAGAUGUCUAAACCGUAACUGGAUAAAUACUUGAAAACACCUAAUAUUCAGGGAUAUCAUUUGUGAUCAAAACAAAAUGUAAACAAAACCUUGAAUUUGUGCUAUAUGUCUGUUCAGGCAUAAUUCACCUUUUUCGUAUUAUGUAUACCCACACUUAUAAUAUAUCAUUUUUUCAGGGGAAACAGGGCUUUCAUUUUACAUCAAAUAUUUAGGUAUGAAACAUAAUUUAAUAUGAAUAAAAUAUAAAAAAUGGGAGAAAAUAAGAAUUUUGUAAAAAAUGUUAGUUCUACAUGACAUUUUAACUGUGAAUGUUAUAAUACUGUUUGAUUUUACUGCAGUAAAAUACACAUAUUUGUAUUCAGUGAUGUCUCACAUGUAAAACAGUACCCCCUAUGUACAGGUUACACAGUGUUUUGGGAAGUUACUGGGGCAAAUAUAGCAUGUUACAUUUUUCCAUUUUUCACAUUGAAAUUCGAGAUUGCCAGUGUUUGUGACUAAGUGGAUACUAAAAAAGACUGGACAUACCCCAUUUGCAAUACCUUGGCUUGUCUACUAUUGCAAAUGGUAUGCCAUUAUGGGGGUAAUUUUCAUUCCUGGGCUACAAUAUGGUCUCAAAGGCAACGUGACCAAUCUGGCGAAUUUCUAUGUAAAAAAACAGAAAUGCAAGUCUUAUAUUUGACACUGUAACUUUUGAAAACACUAUAAAACCUGUACAUAAGGGGUACCGUUAUACUCGGGAGACUUCGCUGAAAACAUAUAUUAGUGUUUUAAAAGAGAAAAAUAUACCACAACAAUUAUAUCAUCCGUGUAAUGCCAUUUGUGUGUGAAAAGUGCAAGAAAUGUCACGUUCACUGACGAUAACAUCGUUGUAAUACAUUUUACUGUUUUGAUACACUAAUAUUUGAGUUCAGCAAAGUCUUCUGAGUAAAACAGUACCCUCCAUGUACAGGGUUUAUGGAGUCUUGGAAAGUUACAGGGAUAAAUAUAGUGCUAGCAAAUUAAAUUCCCGGGACUUUAGGCCUGGGUUGUUAGGCAGGUCCCGCAAAUUGUAAUUAAAAUAAUGACCUAAUUAUGUAAAAUUAUUACAUAAAUAUAUUCGUAGAAUUAUUAUAUAUAAACACACACAUAUAUAUAUAUGUUUAUAUAUAUAUAUAUAUAUAUAUAUAUAUGUGUAUAUAUAUAUAUACACACACAUAUACAUUGCUCAAAAAAAUAAAGGGAGCACAAAAAUAACACAUCCUAGAUCUGAAUGAAUUAAAUAUGCUUCUGAAAUACGUUGUUCUUUACAUAGUUAAAUGUGCUGACAACAAAAUCACACAAAAAUAAAAAAAUGGAAAUCAAAUUUUCCGACCAAUGGAGGUCUGGAUUUGGAGUCACACUCAAAAUUAAAGUGGAAAAACACACUACAGGCGGGUCAAACUUUGAUGUAAUGUCCUUAAAGUAAGUCAAACUGAGGCUCAGUAGUGUGUGUGGCCUCCACAUGCCUGUAUGACCUCCCUACAACGCCUGUGCAUGCUCCUGAUGAGGUGGCGGAUGGUCUCCUGAGGGAUCUCCUCCCAGACCUUACUAAAGCAUCUGCCAACUCUUGGACAGUCUGUGGUGCAACCUGACAUUGGUGGAUGGAGUGAGAAAUUAUGUCCUAGAUGUACUCAAUUGGAUUCAGGUCUGGGGAACAGGCGGGCCAGUCCAUUGGAUCAAUGCUUUCGUCUUUCAGGAACUGCUGACACACUCCAGCCACAUGAGGUCUAGCAUUGUCUUGCAUUAGGAGGAACCCAGGCCCAACCACACUAGCAUAUGGUCUCACAAAGGGUCUGAGGUCAGGCUACCUCUGGCGAGCACAUGAAGGGCUGUGCGGCCCCCCAAAGAAAUGCCACUCCACACCAUUACUGACCCACUGCCAAACCGGUCAUGCUGGAGGAUGUUGCAGGCAGCAGAACGUUCUCCACGGCAUCUCCAGACUCUGUCACGUCUGUCACAUGUGCUCAGUGUGAACCUGCUUUCAUCUGUGAAGAGCAAAGGGAGCCAGUGGCGAAUUUGCCAAUUUGCCAAUCUUAGAGUUCUCUGGCAAAUGCCAAAUGUUCUGCACGGUGUUGGGCUUUAAGCACAUCCCCCACCUGUGGACGUUGGGCCUUUAUAACACCCUCAUGGAGUCUGUUUCUGACCGUUUGAGCAGACACAUGCACAUUUGUGGCCUGCUGGAGGUCAUUUUGCAGGGCUCUGGCAGUGCUCCUCCUUUUCCUCUUUGCACAAAGGCGGAGGUAUUGGUCCUGCUGCUGGGUUGUUGCCCUCCUACGGCCUCCUUCACGUCUCCUGAUGUACUGGCAUGGUAGUGCCUCCAAGCUCUGGACACUACGCUGACAGACCCAGCAAACCUUCUUGCCACAGCUCGCAUUGAUGUGCCAUCCUGGAUGAGCUGCACUACCUGAGCCACUUGUGUGGGUUGUAGACUCCGUCUCAUGCUACCACUAGAGUGAAAGCACUGCCAGCAUUCAAAAGUGACCAAAACAUCAGCCAGGAAGCAUAGAAACUGAGAAGUGGUCUGUGGUCACCACCUGCAGAACCAGUCCUUUAUUGGGGUGUCUUGCUAAUUGCCUAUAAUCUCCACCAGUUUUCUAUCCCAUUUGCACAACAGCAGGUGAAAUUGAUUGUCACUCAGUGUUACUUCCUACAUGGACAGUUUGAUUUCACAGAAGUGUGAUUGACUUGGAGUUGUUUAACUGUUCUCUUUAUUUUUUUGAGCAGUAUAUAUACAUACUUUAUUACAUAUUUAUAUGUAAUAAACGUAGUGCCCUGCACUCACUACUCAAGGUCUUGUCUGUUGCCCAGGCGCAAACUUCGACCUCCAAAUAUAUAAAUCCUUGUUUGAAGUGCACUCACAGGACUCGGAAUUAUUUCAAAUCGUGCUGUUUAUUCAAAGCAUCAAAUUUCCAGUAAAUGGUGUCAACGUUUCAGUCCUCCAAAUAUACAUUGUGAAGAGUUGAUUGGAGGGGGAGCGGGCGAAAGCAAUGAAUCAUAUGGAAUGUGUAUCACAUGUGUAAUCAUGAAUUGCAAACAGCAAUAGCUGUUGCUAAAGUGAAUCAUUUAUUAAAUACGUAGAGUGAACUACUCAAAGCAAAUCAAAAAGAAAAAUAUAUCUAUACUUAUAUACAACAUAUUUACAACAAAAACAAUGUUAUUAACCCCAUAUAGAGUACACGUGAGGGCUCAGAGUGAUAGGUGCAGAAUGCAUGACUCAUGCUCUAGGAUAUAAAAAAAUCUCAAUCACAGAAAGUCUAUUAACACCCACACUCCGGGUCCUGUAACAGCAUCAGGGAUAUAGCUCCAAACCAGAGUACACUAUAAUGUAACAACACAGAAUAUGACACUAGCACUAGAAAAUUGUGCAUCAGUGUUAUGCAAUAGCGAGUAAGUUAAAAAUCCACGAUUAAUUAUAAAAAUUUAUGCUAGGCAUGCACAACAGAAUGUCGAAAAGACGAGUGUAGAAAAUGAACUUGUAGUAAGAUGGUAAAUAAUGUAACUUAUCCCAUAGAGGGCAUAUUUUACUAUGCGUGAGCAUGGGUGCAUCUGCGUGUGUGUGUGUAUGUGACUGUGCGUCUCUCAAUUUCUUUCCACUUUUUUUUUUUGGCACCAGGCAAACAUGCAUAUUUGUUUAAGAAUAUGUCCAUAUGAAAAUUUAGAGUUAAGGGAUUUGGACAACCUGUCUAUUGCCUAAUAUUUGAAUGAACUGCUGGUCAUUGUGGAACAAGUGAACAUGUAUUUUCCCCUCUGUUGUCAAGUAAACAAAAAUCCUUCUUGACGCUUUUCCCCCACAUAUUAACCUCUUAAGGAGGGCGGGCUUGCUAUGCCGUCCUUAGUGAUCUGGCUCUAAACGCCGGGGGCGUCAUAGCACAUCCGAGCCGUCCUUUGUACUUACCCGGUCACCGGCGAUCCCACGCCGACGAUUGCCAUGCGGGGACUCAGUUGGCAUCCCAGGGAGUCCCCCUCCUUCCGUUCUGGCCCCCCUGGGCCAUGUGAUCGCAAGGUCCUUGUGAGGAAAAAAAACUACUUUUAAAACAGUGUAAAAUACAAUUAUAUAUAUAUAUAUAUAUAUAUAUAUAUAUAUAUGCACAUACAUACAUACACAUAUGUACACAUACAUAGUCUAAGUAUAUUAGUAUAUUUUAAUAUUAAUAUAUAUAUACUUUUAUAUAUAUAUAUAUAUAUAUAUAUAUUAAUAUCAAAGUACACGUAGAAAGAUCUUCAUUUGUAGAGGAAGUACACUAUAGUGUAAUCACUAACUACAUUGAGGCAUGUUCUGCAAACAUAUCACUUUUUCUUGGAGAGGAUCCAGUCAAGAGUAUACUGAUGUGUUUUUGAUUAAAGUGAAUUAGAAAUGUUGCAAUUUGUUGUAUUUAGAGAGCAGUAUUUACUAUAUUUGUAAUCAAUAUAAAUUAUGUUAAAAUCUCCAAACAUUGACACUUUAUAUUUCUUGUAUUUAGAAAUAUGUGGGCAAUAUCUUGUGUUGGAGGAAAACGCGUGCUGUAUCUGAAAGGAAUUGUGAGAACUAGAAUUCUAGUUUAACAGAACUGUAAACUACAGGGGGUUUAACAGAAUGAAAAAUAUUGCAUUUCCACAUCUUUUUUGAUGUUCUUAUUUUCUAAGGUCCUAUGUGGAGCAUGAAUGCCAUUGGUGGUGGUAGCAGUAUGACAUAUUUUUGAAUUCUGCCAGAAGUCAGAGUAAAAAAAUAAAUAAUAGACUCGUGCACACUAACAAUAUUUUAUUUGGCUGAAUCAAUUUGCACAAAUAAAUUUUGAUUUGGAUGAGUCAAAAUUAUUCCAUGUACUGUUUCAGGUCGGUCGAAUCACUGUGUUCAUGUAAAUUUGAACUGGAAGUGCAAAAACCCUUUUUAAAAUGUCCCAAAUGGAUUAUAUGACUUCCCCAUAUUAGUAUAAGGGAGGCUUAAUAGCUCCCUUAUCCCCCCACAUGCUGUCAUGCUGUGGGUGGGAGCUUGUCUACUAAACAAUGUGAGCAUAUGACAGAAAGACCAACAGAAUUUGUUAGUUCUUAUAGACCAAACAAAAUUAUUUUUCAUAAAUAGUCAGUGGUUUGUAACUACAUAAUGUUUUCAUGUUGCUCUUUAUAGGAAUACAAACUUAUAAUGUUUUUAUAUCUAAUCAGGCCUUCGGGGGUGGGCCCCUUCAAGGCCUGCAGCACUUGACAAUUCCCCCACCUGCUGGCAGUUCCUUAGCCUGUCACGCACACCUAGCUUAUCAUACAUUGCAGUCACACAUGUUUCUUCUCUCAAGAACACUCCUAACCCCACCAGCUAAGCUUUGUUGCAAGAAUAACAAUCUUCCCAAAAAGCAGAAGUUUAAAAGUCUUUCAUCAAAGUCUAUUAAAAAGAAAAAUAGAGAAUUUUUUUCAAAAGUAGAUUAAAGGUUAUACAAUUGCAGUCAGCAGAUCACUAGAUGAUACCAUGUGACCAACUUUAAUUAAAAAUUUAUGAAAUACAGGGAAGGGGACUGGCACAGUUCCAUCCAUGAUCAUCUAAGGGGGACAUAAACAUGAUUAAUGUGGGUGGUUCAUGUCCUCCCUAUUCCCACGACAUGGAUUAAAAAGGAGGGGGGAUGACUACUGUUCUCCCCAAUCCACAAGCAAUGUAGAAAAACAAAAUUUAAAUGCAGAUCAGGGACAUGCUCAUGUUUUUAGAAAUAAAUAUUUUAAAGUCAUUAUAUAUGUGCAAAUGUAUAGAAGUUAAUGCAGAUAUAACAUUUAGAAGUGAUACCACUCAUGGGACUAGGGCCGGCGCUACCUUUUAGGCGGACUAGGCAGACGCCUAGGGUGCCCCUUGGGAAGGGGCGCCGCCAGGAGCGCCGGCCCCCCUCAUGCUGCAGAGGCUGCAACUUUGCCCGGUUUGGUGUGUCCAUGAGGGUGCACCGCCCGGGCGCAGCAUGAGAAGAGGGGCUGACAGGAGUGAAGCGCUCAGCGCUCCCUCCUGUCACUCCCGCACUGUAGCAUGGCCAAGCUAUGGAUGCUCCGCGGGUACAGGGAGCAUCUGUCUCCUCUACCCGGCCGGACUAAUAGGAAGUGCACACUCAGUGUGCACUUCCUUUUAGUUCGGCCGGGUACAGGAAACAAAAGCUCCCUGUACCCGCGGAUCAUACAGAGCUCAGUCACGCUACAACAGUGGUGGGGGAGGGAUAAAGAAAUUGGGAGGGGGGAGAAAGAAUUUGGGAGGGGGGAGAAGGAAAUUGGGGGGAGAAGGAAAUUGAGAGGGGGAAGGAAAUUGGGAGGGGGGAAGGAAAUUGUGAGGAGGAAGGGGGAGAAGGAAAUUGUGGAGGGGGAAAGAGAAUUUAGGGGGGGAGAAGAGAUUGACAUCCAUCACACACACACAAUCACACACAAUGCAUUACACACACAGACACAACAAUUCAACCCUUACACACAAUGCAUCCUUUACACACACAGAAACAAACAAUGCAUUCAUUACACACACUCAAUGCACCCCUUACACACACUCAAUGCAUCCCUUACAGACACACACAGUGCAUCCCGUACAUACACAGAAACACACCUUGCAGCCCUUACACAUACAAACACAGAUUCACACAAUGCAUUCCUUACACACAUAUCAGGAAAUCCCCUACACACUCCACCCCCUGUAAACAAACUCAUUGGUGGAACGUGAAGGUGGACCCUGGGACCCAGACCUUGAGCUGUGUAAAGGGCCCACAAAAAAUGGAGCUCUUAACCGUUAUCCCAGAACAUUGAUUUUUAUGACCACAGUUACAAACCGCCUCCAGAGAGCCUGUUCUACACCAGACCAGUGGAGCCAGACUGCAGCUAGAGCCCAUCAUCAUCCUCAUCUGGUUGUAAGUAGGCAAUCUAAUAUAUUAUUCAUGGCACUAAUCUCUAAUUUUCCUCACAUUAAAGAAACACUUAAGUCCCCAGAACCACUGCAGCUUAAUGUAGUGGUUCUGGUGUCUAUAGCCUGUCCCUGCAGGCCUUUUAAUGUAAAUACGGUGGCACUGCAGCACUGGCGUUAGUUAACAUGGCAGAUCAUAUGGGUAGGCCAUUGUGAUGUCACAUGGGGGGGAGCAGCAAACUUUACUUUUGCCUAGGGCGGCAAAAAUCCUGGCACCGGCCCUGUAUGGGACUAAUGGUCUGGUAAAAUAUUUGUUCAGUGCAGUGUUACAAUAUUCAUCUUGAUCUUACACAUAGAUAAAAAUGUUUUCCAAGUAGAGAUUAGAAAUUGGGUAAAGUUGGCCCAGUAGACAAGUAAUGUGCUGUAUCUAUACAGAUACUACAGAUAACAUCUCUCCAAAGAGGAGUAAAGCUGUUCUGACCUAACUGAAGUAUUAAACAAGUGGGGUACAAUUUUUUCUUCUUCUCUUAAGUAUUUAACAGCAAUUAAUCCCAAACAAUCUCCAUUCCAUUUUGGAAAAUCUGAAAUAUCCUGCUAGAUGGUACAAGCUCUCUAUUUUUAUUUUCCAUUUUAGUUGGUUUUAAUAGAAAAGAUUAAGUAGACAAAAAAAAGCACAAGCAGAACAUAUUGACUGUAUUGGAAAAAGUUUAAAUUCAAGGUUAUUGAUAAUAAGGCACUUACUUAUAAUUCUGGUACACAUUAACCAGAUUGUGCAGUAGUUACAUAAUAUGAUAACAUUCUAUGGGGGCAGGCGUAACUCUGGUUAAAAAUAUAUAAAUACUGACUUAAUUUUACCCCAAAACACCCCACAGGCAUACCUCCAGCAUGAAGCUUCUUCUGAUCUGUGUGCUCCUUGGAGCUGCUGGUAACAAUUAUUAUUAGUUGUAGUACUUUCCUUGUCAAUUGAAAAAUAAUGUAAUAUUAUAUAGUAAUAUAAUAAUAUAAUAAUAAUAUUGUUAUAUAUUUUUAACCAAUUUCUCCACCACAAUAGUUUGGACUUGUUUAACUCAUACUAUGCAGCUGCAGACAUGUUUAACCCCUUAAGGACACAUGACAUGUGUGAUAUGUCAUGAUUCCCUUUUAUUUCAGAAGUUUGGUCCUUAAGGGGUUAAAGGGACACUAUAGUCACCAAAACAACUUUAGCUUAAUGAAACAGUUUUGGUGUAUAGAUCAUGCCCCUGCAGUCUCAAUGCUCAAUUAUUUGCCACUUAGGAGUUAACUCACUUUAUGUAUUAACCCUAGUCACACCUCCCUGCAUGUGACUUGCACAGCCUUCCUAAACACUUCCUGUAAACAGUCAGCUAAUGUUUAUUCUUCCUUCAUUGCAAGUUCUGUUUAAUUUAGAUUUUCUUAUCACCUGCUAUAUUAAUAGCUUGCUAGACCCUGCAAGAGUCUCCUAUAUGUGCUUACAGUUCAAUUUACAGAGCAAGAGAUAAAAUUGUUUAAGGUAAAUUACAUCUGAUUGAAAGUGAAACCAGUUUUUUUCAUGCAGUCUGUGUCAAUCAGAGCCACGGGAGGUGUGGCAAGAGCUGCAUAAACAGAAACAAAGUGAUUUAACUCCUAAAUGGCAGUGAAUUGAGCAGUGAAACCUGAGAGGCAUGAUCUAUACACUAAAACUGCUUCAUUAAGCUAAAGUUCUUUAGAUGACUAUGGUGUACUUUUAGGUCAUGACUAUUUAUUUUUUUCAUCAUUUUCUAAUAAUAAAUAUGCUCCAUGUUGUGUACGUUUUCUCUGCAGAUCAACUGUAUGGAUCUACUUUCAAUAAAACACAGUUUUUAGUAUUUUGUUUCAACUUUACGAUAAGUUUGCUUUUGUGUUGCCUAUGACAUCACAACUUUAUAACAACUAAUAAUGUGCUUAAAAUAAAAAAAAGCAAAAAAUAAAAACCUAAGUAAAUACAUAAUAAAAAUACCCACUAUUACCAUAACACAUUUAUAUGUGAAAGGAAAUAUUAAAGAUUCUUUAAAAGUUAUAUUAUUUUUUUUAAUUAAGUCUAAUGUUUCCUAUCUUGCAAUGUUGCAAUUAAUAUAAAAAAAUAAAUAUAUAUAUAGGUACUUUUCAUUGAGCCAUAUGAAUGUCACCAUACAAUAUGUAAUUCACAAUAAGACAUGCAAUAUUUGUAGUUGACUAAAAUAUAGCAGCAAGCCCAACAACUCAUGAUUAUAGUGACACAAAAAUGUUCUUCGUCUGCCCACAGUUGCAUUUGAGGAUGAUGAUGAUAAGAUUGUAGGAGGUUACACCUGCACCAAGAACUCUGUCCCAUACAUCGUAUCCCUCAACUCUGGCUAUCACUUCUGCGGAGGUACCCUGGUUACCAGCCUGUGGGUGGUGUCUGCUGCCCAUUGCUACAAGGCGUAAGUUUCAUAUCUUUCACUUAAUUUUGAUGUAGAGGAAUGAAAUUACAAAAGAAAAUUUUUGUAGAAAUUUAUAAAUUAAUCCAUAUUCUGAAAGAAUUAAAUUCGACCAAUGUGUUGACUUUCUCUUAAAAAUGUCCUAUGUUUCCCUCAUGCAGGAGUGUUCAGGUCAGACUGGGAGAGCACAACAUUGAUGUAAGUGAGGGCACUGAGCAGUUCAUUAACUCUGCCAAGGUCAUCAGACACCCCAGCUACAACUCCAGGACCACCGACAAUGACAUCAUGUUGAUCAAACUAGCUAGUGCUGCCACCCUCAACAGCUAUGUGAAGACUGUGUCUCUGCCCUCUGGCUGUGCUGCUGCCGGAACCAGCUGUCUGAUUUCUGGCUGGGGAAACACACUCAGCAGUGGAAGUAAGUUUAUGUUAGAAAUUGCUUUGACAAAUAGCACACGGAAACAACUUCCAGUUUAGAGUUAAAAAAGUAAAGGGCUUAUAACUAAACAUGUCUUAUUUUACAUUUACAUCACAAAAUUUAAUAUUGCUAAAGACACAAAUGGUUAAACAUUUCAUUACUCUCUACAACUAGGAACAUAGAAACAUAGAAUGUGAUGACAGAUAAGAACCAUUCGGCCCAUCUAGUCUGCCCAAGUUUCUAAGUACUUUCAUUAGUCCCUAGUCUUAUCUUAUAGUUAGGAUAGCCUAAUGCCUAUCCCACGCAUGCUUAAACUCCUUUACUGUGUUAACCUCUACCACUUCAGCUGGAAGGCUAUUCCAUGCAUCCACUACCCUCUCAGUAAAGUAAUACUUCCUGAUAUUAUUUUUAAACCUUUGUCCCUCUAAUUUAAGACUAUGUCCUCUUGUUGUGGUAGUUUUUCUUCUUUUAAAUAUAGUCUCCUCCUUUACUGUGUUGAUUCCCUUUAUAUAUUUAAAUGUUUCUAUCAUAUCCCCCCUGUCUCGUCUUUCCUCCAAGCUAUACAUGUUAAUAUCCUUUAACCUUUCCUGGUAAGUUUUAUCCCGCAAUCCAUGAACCAGUUUAGGAGCCCUUCUCUGAACCCUCUCUAAGGUAUCAAUAUCCUUCUGAAGAUACGGUCUCCAGUACUGUGUACAAUACUCCAAGUGAGGUCUCACCAGUGUUCUGUACAAUGGCAUGAGCACUUCCCUCUUUCUACUGCUAAUACCUCUCCCUAUACAACCAAGCAUUCUGCUAGCAUUUCCUGCUGCUCUAUUACAUUGUCUGCCUACCUUUAAGUCAUCAGAAAUAAUCACCCCUAAAUCCCUUUCCUCAUAUGUUGAGGUUAGGACUCUAUCAAAUAUUCUGUACUCUGCCCUUGGGUUUUUACGUCCAAGAUGCAUUAUCUUGCACUUAUCCACAUUAAAUGUCAGUUGCCACAAUUCUGACCAUUUUUCUAGUUUACCUAAAUCAUUUGUCAUUUGGCUUAUCCCUCCUGGAACAUCAACCCUGUUACAUAUCUCUAGUUAAUAUUUUAUAUACAGGAUAUAUUUUUUUUGAUUACAUGCUGGUCUUUCAAUGUUGAGGUCUUCAGCAAAGUUUGAUAAUGAUGUGGGAGGCAAAUAGUGAAUUAAUAAGUCAAUUGAGAUUCAGGACAACUGAAGAAUCAGAUAAAUAUUAUUUAUUAGCAAAACUUUUUAGCUCAAUACCUAACAGAGAUAACAUACUACAAUAAACUCAUAAAUAGUGAGCAUAUGUAACAGAUAACAAUUUUAUUCCAUUUUAUUUCAGCCAAUUAUCCAAGUCUCCUUCAGUGUUUGAACGCACCCAUCCUGACAAGUUCUCAGUGUAGCAGUGCCUACCCAGGACAGAUCACCACUAACAUGAUCUGUGUUGGCUACGUUGAAGGAGGCAAGGAUUCCUGCCAGGUAAUGUAUCUUAAAAUUGCUGUUUGGUUUAAAAUGUUAUAUUUCCAGUGAGGAAGUGAAAUAAAGCUCAAAAUCCAUGGCUAUAUCUUUAAAGCUUCUAUGAUUUAAUGCAUAUUUCAGCUAUAUACUUUUAAUAUUUUACAUUCUCUCUCCUUCCCUCAGGGUGACUCUGGUGGCCCCGUGGUCUGUAAUGGUCAGCUCCAAGGUGUUGUGUCCUGGGGAUAUGGCUGUGCUUUGAGGAACUACCCCGGAGUCUACGCCAGGGUCUGCAACUACAACUCCUGGAUCCAGAGCACCUUUGCUUCAAACUAA